AUGAAGACCGCCAGCCGUGCUCAGCCCCGCAGCAGCCCCCCGCUGGUCCAGAUGAGGCGUUACGCUCCCGGGGUGUAUCCUUUCCUGUUCCCCUCGAUCAUCAGCUCCCUGCCACAGCUCCCGCCGCCACCAUCACCACAGAGGCUGCAGAUCCAGCAGCCGUCCAGCAGUGGCAGCACACCUUCGCCUGUUGGUGAGUACUGACUCAUACUGGCUGGUUAGACAUUUGAUUCCUUGAACUGAUCUGAAAGCAGUACACUCACAAUGAUGUCCUCCAGUCUAAAACAUCCAGACCGGUCAUUUCUGGUCUUAAAGAUAACGUCGGUCUAUUUAGUAUCAAAGCAAGAAGCAAUGCAGUGCAACACUUUUGCAAGUUUAAGAGGAAUAAGAUGAGUAAAACCCAAAUCUGAGCCCAUGCAAAGUUGAGGUCCACCUCGCCCAACCUUGGUUCAUCAGCUUAGAGUUGGUUUCAGAGGUACAGAGCAUGCUCAGUCAAGCUUGAAUGGCAGAUUGGAGUGAACAAAAAUACAAGUAAUUAAAUGACUUUUUCCAAAUCCUUAGCAAGGACUUGCAAAACUGUUAUUUAAAAAAAAAAAUCCAGUUGCGUGGACCAAGUUUGCCUCCAGAAACUGCAAACAAAUCUGGUUCUGUGUUGUUGUAUGGUUCCAGUCGAUCACAUCUCCUCACCCCUCUCAUGGAAAUGGAAUAGAUAGUAGCGCUUCUGGGAAACCAGCAUUAUCCUGUGGUAUAAUGUCCACUUAGAAAAAAAUGCUGCAGAACAAAAGGAGAUUUUUCUGCUCCUUGAUUUGCUGUACUCUAACCAAGGUACUUUGAUCCUGAAGAGCCAUUGCCUCUGUUUCUGAAAACAGGGCUAGGGUUAAUUAAUACUUCAAUUUCUUGUUCAUUUUAAUGCCUGAUACCACUUAAGUUAUAUUACCUAAAGAAAAUGCUAAAUAUUACUAAAAAUGAAGCUGGUUCCAUAAUAUUUCAUGGAAAGCUUAAGCUUAAUUGUAUUCCCAAGGUAUAUAAGAGGCCAUUUCAUGUCAUUAGCAGCAAUGCACAUGCAAAGGCCUAGAGUGGCCUUUGCAUUCAAGCCAUAACAAAGAGCUAGCUAAUUGAGGUAUAGGAAACAUCUUUCUACCCAGCAAAAGGACUGUGCACUCAUCUGUUCCUGUGUCAGGAACCAUCACUGUAGUUAAAGUAGCUGGAAAACAGGCAGGUCCACAGCAGCAGUGAUCCAGAUGAACCUACAGCAUGAUGAAGCUCAGAGACUCCCAGAAAAGACUGUGUUAGUGACUCUAGGGGGACAUGAUGGUUUAAAGUUCAUGACAGUGCUGUACAGUCUUAAAGAGAAUCUAUUUCAUAAAUUUCAGUCAUGCAGGGGAAAGCCUACUUUGUGUUACUGGAGGUACAUGUUUUUCUAGGUCAUCCCCUUUGAGUUCUGAAACAAUUAUUGGUGUAAAACCUGCAGAAGAGGUUGGCUUUCAUAUCAUAUCCUGGUGUCUAAAAUUGAGCUGUUUUCAAUUGUCUCUACUCAAAAUCCCUCUUGAGGAUUUUGAUGUUUAUCAGUCGGAGCAUGUUGAUGAAAAUCUCCAUCAACAGUGAGUAAUCCAGACAGCAGUGUUGCUCCUGGAUUAUUUCCUCACUGUAACCGUCCCCCUGGUGUCUCCUGCAACUGUAGAAAUAUUCUGACACACUCUUGUUUGUGUUGCCUAAGCUUGAGCUCUGCUGUUUUCCACUUUCCUCUCUCUCACGUUUCUCUCCUCCCUCUCUAAACCCUCCACCACCAUCCCUCCAAAAUCUGUUUUGACAUGAAAACCAGCAGGCAGCCUCACCCAGGGGGGGACUCUUCUCUGGGUGAGCAGCUCAGGUGUGCAUCUUUGUGUGCUGCUCAGCUCUGAAGUGCAAAUACACAAAACACAGAGCCAGACAAGCAUCUCAGUGCUGUAUUUUGGAGCCGAUGUUUUCACAUGGAGGAGGUUUCUUUUCCUGUUUUUAAUGAAAAUGUAAAAUGUAGAGUCCAAAUACUGAUCGAAAAAUCAAAGAGUCUUCACUUAAAAUCUGCGGCAGCUUUAUUGUAAAACUUUUCCUACCUUCAAAUGUUAUGACCUCAGUAAAAGGCAGUGUCUGCUUUGAGAAACUCUUUGGUUUAAGUUUUUGUUUGGUUCAAUUUUUGCAGCUGCUUCAGUGAAACCUCAAAGUCCUACUGCCUACGGUUUCUGUUUGUGUUUGCUUUAAGGUCUAUAUAGGACCCCAAAAAUGAUCUGUUAUACGUAAAGGAUUCCUUGUGGUUGUGAAAGUCCACAAAUUUAGGGGGAAUUUCUACUUCUCACUUGUCAUGUUUUGUGCCAGCUGCCAUGACAGGAAAAGUAUAUCCCGAGUGUGGCCCACCUCGAUCUUCAGACCAUGUGUGGGAACUCACUCACUUGCUUUAGCAGGACAUAAACAUACAUUAUGAUGAGUUUACAUCUGUUUAAUAACCGGUUUAUAAUUCCUCACAGGAGUUUUGACUGAGAACAAGCCUCAUAUACAAAUAUAGGGCCGCCAUCUUGCACCGCCGUGUUUCUGCUGCAACGCAGAAUGAACAAACUCAUAACAUUUGGAGCUUUGUGUUUGUGGGUUAGUGAAGUGUAUCAGUCAGAAUAAGAAGUGAGGGUUUUGCGGUUAAAAAGUUGACAAAUUAAAAAUUGUACUUGUCAUGCUUUACAGAGACUUCUUGUCCUUAAACAGCCACUAUCACUUCACUCAUGGCAGGGAUGAGCGGGGGGGCACUUCAGUCUCGAAGCUUGAUAUUGUAAAACAUUCCCAUUUCUAUGCAGUGUACCUUUCCGCUUUAUUGAGUCGUUUUGCUGAUAUUUGGACCUAAAACUUGUGAAUUGUGUGUUACAAACAUUAUGGUUUUAAGUUUGUGUUUAUCCUCCUUAACUUUUAAAUACUUUUCUUCCUCAGUGUGCAUCUAGUUUGUUCUGAAUUUUCAAGUCAUUUGCCCCCAAAGACCGAGGUUCAUCCCACUCACAGAGAUGAAAGCCAGUGUCUUUGUGUUGCAUGUAUACCUGAAGUAAAAACUAUACUGUCAGUGUUUCAAAAAGCAUGAAAAGCGUUGACUCCUGCAGCUAAGAGCGAGAUGAAGAGAACAUCAAUACGUUUCUAUGAUCCUCUGGUUUGAGAGGAGCAGGAUGAAGUGUGGACAUGAAAUAUGCAGCGCUCUCAUAAAGAGGAAAACAACAAAAACAAAAAGGAGAUAAAAAGAGUACAGAUGCCGUCUUCCUCCUCAUCAUUCUUUACUGUGUGGAAGAUAAAACAGAGGCUGAAUUAUUCGCUGCAUUAAAGACAAAGGAAUAAGCUCCCUGAAACAGGAAGCUGUGUCUGAUGGCGUCUGAACUUUAGACGUCAGGAUGAAACAAACAGAAAGGUAAUGAGCCCUGCUGUUGAGUCUGAUUUCUGGAUUUAAAUGCAUGAUCAGGGCCGUCGCGGCAUCCCCAGAGACUCAGUCAAACACUCGCUUGUUGUUGGGUCAGCGGUCCAGUCUGCCCCGCCUGCCGUCUCCCGUCUCCACCGGGGGGAAUCUCAAAGGAAGCUGAACUCUACUGGAAACAUCAGGAAACCUCUCGGGAACACUGGUGUCCCAGUCAACAACAUGUGUGUAUGAGUGUGUGAUUAAAAAGACGAGGAAGAAACAAAGGGAGGAUUGUAAUCAGGCGCACAAACCAGCACAUUAAUUCAGAGUUUUCAAUUCACUCUGCAGACACUUCCCUUAAAGCACAUGAGGAUUUCAUCACAUAUGAUAAUUAGAGGGCUGAUGCCUGUGUUUGUUGAUUCUUACGCUUAGUUUUUAAUAUUUUAUUCAGCUGAACUUGUAUCAAUGAACCGCAUUGUUUCAGAGCAGUGAAGUUUAUAAAUAUAAGCUUUAUCCUCGGAGGAUGCUGAUACUCUAAUUACUGAUACAAACUUUUUAUUUAUUAUACAUCUAAAUAAUUUGAAAAGAGUUAGAUAAUCCACAUGUGGUAGGAUUUAAAAAAUAAUGAAAAAAGGCUAGAGGGAGAUGCAGAAAGACAUGGAUGGAUAAUCAAUCAGUUUUUAUCAUUUAUUGAGUGACAUCGACUGUUGUAUAACAGCUGCUGCAGUCACAAAGUGAACAAAGCUUCAGUUAAAACUUUUAUUUGCAUCUCUGAAAGAGUUGCAAGGACAGAACAUUGGUGGCUAAUAUUUCUUAUUUAAAUGCACAGUUGUUUUUGCUCAUGCAGGUUGAAACAACAUGUAUGCACAGCAACCAGUCCUGAAGCAGUCUCUGCAGUCAGUCCCCUCUCAAAGUUGCCUGUCUGUCUAAUAUACUCAAACCACAGUCUUUGGACUAAUAUCAAACAGUAGAUACUGAUUCUCAUUUAGAUGCCUUAUCUACAAAUGGAGGCCUCCAAAGACAACACCAUGACCCUAAGACCUUAGAAAAGUAUGGACAAUGCAGCAACUCCUUUUUAGUGAAACCAAAAUUGUGAAAAUUUCUCAAAAUGCUUCAAAAAUGAAAAAAAAAAAGACCCAAAAACUUUGUCAAGUUCAGUUGCCGUCUGCUGAGAGGGUGUGUUGAGUUUCAAAAGACAGAUAAAGGGAGAUGAACAAAGAAACAGACAAAAAAUGGAUCAGGUUUUCUCAGAUAUUGUUUGAUCUUGACCGUUAUGACGGCCAGUGUCGUCACUAGGAAAAAAAAGCUAAUGUUUUUGCCAGAUGACUGACCUCUACUGCAUGUUAAAAUGGACAUAUUUUUAUAGAUCUACUGGAAUAUAGAGCAAAUGUUUUUUUUUUUUUUUUUUUUUUGCAGAGGCAGAUUUCUUUCUGCUGCCUAAAUUUCAGGCAGAUGCAGCAUGUCUGCAUAGCAACCAAUCCUAAAACAGUCCCUGCAGUCUGUUCCCUCUCAAAUUUAGGAAAUGCACACUCACACACCUACACAUUCAUCAUUUUUUCCUGCAGAUUUAUCCCCCUCCUCCUUCUCUUCCUGUCUCCCUGCCCCGUCUUUGUCUGCGUUGCUUAUUUCUCGUCUGCAGACUGUCUGUCAGUGUUUCCCUGUUGUUAUUUUAGAAUCCAUCGCAGGGUAUUUAGGUCACACGCGGUUUCUCGUCCUGGCAAAGUAUGAAUAAUGCAGACUUCUCUCAUUACACCAUGUGCUAACCCUCUGGAUUGAAAAUCAAUGUGCACUCAAGUGGCUGCUGAAUGAAUGGAGCAAACUCUGCGGCCGCUCUGCUGAGAGCGUCUCAUCACGCACCCUGAAGGUUUCUAUUUGAGCAGGUUCGUAGCUUUAACCAAAUACAGUAUGGGUUUGAUGAGCUGUCUGCGAGAGAAAGAGACGCUGUGUCUUCAUUCGCUAAGGGCUGAAUGUGAUGAGAACAAAAAAAGAUUAUUGGUCAUUGACAAUGUGCGGAGGAAUGUCUGCAAACUGGAGCAUUGUGGGCCUGUAUGACUGAUUGAAGAAGGGGCUGGGAGUUUCUUUUACCCCCACUGUUUCCAACCUCUCCGUGCACUCCCUCCUACAGUUCAACCAUAGUUCACACUGCCAGGAGUCUCCCCCACUCCCUCCCCCACAUCCCCCUAUGUAGCGCUGGGAGAAUCCUAUACAUACAUGCUGCUGCACAUUCCACGCAUACACUGAAAGCGUGUUUACGAGCUGAUCUACAGUUUGUCUCGGCUUUGGAAAGGUGCCCGAGCCGCUGCGAGCUACACCGCUAACCCACUGCGAUCACACCAGCCAUGGGGGGGUCUAAUGGUGAGGGUUUUUUUUUUUUUUUUUUUUAUGGCAGAGACCCCCAAACAUCUGGCACACAUCUGGAGUUGUUUAAUGAGCAGCUCAGUCUGCCUGACUCUUAACUCGGAGCCCACCAUCAAUCCCCUUCAUUUCUCAAGAUGUCAGGAGAUUUCAGCCUCGUCUCCUCCCUGACAGGAGCCAAACGAUGUCGAUACAUGACUGAUAACAGCCUGUGAGGGGAAACAUUUGGAAAGCUCCGCUCUGGAAAUGCUUCUUAUGGUUUUAACUCGCUCAGAGCAAUAAACAAACUGAGAUCUGAGCUGCGUUGAUUGCAGAGCUUACUGGAGUUUAUUGAUAUGGUUUCUCUGUCUUUCACCUCUGGGCUGACUCGGGGCUCUUUUACUCCUUGUCUGUGUUUGUGUCACAAAAAUCUUCCUCAUAACAAGGAUAAGGUUAUUACUGGGACUGAAUCCAAGCUCAUUUGAGAUUCCUCCUCUGGAAAAUAAAUCAACUUUUUUACUUUUUUAGAACAACCGUCAAAGGCGUAUGAGAAAUCCCAAAUUGGCUGCAGACUUUUACAUAAACUAUAUAUUGUUCAUUCAUACAAGCAUGCAGCACAGAGAGUUUGGCAAAGAACACACAGACAGAAAAUAACAGCAAAGAGCUCAAAAGAUAAAGGAAUAAAACAAAUGGUGAUAGUUACAGUGAACCCCAAAAGACUAUGAGGAAGCAGAAAAAAGUGAAACCAAUAAAAGGUGUAAAAGAUAGAGAUGAAUGAAAAUAGAGAGAUGGACCGCGGUGAGACUGAUGCAGCAGUGAUCCAGCGGAACCUACGACAUGAUGGAGCUCAGGGACUCUGCUCUCUCCUCCCACCGGAAGGACUCAAACAUGACGGGGAACAUCAGCUCUCUAACUAACAGCAGGGGGAGACUCCUCUGGUUGCAACACGAGGUCAGAUGUGAAGUCUGUGAGAAAAUCUGCCUAAUUUCACUUGAUCUAUUAGCCCUGUGAGUAUUUAACGAAUGAGUUUAUGGUCCCUAUCAGGAGCUGUAAGUGGCCUUAAUGCAGCACAUUGUGUAUUUUGUGUAUUAUGGUUCCAUUUGGAGUUAAAUCGACACCACAGCAGGGUGUGAUUGAGGCUGUGGCUACUUUGUGAUUUACAAGACAUCAUAAGUGGGUCUACCAAAGAGGAGGAAGAUGGUCUCAUGUGUUUAGAGCAAAGCUGUUCGUCGGUUCAUGAUUCAGUAUGUGUGAGUGUUUUUUUUUGUUUUUUUUUUGGUAUUUCUAGACGUUUUCUUAAUGUAUUUAAUUUCAUGCUCUCAAACUCUUUCCAGUCAAAUCUGCAGACGUUUUGAAGCAACACUUUUUUUUUCAUCCAAUGCACGUCUCAAUGUAUGGUUUCCCCUGCCUGUGGUCACAGCGCAUUCUCCAUGGUAGCCGCUCAUAAAUCAGGAAAAUGGCUCCUUUUGUAUGUUCAUUAAUAGGCACAACAUGCGUCUAUACAAAAGCUCAACUAUUCUUUGAAUGGACUUUGAUUGAAAGCCGGCCUUUCUAACAGCAGCAUUCUUAUUCCUGCCCUGUAGCAGCUUGUCUAGCUGUCCGGCCUCUUAUUUAUUACCCCUUGAAGAUGAGACAAUGAAAAAGCAGUUCUCAGAGCCGUGUUUGCAUUGAGAGGCCCGCAGCACAAAGCAGCCGGAGAGCAUCUCAUUGUUCCGCAGGGCCGGCCGAGAUGCGGCUCGCUUCAAAGAUGGUGGAGGUGGGUGGUACGGAGAUGGAGGAGGGGAUCCUAAACUAUCCAUGAGGGGUAGAUUUCAUCACAGGAAGGGAUGUGGGGGCAGGGAAAGCGGGGUGGAGCUGGAGAUCCAGGAGUCAAACACAGGCCAACAUGAACUUUCAGGAGCUAAAUUUGGUUCCCAUCUAUAGGAAGCUUUACUGCGCUCAGGUUUGUGCCAUGCAGAGGAUGCAAACACUUUGAAAUACGGUCGAGGUUUAGAUCACAGCACACAUAUCGUGCUCUUGCAACUCAGGUUUUUAUAAGAGUCUUAAGUGGUGAUGCAAAUAAAACCCGGUAGUCGCAGUAAAACCAGCGAGCAACGUCCAGCUUCCACUCUGUGUUUGCCUUCAUUUGAUCUGGAAAUGGGACGAAGGCCGAGGAGAAAUGAGCAGUAUUUCUGAGCUACACACAAAGAAGCCAUUUACUGUGUUACUGUGAGUUGUGUGUAUGAACCUGCAAUUGUAAGGCAGAGAGCCCAAGUCUGCAGUCAGAGAUAAGUUGGACGGAUGUUUGCUCUCAUUCAUAGAGAGCCAAUGAGCUGCACUCAGCUCAAUGUGCUGCUGAUACUCCACAACAUGCAGCCCGACUCUGAAAUACACCCUGAUGUUAAAAAAAGGGAAAAAACCUGGAGGUUUCAAUGAGAGGAAACAUGCACACAGUCAGGAGACAGUAUGUUUUUAAAAUGCCGGCAGCAGUGUCAGACCUUUGUCGCACACUAAUGAGAGCAGUACAUCGUUUACAGUAGGUCUUUGUCGUCUGCAAAUUUGGCAGGUAACUUCCGAGAGUUUCGUCAUUUUAGAGUCAAACAUACGCACACCACAACCUACAUUUGCCAGCAAUGCAGCAAAAUGUCUGUAAUGUGUUUGGUAAAGCUGGUGCAACCCUCCUGCACCUGCUACAGGGAUUAGAAAAUGUACCAAGAUCUGCAGACCCUCAGUGUGGACUAUCAUGCACAUCUGGGCCAGUGCCUUUAAUGUCUCAGUGCCUCUGCAUUCAUUUAGCUUCGAUGAUAAUAAAGAGAAUAUGGAGCAAUCCAACCAAACCAGUCCAGACCAGACGGAUGAACAUUUGCCUCACCUUUACAUCAGCCCCCUAAUAAAUUGUCAGCCUAAAGGAUGCACACACCUGUGUGUCACAGACCGGAAUGACUGUGGAUGCUGUAAACAAAUGUCUCAGGUCACAUUAGGUUCCCACAGACACUCAGAGGCUGCUGUCUGUGCUGAGAUCUGUCACGCUGCAGUGUGCACACGGUGGAGCCCUUUGUAUAGAUACAGAGCUAUAUUUAGCCUCUGGUCACAACUUAGCUUCUAGCUUAUCAAUGACUGUAGCCUGAGUGCGCUCAGUCUGUGGAUGGGUGGACAGAUGGAUGGAUGCUGGUCAGAUGCUGCAGAGAUAGUCCAGUUCUAUUAGAGCAGCAGUAGCACCACCACACUGAAGCUGCUUUCCUCCACGUCUCUGUUCGGUUCUUGGCUUCAGGUUUCCGGCCUCCACCAGCUCACACAGCCCAUGAACAGAUCCCUCUAAUCGAGUGAGUUUGUCUUGGGAGAAGGCCAGCAGACUGUGGAGCCUUUCUGUUUCUGGUGGAGAGCCUGAACAAAAGGUUGUUUAUGUGUGAAGGCUGUUCUCUCAUACAGGGAGCCCGGUUGGCUGUGUGUGUUUGUGCCGAUGUAGGCAGGCUGGCUUUGAAAGGCGCUAAGCCACAUACUCCUGGGUUCUGCAAAGCGGCGGCGGCAGUGGCGGCAGAAACUCUGUAGAGCUCUGAUGACUGAUUGGGAGCUGCUGGAUGUACGUAUGGAGCUGUAAACAGACAAAAGACAGACAGAACAAACAGAGCAGAGACAGAUGGAUGCUUUCACUCCCAAAAACUCUGUUCUGCUCUGGUUCAGCUUCAUUUAGAAAAGGCAUAAAAUCGCUUCAAUGAGUAAUGACAGGAAGGGAACAGGACAUGGAGGGAUGAUGUGGCGUUGUUUGAAGCUGAUUUUGCAUGCAGUUUAUAUCAGUCAGGAGGGUCUUUUAAAAGAGGAACCUGUGCAGGACAGUGGAGCUAUUUUCUGUCUGCAGAGAUAAUAAGUCUCUUUAUCCUAGCUCUUAUUCUCCCUCUGAAGGACUCCUGAUGCCUCAGGCAGAAGACUUGACCUGAUGCCCUGAGCCAGCUCAUGAACGGCCAACAGAGAAUCUAUAAUGCUGCCAGUUUACUUCACGGUAGCUUGAAAUGAACUGUAAUAAUUGGCUUUUAUCGUUUCGCAGCAUGGUGAAAAAAGUUUGGGUUUAAAUGGUCAGAUAGAUAUCAGGACUCUUUUUCUUUAGGAUGGGGUUGCAGGAGAAAAAAAAGCAGCUUGUAAUCUAAGUAUUUAAUCAUUACGUGCAUACGUGUGCCUAUCUUUGUGUGCAACUUAAGUGCAAAUACAAACAGAUCUGUAUAUCCUAUCCCUGUGCGGUAGUGUAAGCAUAAGCGUGUCUUUUUAAGCCAAUUUUGUGCACCUGGACUUUAUUUAUACAAUCACACAAGCACUUCAAAUUAACAGACCAGCAAUUUACAGGGCUGUUACCAUCUUGUGGAACACACCAGGACUUUAGCACUUACUCUUUGCAUUUAAAUUUAUGUGAUCUGUCCCUUGUAAUCAAUAAAAAUAAAAAAAGGGCUAUUGCUUUUUUUAUGGUGAGGUUGCAUGAAUCUUAUGUCAGCUGCAGUGGAGAAACUGCCGAGGGAACUGGCAUGCAAGCUAGGCUACAGUUUGAGAGACCUUGAUCCAUAUGUGUGCAGAAUCCACAGAUAGAGCAUAACAAGAACUCAUGAGGGCAAAAUAAACUGUGUGUGUUUGUUUGUUAAUGAUGCAUAUUUGUGCAAUGCCAGUCAUAUGAAGUGUUCCUGCAUGUGCUCUUAGUGCUGUGUCCCAGUGAAUUAAGCACCCUCGUGUUUCUAUUCUGCUCAUGUUAGUACCUUUACAUUUUUUUAUCCAUAAAUGUCUGCCUGAUGUGUUUGGAAAUAAAUCUGCAGGGGUUGCGUUGCUGCUGCUGGUAGUGGUUGCAAGAAAGGUAAACCACUAUUCUUAAGUUAUUAUUCAGCACAUUUAAUGAACAUUAAAGUCGAUGAUUCUGCCUCCUGUCACUCAGAGCAUGGAGGGGCAAGGCUAACACACAGUCGCCUUUCUUGUACUUGUGUCGAUUUGUAUGGAGGACGAAAAGAGAGUUAAAGUGAGUGAAAUAUAUAAAAACACCUUUAAAUAAAUACGUCAUAUAUGUCAUUAAUUAAAAUGGGAAUUAAAUAAAUAAAUGUGUCCUUAAAUGUGUCAUUAAUUUAUUAAAAUACCAGUUCAGUCAAUGUAAAAACAUAAUAAUUAUUUUACCAUUUACUUAAUUAUUUCAUGGAUCUGUGUUGCAGUGCUUCAUGAAUUUAUUUUAGCUGUCAAACUCACCCAUCAAAGUCAGUGGGCGGAUCCUAACACCUGAUUGGUUACCCGGCACAUCAAGUCAGGACAGAUAAACUCCAGAUAUUGGAUUGAUGCAGCCACUCCACGCUCAAUAUCUUGGUCGGAGAGUGCGGGAAUAACUCCAAAAAUUUCACUUAAUUCCUCUGCUUUACACACUACAUGCUCUAGGCCAACGUUUCUCAAUCAGUUAUUUAAGUCACGGCACCUUUCAACAGUGCAUAAAAUCUCACGCCACCCCAGUUUAAAGUACAAUUAAAAACAACACCGCAGAGCCUCACUCUUAAUGCGACUGUCCUGUUUAUUAAGAUGGGACAAUAUCAGUGAACAGAGCAUAAUACAAACUGAAAAUGCAUCAGAGAUAUGCAGGAAUGUUUCUUUACAUCCGAAGUGUUAGUUUACAUCCGUGCGUCACUGCCCGGCACACACACACACACACACACACACACACACACACACACACACACACACACACACACACACACACACACACACACACAAUAAUACUCAAUGAGAGAGGAAGAGAGAUAGUCCCACAUAUGCACAGCGAGUAGGCACGUGCUCACACUCACUAGCAUUUACCUUUGUGACCUCUGGUAUAGACUCAGAGCUGGUGGACGAAGGUUUCCACACACUCUGCAAGGUCUAAAAUAUCGAUAACCAACACUAACUGAGAAAGUUGGAGCAUAUCCUCUCUGGACACCAGGUUUUAAAAGACCAGUUUCAGACCAAAGUAAUGGAUCACACUAGAUCAGCUUUAGCCCCGCCUACUGACUUUGAUGGGUGAGUUUUAAAGAUAAGAAAAAUUCAUGAAGCACUGCAACACAGGUCCGUGAAAUAGUUAAUUAAAUUGUCAAAUAAUUAUAAAUGUUUCUACAUUGAAUGAACUGGUAUUUAAAUAAAUUAAUGAUGCAUUUAAUGACACAUUUAUUUAAUUCCCAUUUUAAUUCAUUUAUGACAUAUUUAAGAAUUUAUUUUAAGAUGUAUUUAUAUAUUUCAUUUGGUCUCUUUUCGUCCUUCAUAAUUUGAAGCAGAGGCAUGUCCCAUCCAACUGUGAUACUGAACCGCUGUACUACAUCUUUUGUUGGCAGCUCUUUUCUCUGAGCUUUUUAAAAAUUCUUUCCCUCUUAUGAUUUGGCCUAGGCACAAGAGGUCUGUACACUCAAAAACCGAGGCCAAAGGAUGCUGUUUAAAGCUUUUGAUAGAGCUAAUAAGUAGGCCUUAAGUGUUUUAUUUAGUUAAACUGCUGUUCCAAAAAAUAAAAAAAUAACUUGGAGACCAAAAUGAUGCUUUCUAUCAUGAUUAAAUACUUUUAUUUCCUUCCCUUGAACGAUCUUGUGUCUCACUUGUUAUACCUUGGAGUCUUUUUGGCUGUCUGAGUCACUGUGUAGGUUUAACUGAUCUAAUGUACAUUACCUGCUCGGAGCUUAAAAGGACAUUUUACAUUUAAUUGUUUCUGAACAGUAAAGCCUGAACUAAGAAGAGCCAAAAAAGAGCCCCUGUAGGAAGACAGAGGAAAAUCAGAUCCAGAGAGGAGAGGAAGAAGAAGAAGAGGAGGAGGCUGGGAGCAGAGGUGGGGGUGAGGGGAUGUUAACCAUCCGUCGGGCAGGCUCUAGUCCGGGUCACUCUUGGCCCUCAGGAAGGCCCUUCUGCAUUCCUGUCCUCUGGGUGACCCCUCCUCUGGGGCCGCGAGACGUAUUGGAGUAAUCAGCUCCUGUCAGCACCUUGGUUAUGCUGCAUGGACUCAAUCCAGGGGAUGUGAAGGGGACGUGUAAUAGCACCUGAUGAAAAGUAAGUUUGUUUGCACUGAGAGGAGCCUGUGCCACUUUUUCCCCUUUUUGUCCAGGUUUUUUUUUAUUCACUGUGUGUUUUGCUUUCUCCACAUAUCCGUCUGUUUCCAACACAAAUGGGAAACCACAGCCUGUUUCAGUGCAAACCAGUAAAACACUGUAAUUGGAUUCAGACAGAUGUGCAGCCUCAAACAGAAGGAUGUUAGAAAAGUGAAAUGUUUUCUGUGCGGGGAAUGCUGAUGAAGAUGUGAAAGUGAGUCAGAUGAGCUGAUAUUUUAUCAUUAUGUCGGGAAAGAUUUCAAAGAAACCAGUUUCUGGAAGAAAAGAAGCACUACUGUUUUUAAACAACUACAAAUGUUCAGAUGUCACAAAGUCAAAUUAUUAUUAUUAUUAUAAAGUCACUGGUAGUGUUGAUAUGAAGCAGAAGAAAGUUAACAAAAGUCAAAAACAUUAGGAGGUAAAUUUGAGGUAAAGUCCAAAUUAUGCAAUAAUUUGCCAAAACUACAGAGAAUUAGUCAAAAAUCUGAGACAAAUUGAUAUCAUUUGGUCAAAACUAUGAAAUAAAACCCGAUAAAAAGGUCAAAAUGGGACAUAAAUGAGCCAGUGUUUGAUAGCAUGACUUAAUUAAGUCAGCAAAAGCUAAAAUGUCCAAAUAACUGGAUAAAAGUUCAUUUAAAGAUAGGAGCUUGAACAACAUUCAGGAAAGUAAUGACAGACAGAAGGUAGAGGUAUUCGAUGGCAAUGUUGCCAUGCAACUGACGAUUGCUGUUUUCAAACAAAACAGAGCAACAAACUGGCUAACUUUAAAAUCCACUCGUUCCGUGAGACUGGCAGCUACUGACAGCUUCUGUGACUUUAAGGAGGUUUUCUAUCUCACAGUGGAGAUUUUUGUAUUUAUCGAGUUUAUGGAGCAAGUCUCUGUUGUUAGCUCAACUCUGCUUAUGGAGGGCUGCCAUCUUUGUUAUGGUCUGUCUACUGUAUCUACGAUCAGCUGACCUUUAAAGGCCCAAUCAUGAGACAGCCUUUAUUGUCCCAGCAGAUCAGUAAAGGUCACUCAUGGCACAAUUUGUGAUGUUGAAGGAAUUAAAAAAAAAAACACAAUUAGACCCAUACUAGCAUUGAUACCAACACAAUCCUCUCAAUUCCUCAAUGGAGUGGCCAUGGGUCCCCUCAAGUUUGUGCCCUCUGACCCCCUUCAAUUAAACUAAUGACUAAUGACCUAAUUUGAUCACACCAGCCAAAUGUGUCAUCUUGGUCUAUUAAAGUACAUCUAUUUUAUUAAGGCAUCUGCUGUAAAAACAUAAUGAGUGAGUGAAAUGUUGGGAGGUUCUAACAACAGUUUUUUUUUUUUUUUUUUUUUUGUGGUGACUCUUUGGAAGAUCCUGAUUUGCUGUCUUUUCUCCUAUAGUCAGCCCGUUAAUCAGCUCUAAAUAAGACUGCUCGUUGUUAUUGUGAUGUUUGGUGUCUUUUACUUCAAACUCACGGGGAGGAAACAGCAGAAAGACGGGCACACAGCUGAAAUGUAUUGAUUUUCUGGCACCGCCCUGCUUAGAUUAAGAAAUGCCAAUACGAGGAUUCCACCCGGACUCUCUGGUUCAUGUCGAGUUCACUUGUCAUUUUCUAUAAUUCUGAUAAAAUCAAGAUGCUUAGUGGUGAUGUAGUUAGCCAUGCUGGGCCGCCCUGGGGCUCUCUGAUUGAAUUAGACGUCUGUGCUCGGCCAUUUGGUACCAGUCUGAAGUAUUCCCAACACUUAAUGGGAGCAGAAGUUAUUUACUGUUUUCAGAGACAGGAUUCAUAAAAGAGAACAAUGCUGCUCUUCAUAAAUUAAACAAUUAGGACUCCUUUAGCUUUCUUACAUCUAAUGUUACUGUUUACAUUUUCCCAACAGGCCCCACUCUGACUGCCCGAGCAGCAGAUUUCAGAUAGGAUUUAUCCUCUUGGGCAACCAAAGGCCUGUUUACAUACAUCAUAAUUGAGCUACUUACUGAGAAUUUUUCCAUACAGCUGAGAUUUUUUAAAGAUUUUUCUGUUUGCUUAGUGACAGACAGUCUGAUUUAUCUAUGUGGGAAUCUGCCAUUGUUCAGUCUGUUUCAGAUUUACUUGAACUUUACACUGAAGCUUUAAAAAAAAUCUCAAAAACUUCAGAAAUGUAGAAAAGAGAUGACUUUUCAUAAUGAAUGGGAGAAAAGAAAAUCUCUGCUUAGAUAGUAGAAGAUAUUUCUGUUUAAUUAAGAAAUCUAUCAGAAUGAAAGACUCAAGUGUUUCUGUAAAACUACUAAUGGCUCUGUUAUGUUCAGGUUUCUCCGUUUGCCAUAAAAGUCUGACAGAGAGACUGAUACCAGGAGCUCAAACCUAAUUAGUUUAAUAGAAUCAGCCAGGUUCAUUCUUUUCAUUUACUCCUGGGAUUUUUUGACUCAAUCAGAAAUGUCCUCUAAAAUACCAAUGGUCAGCCAACGUCAGUGGAACAAGUGUCAUGACUUUGAGUCCUUAAAGCAACAGAGAAACAAAAGUUUUACAUCAGACUUAUAUCUGGAAUAUAAAUCACACAAGUAUAUAGAGCAGUGGUUCCCAAACUUUUUUUCAUCAAGGCACACUAAAGGAAAAGUAAAAAUCUCAAGGCACACUGAUUGUGCAAAAUAGCCUUUACAACACCUGUUAUCACUGAUAUCAUGUAAAAUAUCUGUAAAUGUGCAUAAUGAUUUACUGAUGCCAAAUUAAAUGUGACAGACAACUAUAUUACUCAUGAAAUAGUAUUAAUUAACAAAAUAUUUCAAAAAUUAAUUUUAAACUUUAUCAAAUUAGGCUCAAUCAAAGCAAAAACACACCAAAUUAAACAAGACAGGUCACAAAAUUAAAAAUGAGGCAAAGCAAACUCAGCAGAAAAAAAUGUUUUCAUUCCUGCCCUGAAGCUUGGCAUUUAACUCGUUGAGAUGCCCAAAUAUAGAUAUAAAUGAGAUGCACCACUUCUUAUUCGCCAGCUUGUCCUUAUAUGGGACAUCGUGUUCAUGUGAAAAUUCUAAAAGCUCCUCCCAAAGCUCAUAAAGAUGGGAUAGGACUUUUCCUCAUAACAGCCAAUGUAUCUCUGUGUGGAGGAUUCGUGGUGGGUUGUCUCAGCGCUGGUGGUUGGUGGUUUGCGCCACACAAGAGAUGUUAAUGUUGUUUAAAAUUAAAAUUCCCACUUGCGCAAACAGCGAAAUAUGUGGUUCUCUUUGAGAAUUAAAAAAAAAAAAAAUGUUUUUUGUCUCUAAUUGGGAGGUGAUUUCUAUUGGGUUCAGCAAAAUCAGCAAUGUGCAGUUUUUUUGCAACUGUGUAGCUCUUUCUAGUAAAAUCUGUUUUCACCAUGAGGAGUGUGAAAUAUUCCAAAUCUUGUAGUUGAGCUCUGACUUUGGCAACUUUGAUUGCUCUGAGGCAACCAAUUCACCAAGACUUACAAUUCUUCCAAUUAAACUCACACUCCACAAGGUUUAUUUACUUUAUACUGUCAGUUCCACCAAUGCAUGAGACACUUAACUUUUCUGAUGGCAUUAAAAAGAUGUCAAAGGUGUGUUUUUGCACUAAAUUUGACAGUAGUUCAUUUCACACAUGCACAAAUGUACCUUCUUUUACCCAGCAUUAUAUCAAUGCAGUAUCUGUGGCCACUGUAAGGGUUACCACAUACCAAAGUAUGCUAAGACUUCAAGAUCCUAUAUGCAUCUUAUGGUAUUAAAGCAUCUCAUGGUAAUAAAAAGGGAGUGUGAGAGUGCAAGAAAGGCUGCAGUUCCUUGGGUGUCCACUUAAGGCUGACUCGAACCCCCAUGAGAGCCCAAAUUAAAAUCCCUAUUUUUACUGUUGAACAGAUUUACAGCCUGGUAGGAAAACCUGGUUCUGGUCCCUGUAGCUUGUUCACAACAACUUUAUGGGGGCUUAAUCUAAACCAACUUGACACCAAUUGACUUGGCAAUCUUGGCAACAGUGCUAUCAGAAUUUCUAAAUAUGAGGAACCAAAACAUAACAUAGGUCACACAAUGUUGGAUUUUUACUCAUGAGCCUAGGCAUUUAGGUCCAUGAGAAAAUCAAAACUUUACUCAUUGUUGUCACAGCAUUUCAACCAAAGAUCUGGGUUUGUUCUUGCGAAAAUGUAGCCAAAAUAGUCAUGAAAUAUUGAGCAAGAAUUGCAUGUGUGUUUGCAACAGACAGAAAGGUUUGAGACAAAGAAUUGGUAUUUGGCAUUACAUGGUGAUGGGUAGGUGUUUUUCUGACAAAGCCAUGUAAUAUACUUUCCUCUCAUCAGUCUAUAUGUGGUGAAGCAAAACAUGUACUAACUACAGCCUUGUCCCUGAGAUUUAAAAUAACUUACAUUUCACAGCAGGAUUGACGGUGAAUGGAUUACCUUUUUUCUUUUUAAUUUCCAUUGUGUUUCUCUGACCGUGAGCGUGUUGGUGUGGAUGUGUGUGCGCCCAUGUUUGCGAUGGCCAUCAAUAGAAAGAGAGUGGAGGGAGAGAUUAGGUAACUUUGUGUGCUAAUCCCUGUGAAAUCACCGGCCCCGGGGUGAGGUGGGGAGAUAGGCGAGUGCUCCUCUGAUCAGACGGGCUGUGGCUCACCAUGUGAAGCCGCCUGAAUGCCUGGUAAUCCCCCCCAGAGCCGAAGAGAAGCCUGGCUGACUGAUGGGCAGCAAACACCGGGCUGCUGCCUCUAAAACUCUUCAUCACGACUACGACUGUGAAGACUGCGGGCGGGUUAAGGAGGUGAGGGCUGAGGUGAUGUUUGGUGAGGAGAGCUGAGGAGAAAGUUGAUUCUGCUGUCAAAUAGGCCUGAUGAUCACAGCUGUCUGUCUCAGCCUAUUUCCAGCGGAAGUAAAUUUUUGGUGAUUGUUGCACAUUUGUAGGUUUUGAUGAUUUUGUGUCAAGUUUGUGCUCAUCAAGUUUUAGAUGUUGUUAGCCUCAGAUCCCACCUCCUUAAUUUUUUAAAAUAUUUAUCUUUAUGUCACUGAUAUCCAGCGAUUCCUGGUUAAUGCAGAUGCAUUAGGAGUCCUAUUUUCUUUUCCAUUUUCUAAUUUCCGUGAAUGUAAAGUUGUGUAUACACAGGACAUUGAGGCAAUGGAGUGGUCUCAACAGACCAACCAGAGGAUGACCCUUUGACCUGAGUUUCCCACAGUGCUUACUGUUCUGGGGCUAGUUGUCACCCUCAGCAAGUGCUGUGGUGAACUCCUCCACCAAAACAAGUGAAGUCCUAUCAGCAGACCUGAUCACUGCAAAGAAAAGUCUCUCUCUGCAGUGGUAACCUCCUCAUGGUAUCUUGUGUCCACUGGCUUUAGAGCUUCUUCACCUGAAAUAAUCUUUCGAAAGAAUCAGUGUUGUGCUGUGUUCAACAAUUAAAAAAUAAGCUUAAAAAACAGGUCGGUUAGACUUUCAAAUCUCCUCAGAAACAACAGAAUGAGCAACAAACUGUGUCAGAGCAAUUCAACCUCAUUAUACUGAUUACCUUUAGUGCAACAUGCAGAGGAAAAAACACCCACACACUUGUGUACAUGCAUGUUAUGACCCUCAGAAAGACACAAAUACACUCAGAUUUGAUUGUAAAUGAAAAAGAUCCAUCAGCCGGUGUUUUUCAGGAGACGGAAAAGUAAACAAUGGAGGCGGUCACAUUAGGACACUUAGACAGAAGUGUAAUUACUGCUCCUCCAUCGACCCAAAUCUCCAGCAGGGGACCCAUCUCUGAGGGUGCUCAGGCUGUUAGCGCUAAAUGAGCUCACUUUAUUGCCUUCUAGUUUGUAAUGGCUCUCUCUGCCAUACCUCUGGCUAGCGGUACACGUCUUUAACCAAUCACAAUCAGCGCCCACAGUCAAUGUUUAUUAGCUAUUGUCUUGUACAGAGCAGACAAUUAUGUGUACUUGACUUGAAAUGCGUUGCUAUGACAGCGGGAGGCUGUAGGUUAUAACUUUAACUUCACUCAGUUCAGUUUCCAGCUGUGCAGCUGAGAGGUGGAGGAGCUUUAUUACAGCUGCUGAUCCAGACUGCAAACCAAUAACAUCCUCAUGCAUGUGUUUGGCUUUUUGUUUAAGGGUUGGCUUUGCAAACUUCUAUUGUACAUAAAAACUGCAGAAUGACAAGGCUUCAGCAUAUGAAUCAUUUAAUAGCACCAAAAAUAUCCUAAAGCCCUUACUUUUGCUGCUUUCCCUUGCAGCAUUUUUUACAUGUUGCUGCACAAAGUAAAACUCAAGUCUUAGGAAAUUGAAGAGCUUCAGAUCUGGCAGGAUUGUGUUUAUUUCUCUAACUGAGUGCAGUUUUUGGAAAUAUCCCUGUCUUCCAUUUCUUUGUUGAGAUAGAUAAUGAAAUAAAAUGAAUAGUCCUGCAUCUGAAUGAUGAUGAGAAACUAAGGUUAGGUCAUGAUCACCGAGCCCAGCGAAAAGACUGAAAGAAAAGGUCAAGUUUAGUACCUACAAAACAUAGUGAUCAGUGUGUUCUGAGCAGGUUCUGAAAAGUUAAAAUAAAGUUUCAUAUUAAAAGGAUUUAAGUUUAUUUUCCAAUGGCCACAAAUCAAUUCAGAACCCUGUCUGACUGAGUUUGAUCGGAGCUGAUGCUGUUUAAUAAAACUCAGUCGUCCUCAGAUAGUCCUCCUCCUCCUCUCAUGAAUUGCUUAUUUCUCUUGUUGUCUCUUGUCUUUGUCCAUUAGAGAGAUGAUUUGCAUUUGAACUUUGGGCUGGCAGCUGUUGACCUGCUGCUAACAGCUGAAGAUUUCCUGAUAUCGGACAGAGCUGUCAGAUCAUUACAAUCUGUUUCCCUGUGUGGCAUCACACUGCAUCCUCUCUGACAUUUCAAGAAGUUGUCCAGUAUGAUGUGCCAUAAGUCUGAAAUUAAAAGGGUGUAACCUCUGGGUCACAUGACUGUUUUGUUGUUGGUUUUUUUAGGUUGAUCUGUGCAUUGUAAAGGUGCUGUAAGGAGAACUUUGAACUUUAAAACUCUGAAGUAACAUGAAGCUAAAGGGACACUCUAUGUGAGAUUACAGAGAUCUGAACAACGAGCCCCCCAGCUCAUAAACAAAAAGAUUCAUAUGUAAAUAUUCACUCACAUUUUCGAAUCAGUGCUCUGUUUUAAAUCCACACCCGCAAACUCAUAAUCCUCACCCACUGAUUUUCAGUCUGUGGGUUUGGUUCUCCAGCAGUAAGUAUGGAAUUGAUAACAUUAUUCUUGUCUUCAUUAAACCGUGGACCGAGUCUGAGUCCCUCUUUCCCAAAACUUCGGGUUGUUCUAAGGCCAGAGAGAACACAUAAUCCUCCAGUGUGGUCCAGGUCUACCCCAAAAAUCUCCUUCCAGUUGGAUGUAUUUAGAAAACAUCCAAAGGGAGGCGUGCAGGCGGCAUCCUAUCCAGUCACCCAAAUCACCUUCCUCUGAUAGAGCAGCAGCUCUACUCAAAUCUCCUGACCCAUCUCAAAGACUGAUCCAUCUAUUUUUUUGGAGCAACCUCAUCCUCAUCCUUUCCAUCACAGCCCAAAGCUUAUGACCACCUUAGAAGAUUGUAACACAGAUGUACUGGUAAUUCAAAAGCUUUGGAUUCAGGUUCAGGUCUCUCUUUACCAUGAUAGUCUACCACAACACCUGCAGUGCUACUGAAGCUUCAUCGACACAUCUACCUGUCCCUCAAUCCAUUUCACCCCCACCUGUAAACAGACCCCAAAAACCCCAGCACUCCUUCAGCUGGUGAUGAUCAGGUGAUGAUUUACUCCCCACUUGGAGGAGGGCGAACCACUGUUUACUUUGCCUCGAACCAUAAGGUGCCAACCUUCAUUCCCAAUCAUUAUUUAUUAGGUUACAAACCACCGAAGAGAAUGCUGGAAGUCCCAGCCUAACGACACCAUCAGCAUAAAAUGACGAUCAAAUCCCAAGGCCCUUAAAGGGAUAUUCCGGAGUAAAUUUAGGUUCUUUCUUUCUUUCUUUCUUCUUUAUUUAUCUCAAACUUGAAGAACAACAACAACGACAAAAAAAAACCCCAACUAGAAACAAAAACACUGAACAAAAUGAUGCAUAUGUACACCAAACAACUGUACAUGUCAAAGAUAAAUUUACACAACAUAUGUUUGUUUGUUGAGAAGGAACAGAAUGAAGCAAAGAGCUUAGUCCUGCCCCUUCCUUGCAAACUAGAGAUUAAAAAAUAUAUAAAUUUGUAUAAAUUACAAAGAUCUGUAUAAAUACCUACAUAUUAUACACAAGAUGUCUGCUCAACACUACAUGGGGUACUUAUUAUAAUUAUUUGCAUAUUAUAAUAAUAAUCAGUGUUAAUAAUAAUAAUAAUAAUAAUAAUAAUAAUAAUAUUCAGAAUUAAUAUUACUUCUGUGCAAUCAGGUAUAUCUAGUAUAAAACCAUUUUUAUUUUUUUUAGUUUACUUAUAUGAAUCUUUUAAUACUUCUCUAUACUUUGAUUUAAAUAUUUUUAUUUUAUUGGACAUUUUUAAAAUGACAUCCAGGAGGCUGUUCCAGUGUUUAACACCACAAACAAAAAUGCACACACUUUUCAGAGUUGUAUGGACAAUCGGACAAGUAAAUUUAUGUUAACCCCUUAGAUUAUGGUCCGUCCAACACACAACGUAACACUGAGUUUGACCCCAAUGUUCUUCCUUGAGCUGCAAAACUCCAAUACACUUGGUGAUCAACUCGUCAACAAGCAGCUGCUGGAGGAGAGUAGUUGAGUUGUGUUUAGUCUCUUUGCUAAAGAAAUCAGGCAAAGUUAAAAAGAUGUUUGGUGGCUACUACUAUGGCCGGGACCCUAUAUGUACUGUUGAUGAAGUUAGGUGCUGUUCUGAGCAUUAUUUGUGGCUAUAGAGUAGCUUUUAGGUUGAGGUUUGUGUGUAGUUCUGUGUAAUGCUGUGUGUUGCUGUUGUGCGGCCGUUACUAAAGUUGGUAUAACUAGAGAGGCAAGCAGUCAGCAACAUUCAUCUCAUGAGGAGCUGUCUAACUCAGUCUAACAGUGUGUUUGACCAUGACUUAAAUUUAUGCCGGAAUAUCCCUUAAAAACCAGGAAGGUCUUAAGUAUUGAACAACAAGGUCUGGUGUUAAAGCAUGAAGCAUUGCCAAUAAAACAUAUGUGCGUUAUAAAACCUCGAAUGCAUGCAGCUCCUGCACACUUGUCCUACAAUAUAGAUUUUCAAAUGACUGUAUUUCUAUUUUCAAGGGUAUAAACUGCAAAAAACUCAAAACCUGCAGUCAUAUGUGACCGAGGAGAGAAUGAAAAAAGUGUUUGAACUGAAUGAAAUCUGAGGAUGCUCUCCAGUUAGCAUGAUAGGGACUACUCUGAGUGGAAAUCCCCUUUACUGUUGCAUUUGAUGAAUUUCCACAAGGAGACACCCUCAGUGAUGCAGCACCACCAAGACUGCAUUUAUAACAUCUUGCAUCAGUUCAUUUCUGCAUUUCUGUGCAUACAUAAACAUAAUGUGAAUAAUUCAGCCCUAAAUUCAGAUGUGCAUAAAUGAUAUUUAUCCAUCAUGAGCUCAUGAGAAUUCUCGUCCUGACACAAUCAAAAGUGUGUGUGGAAGGGGGUUUUUAUGGACCGGGUAUUUUACUGGGUCACUGUUAACACUGAGUCAUAAUAUUGCAGCAGUAGGGAGAGGAAACAGCUGUCAAUAACAGAUCAAGCAAAGCUCUGAGUCUGUGUUUUUAUUACUGUUGAAAUGCAGUAUUGUCUCUGAGUCCUUCGCUGAGCGAGGAGGAAGGGGACACAGAGAGCCGGCCUCGGGGUCAGGAGGUCACAGCGAGCGGGUGAAUUACAGGACCAGAGCUGACUUCCUGUGUUGCUAUCAGACACUAACUAAACCAAACACUGAUACACAAUCAGUGGAAAAGAGUUCACAGAGCAGCCUACUGACACUGACCUCAUACCAACUUUUUCAACGAUUUCACUUCAGCAGCCAUUUUUCUGAAGACACAGAGCUUUUACAAGAGCUCGAAAGGAGAUGUGGACCUCCUGUUAUCUUAUCCAUGGGGUUUAAGGUGGUUAUUUAAGUCAGACCUAGCCCUUAGUGUUGGGUCUUUUUUGUCUUUAGUUUUGUUUAAUACAACCAGUAAAGGUCAAUAGAGUAAGUGUGGUCAGCAACUAAAAGGGCGCUCUGUCCAGCAGGAAACAGGUUAGGAAACUUAAAAGGAGACUCAGCGGGCAGCUUCAGUCACUGUGUCCUCACUGAAUGUGACAGCAGAGUUUAAAAGAGUGUGGAUGACUGAUAAAUAUUUAUUCCUUCAGCUUUUUUUGGAAGUUUUUUAUUGUUUUUUCCCCUCCUUUUUGCACCGUACACCGCUAUGCAAACUUUUCAGAGUUAAAGAACAGCUGUACGAACAUCAUCUACAGGACAUAAAAUCUUUCAAAGAUCUGGAGAAAUCUAUGUACAAGAGGGACAAGGACCAAAACCAAGACAGGACUCUGUAGUGGAAGUCAACACAUUGGCAGAAAACCACUUUCAAAAACCACUAUCUUUGAGUGCAGCCGAACAUAAACUGGUUUUGAAGGCUGAUCUUGACCAAUCAGUUUUGUCAAGAGCAGGUUUGUUUAUCCUGAGUUAGUCAGACAGCUGUGAUUUUGAUUGUGCACUCCACAGUGUCACUCCUUCUCUCAGAUUUAAGGUUUUUCUGAAAAAAGGUCACAGAUUAUGUAACUUAUGCAUCUCAUUAUCUCCACAGAGGAUAGUCGUAUCUCCUGGGUGUUUUUGGCUCAGACAGAAACGCUCUCAUUAGAUCAUUUUUCAUUUUGGUCGCUUUUCACAGGAAAAAGGUUUUGUGAUAGAGAAAGUCAAACGGUCAUACCCAGAACACUUUGUCUGAGUUAGGUCCAGUUUGACCUCCUCUGUCUCUCUGUCCUCAGUAUCUCAAUGUCAAGAUACUUCCUGUUUUUGUGUUUCCUUCAUGUUCUCUUUUCCUGAUGAGAAAAUCAACUUUUAUUUCUGCUCAUGCAUGCAGUAUAUUUUUUUCAUGCUGAAUUCACAAACUUUUGCCAGACUUUUGUUUGUCAAAGCGCAGGUAUGUGUAGUUCUGCAACAACAGAUGCUCCAUAUAUAUUUUUCAGAGAGGAGAUGAUGCUCUUUUUUCAUCCGUUUGGGUUUGCUGGGUUUGUGAUUUCCAGAAGAAAGCGCUCCCGUGUUUCUGAGCCUUUCAGACUCACCGCCUUGUUCUGGCUGCAGCUUUGUUCAGUCUGCUUCUAUAGGAGGAGAAACUCUUUGAAUGUGGGAGCCCGAGCAGAAUAAAACAACACUUUAUAAGCACAUUUCUCUUUCGUGGUUAUUUUCUCUUCUUGAGGAUUAAUAAUAUUACACACGUAUGAAUCAGAAGCACUCUAUCUAUUAUGGAAGAUGUUCAAAUUUUUGGACAAGUUUAUUUUUUGUUGGUGCAUGAUGGAUUUGUUUGUUGUGACAAUGAAUCAAUGUUUUAAUCCAACCUGAUAGGAACAAGCUGUUAAUCCUCUGCCUGCACACACCUCUGCAUACGCUCCACGUGAGUGAGAAAUAAACAUUUCUAAACCUGCAAAACGAUCUCCUGGAAUUUCAUUCUUCACAGGAUCAACUAUUUCUGCACUGCAAAGGUAUUUAAAUCCAUCAAUUCUCCGUCACUGUUUGAAUAGGAAGAUUUGAUACUAAUGAUGCAGAGGGAAAUUAAUCCUAAUCUUCAAUUUCACUCUGUGUAUCAUGUUGCUGCACAAAGGCAUAAUUUAACUGCAUGCUUUGGCAUGAUACACAACCCAAGUGGAAAAUAUAUUUUCUUCUGCCAUGCAGCUUCAAUUAAAUUACCAAACGGCUAAGUGGAAGUGUAACUAAAUAUAGCUGUUUGAACGAUGUUUGACCCACAGAGGAGCAGUGAGCACCAAAUCCAGCUCUUCUCAUCAAUAUCAAAUGAAAUAAAAGAUUCCAGCGAAAUUCAAAAAGCACCCGAAGCUGCAGAUUUUAGGUUAAUAAUCUACCUGCUCCUUGUUUUGGGGCUCAGUAACCUGCAGAGUGAAAACAGCAGCGUCUGCACGAGCGUGGUCCUGGAGCUGUCAGGCUUUGCCCGGCCUUAUUAAAUGAUCAGCUACGAUGUGUAUUGUCACAGCCUGGUGAGUUUUGGCAGCAGCGUCCACGAGCUGCAGAGUACUGAUGCCAAAAAGCGGCUUAUCUUGAUGGAUGGGUUCAUUAUCACCUUCUAAUUACAGGUGGAUUUUCAGGUGUAUUCAUUACCUGUGCUGAGCGGGGUUGUUUGUAUGCAUGUGUGUGUGUGUGUUAGAGAGGACUGGGGUUACUGUUACACCGGCUGAACUGUAGGGGGUCAGCUGGUGUGUGUCGGGGAGGGACGGGGGGGUCCUGGGGUUCCUGUUUCAGCUCUGCUGUAGACUCGCUGUAAUAUUCAUGAGCUCCGUGGGGAUCAGUGUUCUGUGCAGCCUCUCACUCUCAAACCGCCGUCUUUAGCCCAUCAAACACGAUCACAGGAGUGAGUGUGCAGCUGGCUCAACCACGGCCGCUCUAUGUAUACCAAAGUGUGUAGAAGACCCCCGCUCUGCUGUUUAAAGUCAUUAUUACAACAUAGAAAUAGUUCAAGCAGGUUUCUGCAAAAAGUUUUGACACUGCUGUCAGUGUUUACAGAUUGAGCCUUUAGUUUUGAGUUAUAUUAGCCCCCGGCCUAAAUCAGCCUGCAGGAAACCUCUAAGUGACCUCCAAAAUCAGGGGAAAGUGAGUUAACCAGUGUGAAUUUCACUUACGAUUAUGGUUCCUCGCAAUCUUGAAAGUAUUAUAAUCACAGUUUUAUUUAUGAGGAGAAAGGAGAGCAGGGAGAGGAGAAGGAGGAGAAGAGAGGCAAGCAGGGAGUAGGAGGAGAGGAGCGCAGGAGAGAGGAGAGCAGGGAGAGGAGGGCAGGAGAGAGGAGAGCAGGGAGAGGAGCAAAAGAGAGAAGAGGCAAGAAAACAUUUUUAAAAGUAACUUGCGCGUCAUCUUACUUUAUUUCUGCCUUUGUUAAGAGUUGCUUAUGUGCAGUAUCAGGUAGAAUGGUGGUGAAUGAAAAGCAUCAGGCUUUCUUUAUUGAAUCAAAAAGAUUUCACUAAAUAUGACAGAGUAGAUAAGAAAAUACACAUUUUCUGACAGUAAACUGGUCAUCCCCUUCCUCUGGUACACACGUGAAAAUCUUCUUUUUGUAAUGAAUUGACCGUUUUUUGACCUGCAGCUUUAACAGUGAGAGUCAAGUUAUACUCCUUACUAAAAAAUUCUGUAAAAUAAAACAUUCAAGUGAAAAAAAAACAGGAAUUAGAUUUUCCCCCCAAAGACAGAAUUAGUUUUAGGACUCAGUGUAUGUUAUAACCUAUAGAGCAUUAAUGCCCCUGAGGGCUGCCGUGUGUACAUUAGAGGAAAAUAAAACUCAUCAGAUCUUAUUUAUUCUUGGCAUUGAAUGAAUCUAAAUGUGUGUGUGUGUGUGUGUGUGUGUGUGUGUGUGUGUGUGUGUGUGUGAAUGAAUGAAUACAUGUUUAAAUUAGCGGACACUAACAAGAUCUACCCCCUUCCUCUUUUCUGCAUUAAUAAAAAUAAAAGCUUAAGAAAAUACUCCCAUAGCAGCUCAGCUAUCAUGAAAUUAAAACCGCUUUCCUCCCUGUUUCUUAAAUAUUUAUAAAACAGGAAAUAGUCAUUAUUUUACAGUAUAUCUGAAAUAAUUACACUGAGUCCUUUAACUCCUUGAUGGGCUCUGGUGCAAAUGCAAAUAUUUUGCUUUGCAUGUGUAGAAAUGCAUGAAGCAGCUCCCAACAUCUGUACUGUGGUCAGUAUAAAACCACUGAUAAACACUUCACCACACGCUCAUCCUCCUGCCUGUUUUUCUGAUGUGGACUCUGCUUCUGUGUAGUUGCUUUAUUUUGUGUCACUAAAAUGCUGCAUAUCUAAUUCCAUGUCUUGUCUUGCCUCCAUACCAGCUUUGCAGUGAAAUUAGUUAUUGCAUGACAGAGUCAUAACCUCAUGGUUGCACCAAUUGACUUUUCCCAGAAAACAACAAUGUCAGGAGGACCGUUAAGAUAAAUACUAGAAAACCAGUCCCAAACUUUUGCCACACAUUCAUAAAUUUAACAUCAGGAUGCUAAUUUGACUCCAUGCUUUAAAGCUGGGAUUGUCCCUGUCAGACAGGGACUCACACCUGUUUUUUCAUAUCUCACUUUUUUUCUCUUAGGAUGUUUAGUAUAUUUAGUCUGUAGGAUGUUUAGUAUAUUUAGCCUGUAUUUAUCGUAUAUAUCUAGUAUUUUUAUUAUUUUGUUUCUGCAUUGUACAUACUUGUUAUAUUUAAUUUUAUUUUGUGUUUUUUGCUGCUGUAACAUGAGAAUUUCCCAGUUUGGGAUCAAUAAAGUCUAUCUAUCUAUCUAUCUAUCUAUCUAUCUAUCUAUCUAUCUAUCUAUCUAUCUAUCUAUCUAUGCUGCACAAAAUUUAAAGCUCCUGUUGGGGACAUUCUGUUUGUCUUGAUUUUGGCACCCCCUGUGGUCAAAGCGAUCUCUUUAAUAUCUCAGCUAAGCCAGUCAUGAUUUCAGUCAAAAACUCACAGGAGUUUUAGAUACAACAGGAAAAUAAAUGAAUGUCCAUCUGUGCCUUUUAGUGACAAAUCUGAUAAUGCAUCAUAAAGUUAUAUAUAUAUAUAUAUGUAUGUAUAUUUAUCUGAGUCAGCCACUGUGUUGUUUAAAAACACUGAAUGAUAAAGUGACUCUCAGUUCAUGCGGUUUACAGUCCAUAAUAAUGAGUCAUUACGAAGUCAUGCAGUUGCAAAAUCUGUAUGCAGCAACAAAAACAACAUCUCAGCCAGAAAGUUUCCCAUCACCAUCAUCAUUUUUCUGCCCCAUCUGCAAAGUUCAAGUGUCACAGCUGCACAAAAACAUGAUUCAAGCAUUAAUAUCAGAUAAUACAGCAGCACUGCAACACGUGACACAUCAAACAUAUCUGCAUGUUUCUGAAGCCUCUGUGAUUAAAGUCAAGGUGAAUAUGCUGUAUGUGUGGGUAAAACUGGAGGACAAACAAAAAAACAAAACAAAACAAAAAAAAAAACUCAGAAAUAAAUCAUGGCUGUGACUUCAACACCUCAGAUGAAAGUGCUUUUAAAACAUUUAAACACUUUGUUUAAAUUGGAUUUCUUUCUAUUUAAAGUCAAUUUAAGUCAGAUUAAAGUGUGAAAGUCUUUCUAAGCCCCAGUGUGUGAAUGUAAAAGCUGAUCCAAAAAAAAACAAAAAAAAAAAAAAACAAAGAUGACUGAUAUUCGAGCGCCUGUUAUCUGUUAUUUCAGUUUUAGAGUUGAACUCAAGGUUAGAAAUCAGAAGUCAAACAAGUCAUUUUUUGUUUUAGUAAAUGAAUAUAUGACAUUGUUCAGUUUUCUGAUUUUUUUUAUCUUUAAAACCAUAUUUCAAAAGUUCACUGAACCAACAGCUCCUGCAGGCUCUGAGGUUAAAUAAGGGGAUUUUGGGUCAGGUAGUUGUUGGAUUAUUUGAGUUCCAAAACCAGAAACAGGACAAUCAUUUCACUGUCUAAAUCAAAUGAAUCCAAAUCACAGCCAUUUGACCCAUUUUCCAUCACUUUAACUUUCUUUUUUUUUCUUUUGAACAUAUUGAACUGAAUGUUGCAAAGAUUAAAUGGUUCAUUUUACGGUUUUGAACAACAAACCAAGGCCUGUGUCUUCACCUUUAACUGUUUUAACCCAAAAUUCUGUCAUAUGGUCGUCUGUAAGAGAAACUCUCAUAAAUGAUUUUUCAUAUUCUUUAUUAUCACCAUUUCUAAAUUCCAGUUAGUCAUAGUGCCGUCGCCCGACCACCUGUUGACUGUUUGACACAUUUCACUGUUGAAGCAUUUUUAGUUCAAAAAGGAGCAUAUGUAGAUUUAUUUACACAGGAAUAGAUUUCAUUAUGGUCCAUGAUUUCCUCAAGGGGUGUCUCAGAGUUAGAGAAUACUCUUGCAUGUCUGGAUCUUGUUUCUAUCUGGUUUCCUCUUUGCAUGAUUCAGUAUUAACCUCAUUUGUAGAUGCAGUGAUGAACUGUAUUCACACAGUGGUUUUUGACUAAAUGCAGUGAUUUCCACUCUAGAGUCCUGUCUGUUUCUAAUGCAGUGCUGCCUGAGGGCCUGAAGAUCAGGACCAUCAGUCUUGGUUUUGGUCCUUGUCCCUUUAGUACAGAGAUUUCUCCAGACUCUCGGAAUCUUUGAAUGACAUGGGGUUCUGUAGAUGAUAAAAUCCACUCGUUCUUUCACAUUUGACACUCAGGAACAUUAUUCUGAAACUGUUUUUGCCAUAUUUUUUGGUUAAAAUAAUGCUAUAUAUUGAAUGAUUUGCAAACCAUCAAAAUCUAUUUUAUUAACAUUUCAAGCAUCAUCCCUAUUUUAGAUUCCUUUUUAUUUAAUUUCCUGCUUGGGACUUCAAAGUGGUGUAUGAUGCAAAAAGUGAAAAACAGGAAAACCAAAAUGAUUUUAUCAAACAUCUAAACUUUUCUCUUUCAAACAAAACAGGGCUGUGGGGAAAAAAAGAUUAACUGAGCCUGAAUCCUGUAAAACAUCUGCAACACAUACCCUCUAAUCUUCAUGUUUCAUUUCAGGAGUUUUUCAAAAAAGUUAUUCUGCUUUAAAGAAAAAAAAAGGGCUGGACUUGACUUUUUGUCCGUAAAAAAACGAAACUCUUGCCCUUUCGAUCGAUCCCACAGAACAGAAAGUAACACGUGAGAAAUCAGUCAUUGCAACAGAGCAGAGAUAAGGCUGACAUGUCUUUUUGUCUUGACUUUCAAUCUUUCAUAAAUACAUAAAUCACUAUAAUGGAGCUGUACUCGGUUAUUACUCUGUGGAGGAAUGUAGCGUUUUUCUGUCUCUGCGCGUAAAGACAAACACCCCUUAGCGCGCGCACUCACGGCUCUCAGCUCAUAUGAAAAAUCUCCUUUUUAAAUUUCUAUGUGUAUUUUUCCUGAUUUUACGGAGAAAAGGUCUUUAUUUUCGUUCCCUGUGCUGCGUUUCUCCUCUCCGCCUCGUCUCGCGCUGCGGAGCUGCAGUGAUGUCAGCCCGCCUGGGUCAUUUGAAGGUCAGCAGCCUCGGAAGGGUUCAUACAAAGUUCACUCGCAUAUAUUAGGCAAUUCAAUCUUUCAUUCUCUGUGGCAAAACUAGUUGGAAAUGAGCUGCUCGGUGAGACGGAGGAGCCAUUCGUCAUCAGAAAGGAGAUCGUGAGCUUUUAAACGCUCUCCGUCUUCUUUUUGAUCCGAGAAAAUGCAAAGAUCCUCCGCUGCUUCUGCCUCUCCGCUGCGGUCUCUGCUGUCGGUAACCGGGACGGGCUGACUCACUGAGAGCACGUCGGGAUUUUAUUAUUAUUAUUGUUGUUGUUAUUAUGGAGGAAUGCCGUUUAGUGUCCGUGGUGACGCGCUGAGUGGACACGUUGCGAGACAAAGCUGGACAAUGAGCGUUUGGAUGAGCAUUUUGUUCCGAAAUAAUUCAUGAUUCCAGUGCGGGACGAAGAGGAAGAAGAGGAGCGAAAUCUGCCGUGCCAAGAAGAAGAAGAGGGAGAAGAAGAAGAAGAAGAGGAGGAGGAGGAGGAGGGGGAGGAGGAAGGGGAGGAGGGGGGUAACAGCGGAGUUUGAUGGAGUUGUGUGCGCUUAUGCCGCCGAUUUUUAUCCAUAACGCACAAGACUAGCGGAACGACGCGCCGUCAUCAUGUUUGACUGCAUGGACGUGCUGGCCGUAAGUCCCGGGCAGAUGCUGGAUUUCUACACGUCCAGCCCGUCCUCGUGCAUGCUGCAGGAGAAGGCUCUGAAAGCCUGCAUCAGCGGACUGGCGCACAGAGAGUGGCAGCACCGGCGGAGCGCACACUGUAGGUCCAACUUCUGCUCAUCAUCUCUCUUUGCUGUUGUUGUUGAUGUUACUGCUGCUCAUGAUGAUGAUAUUAAGAGCUCAGUUAUGAUGUGCUGAGGCUGAGUCCGUGAUGAUGCACAACAAGUUGCCAUUAAGGGCCCGCAGGUCUCAUAAUUGUCGCAUGAGUGAUUAUCUGAUGAGGAUCAUUAAAAUCUGAUCAAUUAGAGAAGUUUUCUCUGAGAGUUUGGGGGACAUCCACGGCGCAUGAACGCUUCAUGAGAAACCAGCAGGAUGAACUCAAACAGCAGGAGCAGCUCAGUGGCAUGAUUAAGUCUGAUUUCAAUGUACUACUUUUGACUUAAAAUAAGUUUUUUUUUAAAUGUCAGAUUUAGUGGAAAACUCUCCUAAACGCAAUUAUUUAUCUCCCUCUGCGCGCUCUCAUAAAUCCUGGAGCGGUGGAGUUGCUGAUGUGUGUCUGCUCUCAGCUCCCAGAGCAGCUUGCAGGCUGCAGGAAUGCACAGAGUAAACACAGGCGGCCGCGUCCAGCCGCCUCCUCCCGGCCGCACAUGACAGGAGGGCCGGCCUGACGAGCCGCGACCUGCAUGCGCUCUCUGACACUCAUUUAGACAAAUGACCCCGCGAGCUUUUCAACCAGAUUAGCGUGCGGCUAUCGGAACAUGUCAGCCUCGUGCGUUUAGGUAGAUGGAUGGACUUGUGUUCAAUUUUGUCCAGGAGAUUAAGUGAAGGUUUUCAGGACUGCAGCCGUGCUUUGAAGAGAAUCUCAACUGCAGAAAAAAGACCAAAACUUCAAGUUAAAAUCCAGAUUUAGAGGACGCUUCUCAAAGAAAGUCUGCAGGAAAACCUUAAGAUUAUUCUUACUGCACGUACACAUCAAAACUCCCUCCUGCACAUCGAUAAUUGAUCACAAUGUGCUCAUCAUCUUCAGAUAUAGAUGACUUUCCGGGCAGCCUCUUGUCUCGGUUUGUUUUCCUCUGUCAGCCGCUGCUGCUCCGUGAUUUAUCCUCCAGAGCUGCAGCAGCCCGUAGCUGUCAGCUCUCAGGAAGUGUUUGCUAAAAGGCACUUAGUCAGUCAGUCUAUCAGAGGGCAGAGGAGAGGCUCCUCUUAUCAGAUGAAGAGGGGAAAGUGACAAAGUGACAGCUGCUCCUGAGCAGCCUGAGCUGCAGGUGUGACACUCGCUGACUCUGCAGGUCAGGGUGGGAUGUAGAGGUCCGUGCGUGUUUGCGAGCGUGCGUUUGUAUGUGUGUGCGUGCAACGUUUAAGAGAUGACAGAAAUCUGCUGUGAAUUAAGCUAAAGCUGAAUGGUAUCAGUCUUCCAAACGUAGAGAAAUUCUGAGAAACUUGGUUUCCAGGGAGCAAAGUGUUUAAGUCUGAGGGAAAAAGUCCAAAACACUUUUUUCUUGUUUUUUUUGUUGUUGUUGUUUUGUUUUCUAAAUUAAGGUUUGAAUGAGUUUAAAAAAUCCAGAUUUUUUUUGACAUUUCAGGACAAGAAAGCUCUCAAUUUUUGGCACCUCUAAUGGAGAUAUUUAUUCUGAAAGUGUUGAGAAAACAGUCCUGGAUUUUGAUGCUUAAACUGGUCCUGAAGUGUGUGUGUGUGUGUGUGUGUGUGUGUGUGUGUGUGUGUGUGUGUGUGUGUGUGUGUGUGUGUGUAUACAACAUUUGAGAGGUGACAGUAAACUGCAUGGAGUCAAAGUCUUUAGGAAAGCUCAAAGCUGCAAAAUUCAAACGAUCCUUCAAGAAAUAUCAUUUUAAAAAAAGGGAAAAACUAAGUCAAAACAACAGCUCUAAGAUCAGGUAAACACACCAGUAAACCAUUUAUGUAAGUUGAAUUCAUUUCUUAAUUAUAACGAUGAUGAUGGUGAGGGUUAACUUGGUGGGACUGUGGUGCAAAAAUCCAACAGAAAAGAUCUGAUUUGUUGAAGGUUCGAUUUGCUCUAUUUUCUGAAUGUAAAUCAAUGAUUCAGAGAAAUUCUAGUCUAAACCUCUUUAUUGAAGACGCAGUGAUGUAAACAUUCAAUCCAACUGGUUUGUACUUGUGUUUAAUGAUGAAGCAAUAUAGAAAUAAUUUACAGAUUCAAAAAUUAAAAGCUCAUAGUGGAAAGGUAAAAAACAAUGGUCUCAUCCCGCCCCCCUAAACCAGGACUUAAAUCCAUCACUAAAAAGGGCGUUAACGUGGUUGCAGGAUAAAAACAGGUCUUAUAAAAACCAGAAUACCUUCAAAUUAGUAAAUUUUACGUCUGUAGUUUUUACUGAAAUUUACUGAGCAGAGAAAACUGGUCCAACACUACGAACACGAUUUUUUAUUUUGUUUUGUCCAUUCACCUUUUUUAUAACCUCUGAAAAGAAAAUAAAGUGAAGAGACAUCAUUGCAAAGAGAGAAAUUUACUUUAAUUUUCUUCACAUUUUGAAAAUGAUCGUCCAAUUCUUACUUUUUGAUGAAAUUUAACGUUUUCAUGCCGAAAACACAGAAAUAACAAGUGCAAACUCCCUAAAAUAUUGCUUUUUCAUAAACCAUGGACCUGUCUGUUAUUUGAAAUGACUCAUAUUCAAGUUUAAACUCCAAACUUCUCCUCACCUUCAGAUCCAUACACAACCUCACUCCUCCAUAUCUCGCAGACCUCCUUUUCCCGAUACAUACCACACCCGUCCGCACCCUCAAAUCCUCCUCCUCCUCUAUCCAUCUCAUUGUCCCCCUGCUCGUGUCGUUACCAUGAGGAGCGGAGCCCUCAGCUGCUCUGCUCCAGAACUCUCUCCCCCCUGACCUCCCUUACACUGACUCACUCCCGCACUUUUAAUCCAAACUUCAAAACUCAUCUGUGUAAACACAACAUCACUGUCCAUUCUUGAAAAACUUUUUAAAUUGGGUUUUAUCGCUGUUCGUUAUUGAAACUCUGUUUGUUUUAAUAAUGUGGGCUAACCUUGAGUGUCAAAGACGGCGCCCUACAAAUAAAACAAGCAUUUUUAUGAUUAUUAUGAACUCGUUAAAGAAUCACAAACAUUUACUUUAAAAUAUCUCUGUCAGCUUGAUCAGAUAAACAUGGCUCAUAAUGUAGUGGGGUAUUUAUCAGUUAUUGCUCUAUAAAAAAAAAUGCUAAAAUAAUAUUAAAUUUGCAGUAAAACAAAUUCUAAAUCCCGUAGCGCUAACAUGUCUCUAAAUAAAAACUCUGAUUGAACAGUCAUAAUGUGUCAACAGACUGAGAAAUGCAAAAAGGAGUUUUAAGGGUAAAUUUUGCUCUAUUUUCAUUCAAUAAAAGUGUCUUUUUUACUCUAAAAUAAAAACCACACUAGGCUGAAUUAUUUGAGAACACAGUCAUGACUGAUACUGUUUUGAUAAAACAAAAUCAAACACACACACAUACACACCUCUCCAUCUGUAAAUGCAGAGAAAAGAGAGUCUAUAAAGGGGGGAGUGCAUGCAGUGCAGUCUUCACUGCAGUCUCAGGACCCUCUGCAUUAUUGCACCUCACAGUAAUGUUGUUGUGUACUGAAAGUUUCACAGUUUAUCAUCAAAACUGCACAUCAAAAGUUAUUGCACCAAAAAUAAUAUCACACAGUGCACCAGACUAAACAUGGCAUAAUGCAAAUUAUGACUAACAUGGACAAAUGAACAAAAAUCAGCCCUGAAUUCUUAACUUUAAGCUGCUUUAGUGGUCGGUCGCUCUGUGAAAGUGCUGCAGUCAAAAUUCAAACAAUACUGAGGUCAGACUGAAUCUCUCUGUGCUCCGCUCACACUCCUCUGCUGGAUCUGACCAGAAACCAAAGUGAAAAGAAAGUCUCGCAGUCAUCUGUGUUUCUUAGUGUUUGAAUAAAGGUCACAAGGUUGCCGUCCUAGUUUGUGAAACAAGAAAAAACCUACAGAAAGUCUAAAUCACUGACUCAUUUAUUGACCAAAUUUAGCCCUAAAUAUAGUCUUCAAUCAGCCUCUCAGGUCCCAGCAAUGUGAACAACUUUAAUUGUAAGAUGAGGAAAAUAAAAGCCAAAAAAGUAGCUCUAAAAUUUAAAAAAAUAAUUUGAAAAAAGUUGAAUGUCAGGAUAGCUGACAUCAAAAAAUUGUCAUAACCUUAUAAAAAAGAAAAAGUGUUUUUUCAGGUGCAGCAGCGUGAGUCAAUAACAAUGAUUGAAAUGUUCAAAGUGUGCCUCUUUCCUCUAGUCCCAAAGACUAACUGUGUCUUUUUAAAAUCUUUUUUAGCACCAUUCUUUAUUUAUUGUCAAAUUUGUCAGUAAAUUUUAAGAAUUGUUGCAGAAAUUGUUGUGGAAAUUCAUUUUCAUAAAAUUUUCCAGCCAUGAAUGUAAUGCUGCACACUCAGCUGUUUUCCUUCCCAGUGUCAGUAAACACUCAUGCCUCUUUAACAAUACUCUCAUAAAACCCAAACUGGAAGAGGAUAUUGUUCAUUUGUUCCUCAUUUUCUCACGCUGACUCCGACCCCGGUCAGUAAAGCUGCAUGCCGGCCUCUUCGCCGUCAGACAGGACCCCCUGCCCUCCUCCUGUUUGAGCGUCCGCUCUUUAAAUCAGACUUUGAUUAGAAAAAUCCUCUCCCAGGGUCACUGAGAUGUUGCUUUAUUAAUUUAUUUGUUGGGGAUAAUGGAAACCUCCUGGGUGUUAAUUAGCCGCACUGACGACGAGCCGACCAUUAUUGCACUUCCUCUUCCAGUUAAGAUGUUAAUUAGGAAUGAUCAAGGAGCUGCUUCACACGCCGAGGAGGCCGGGGAGGGAGAGUUUCACAAUAAAAGCAUCCAAACAGAUCCACAGCAGAGUCAAGUGUGAGUGUUUCUGCAGCUGUAAGAGGCAGAGCGUGAUGCUGCAGCCUGAUUGGUGCUGCUGAUGGGUGUUAUGGGAUAAUUGGGACCCUUUUUGUCUUGAAGGCUGGAGCGCCUCUGAUAUGGACAUGAAGGGCCAUUAGCACAGCUUGCACAGCGAGCUAAUUUAGUGGGCGUGUGAAAUGAAAGGCGGACGGGGGGAAAUAAAAAGCCAUGUACAACAGAGGAAUGAAGAGGGGGGGUCUGAUGCCAGCCUUGUUUAAUGGACAUGAUUAGGACAGUGUUAGGGUCCCACCAGGGUUACACUGAUACUCUGAGUGUGUGUGUGUGUUUCUCUAAGAAACGCCUCAUCUGAAAAAGCAGCUUCACUCCCUGAUCUAUCUCUGAAUGUGCCUCCACCAUGGUUCAGCUGCUGUUUUUUAAUUCUUUUACACCCUCGUAACAACAAAACGCUUCAUGAUUGGCGGGAAUGUGAACAGAGUUUAUUUGUGCCGCUUUCAGUACAGAAGAAAGAAAUUGUUUCAACCCAGAUUCAUGUGAGAAAUUUAUGUCUGUGAGCAAAAUAUGAAAUUUUAAAAAGAUGUGAAAUUUGACCUUCAAGAUGGAAAACACAAAUGAAAAAUAGAGUGCAUUUAGAGUAGACCGCAAAGGCUUGAGCUGCUUUAGCGGGCGCUCGCUCUGUAAAACGACAGUAAAGAGGUCAGGGGUCAAAUCACUGCUCACACUCCUCUGAAGAAUCAGGACAAACAAAACAAAAAUCUUGUGUCUCCAAAUUUUAUUUUAUUUUUUUAACAGAUAAAGGUCAAAAGGUCACCGGUCAGUUUGUCAAUGAAAAAAGUUGAUUAUGUUUGAGCUGGAACAAUUCUAACCCACGCAGAAUCCAUUAGACCAAAACUCAGAUUUUCUUUAACCAGAAAGUUUUAAAAAGUUUAAAUAAGUUUGUAAAUUAUUAUUAUUAUUGUCCUUAUUAUGAUUAUUUGGUCAUUUUUUUCCCCAAUAAACUGAAAAAAGUCCCUAUAUAACAAACAAACACACUUCAAUUUGACAGUUUUUUUACAGGGUUACUCUCAAAUCGGAUUAUUCUUUAAAUUACACAGAAUAUAUAACUUGAUAUAAAUGAUAAUUUAGUCACACAAUAACAUGAUUUAAUCUUUCAAAAACAAAAAAGAAAAGGCAAACACUGAAAAAUAAAGAAAUGAAGAAGUUUGAACCAAUUUGAUCCUUUAUUAUUUUUAAACCGUUUGUUAUUGUUUGUGUUGUUUGCAAUUAAAGCCAAAUGAGGGUCAGCAGCAGCAGCGUUAAUAAAUACACAAGAUUCUUUGUGACGGGCAGAAGCUGUCUUUUAUAAUUUAUAUCGUCUCUUUAAAAUCUGAAAAUAAAUAUAUGAUCCUGCCCCGUUAUUUGCUAUCAUUACUUUUAUUAACUAUUGUUAAAAUCCUGAGAUUGUCUCAUAUUGAAGUCAUUAUAUUUAAGCAGGUCUGGUCCUGGAACUCCUGAAAUCAUUUCUAGAAGCCUGUUUUUAUUUCUGUUUCUCUCCACAAUUUAAAAUACAGAAACCUGGACCACAGCUUAAUCCAACUGUACUGUGUUUGUACCUAAUCUAAGGAUAUGGAUAAUUAUUCCUGAGGGUUUAGUAAAUUUUAAAAUGUUGUGUUUUUAAGAUUUAGAGAAAACUGUAAAAAUAUAACCACUUAAAAUAAAUAACGUUUUUUACUCUGUUUUUGCAGGUUUGAAAUGCAGCAGGUAAAAUAAACAACCUCACAUCAACAUAAAAACAAACAAGUAAACUAAUAAUAAAAAAAUAAUAAUAAUAAUAAAUAAAGAGAGAACUGAGAAAGAGGGGAUAAAAACACAUCAUCCUUUAUUGAUUUAGUCCAAAGCUCAGCUUUCAGUGAACUCCUUUUUACUGUUCCUAUCAGUUUUAAAUCACGCUGUGCUUCUUUAGAUAGAGUUUACGGCUUAGUCAGUUAGUCAGAGAUUAUUUUUGCUAAAGGAAAUGACUUUUUAAUAUUUUCAUUUGUGCUCUCCAUUUUUUUUUUAGAUAUCCUCAUCUUUACGAUCAUCAUGCAGUUCUUUGCAGUAUUUAAUCUGCAUAAAAAGCAGCACUUCUAGUUCAAUAUUUGACUUUCUUUUUAUGAUAUUUCACCUAAAAAUGCUUCGUAUCAAGUCUUUGAGAAAGUUUGUAUCUCAUCGGCUGUUUGUUGUGGAUUCAUUUUGGAUCAUUUUAAACAGGAUUAUUCACACAGUGAUCUCCCGCCGCUCGCUCAGUGUCCACUUUCACAGAUGGUUGUUAGGACAGGAUUAUGUGGUUGAAAUGAGACAAUUUGAAAAUAAGAUCAUUUGAUAGCGUUGUAAAAGUCUCUGCUGUGUGUGUGGUGAUAAAGCUGGUAAAGGCAGAAAUGUUUGAACAGUUUUUUCAGAAAUGUUGGAAAGUUUCAGCGUUAAAGAAGCUGAUCAUGAGUAAAGGUGGAUUCUGGAGACAGAAAGCAGACGUGAGGCAGAGCGGCCGAGAGGUCAGCACACUGCUGAGUGUUUUUUUGGCCCCCAACUCUUUGGCUCUUUUUGAAGCAACAGUUUAAGAUGUUUGACGCGGGAGGCUGGUGUUCAGAUCAGAGACCUGCACCAUCAGUCACUUCUGUGUGUGUGUGUGUGUGUGUGUGUGUGUGUGUCUGUGUGUGUGUGUGUGUGUUUUAGAGAGAGAGAGAGAGAGAGAGAGAGAGAAAGAGAGAGAGACCUGCUGAGACUUGCUCUGUAGUCUGGGAAAAAACAAGGACGAGUUAGGAUGAGACAGACUGAGACACGUCCCCCGAACACUUGAUCUUUAUGGGGGCUGAAAAUGAUCCUGUGAUCGUCGUGAAGCAGAUAAAUGUAGUUGUGAGAGCUAACAGAGUGUUUACCCUCGAUAGGCUGAUUGUUUAAAUGUGCAGACUGUGUUUUUAAGUUUAAAAUGAAGUUUAAAAAAAAUAAUUUUCACCAUUUUUUAAAGCCUUAUUUUGUUUUGUUUUUUGCUUUUAUUUUGAAAGGAUGGGACAGUGAACAGAGCAGGAGACUAGUAAGAGGGAUUGAUCAUGUCCAAAAACAGAUUAUUUUAUACAUUAGAAUAUCAAUCUGUUCGUACAAAAUGUCCCUUUGAAUAAAGCUGUUGUUUUCCUUUAUUUAAAAGCUUUUCCCAUCCUGAUUAAAAAAGUCAAAGACAGUGGAGUUAGCAGGGAGCGAUGUGUAUGAAAGGGGCUGCAGGCCGAGAAUGCACCUGAGCUGCCUACACGGAUGGGGUCCCCCGGCAGCACCAGUGUUAACUCCUGUUUUCAUCAGCAGCUACUAGAGACAAAUUAAGGUUUCCAAAGAAGUAGAAAAGGUGCAGCAAAACAUUGGCUUAAUGUCUAUAAAAUGUACAAGACAUCUGUGUAAAAUCUUAUUCAUGAAAACUGUAAACUUCUGCAGAACUUGUUGCAUCUACUCAAGAUUUUUUAAAAGUCCUCAUUGAAUAUUAAGACACGAGAAUUAAAAGUGUCUUUGGUUUCCUGAAUUAAGGAGAGGUUGCUGCACCUCAGUUGCACUUCAUGAGUAUUUUCUUUUUUUGCACCCAAGUUGCCAAACAUCCAGCUUCAGAAGUUUUCAGAGGCAGCAUGUGGCUCGCUGGAGAAUCAGACUUCUUUGUGUUGUUUAAUAGUGUGGUGCUAAAGCUUUUUGGUAUUUUGAUAUCACAUGUUACCCAUGUCGGUGUGCUGGGAAGUGUAUGCUGUAAGCUUUUUAACAUGCUAAAAGGUUGCAGACCGUCCCUGUCAAACUAAACCGAUAAAUAAACUGCAGCGUCCUGCAAUACAGAAUUUACUGUAUUCACAUAAAACUGACCAACUGGUAGCAAACUGGAUUCACUCCAGUAUGGAUUACUGCCACUUUGAGAUUUUUUAACCCCCUACAGGGACACCUACAGCACCCUUUCCCGUCCUCUGCAUAUCAAAGUUCUCUUAGUGAUUCAUUCGAGCACCUAAAAUACAUUUCCCAUGGUGCACUGAGUGAUGCUUGCAUCCUUUUGCAAAUAUCAAAUGAAGCCAGGCAGAGUUUAUGGAGACAUGGAUGUGGAUGCACGGUGCUCCAGAGUAGGAGGCAUAUUUGUGACCCUGACCAAAGCUGAGCUGGCUUUAACAUCUGUGGUAGUUUUCCCUCAAAAAGUUGCAGAAUCUCUAAAAGUCUAACCUGUAACUUUUGAUUUCUUUUUGGUCUUAUUGCUGUUCAGUAAUGCUGUAAGAAUAGAACACCAAUGAUGACGUCCUUUUAAAACCUAAUAACUUUUUUAUGAUUGUAAAGAUGUGUGUGUUAGGGGUCCUCACUGGAGUUUUCUGUCAUAUUUGAGUGAUGGUUUUCAAAGACUGUGAUCCCUGUAGGACAGGAGUUCUGCACAUCAAUAUAAUUCAUGGUUUUGUGGAUUUUUGGGACUUCAUGGUUGUCCCCCAGCUCUUUUGAAACUCUUGCCACACCCGUCUCCACGCUCCCAGCAUCAUUCCUUUCCCAGUUUUCACACCGACACAGAAUCUAGUUUCAUGUUGAAGUUCUGGCACAAGGAGAAUAAAAUCAUCCCGGCCAGCGCUGUGCUUUUAAGGCCUUGAAUUCCUGCGGAUUAAAAUGAAAGCUCUCACGUUUCAGCCUCCUUAUUUCUCUCCCCACGUUCUUCCUUCCACAGCUUUCUCUCCGCUCUUCUGCUUUUAUGGCUCGGAGUUUCUCCUCCAGGUUUAAGGGAAGCUUUGAAGCAGCCUGCACCUGUUGUGUUCGGCUCUGCGGCUACUAAAGCUGCUUCCCGUCAAAGUGCAGUUUGACCUCUGUGCUGAGUCACCCCAGGGUCAAAGAGGGGUCACAGAGGGGGUCAGAAGAGGGGGAUUGAGGAGGGUCUGGCGGGGAAUCCCCUAAACCAAACCCUGAGAGUCUAAUAAUAGGGUAAGAUCUUGAAAGUAAAAGCAGAGUUGGGAGUGUUUCCAUUAAAUGUAGAGCAUAUUUCCUGACAGAGAGCAGAUCCUGACCUCUCUCCUCUAAUUUCCCCACCAGACAUGAAGUUAAAUGACUCUUCCUCAUUGUUAUUUUCUUCUCCUCGAGUGUUUAAAUCUCCUCUAAAUAUCCCUCUCCGUAAAACGCGCCGCAGAGCAGCGCAAAGCUGCUUCUAAUUUGGUGUACUUUGGGUGAACUUUGACCAUUUCCUCUGACUGGGCCUGUUGUAUGUGAGCUAUGCACUCGCUGCUCCUGCAGAGAAAACCUGCAGGAAGAAAAAACACUUCCAGACUGGAUGGAGUGUCAGCUGAGAGCAGGAGGAGAAGAAGAAGGAGGAGGAGGAGGAGGAGGAGGAGGAGUGGGUUGGAUCCACCGACUGGGAGUAAUAUUCCUCUAAUCCUCGCAGGCUAUGCCCAGCGCUCCACACCCAAAUCACCACAGCUUUCUCCCUAACACAAACCAAACACACAAAUACCCCGAGGAGCUCCAGGAAAUGCCUCUCCUGCUCUUUCUCCCCCCUCCUCUUCCUCUUUUUGCUCCUUUCCUCUCCUUGUCCCUGCUUCUGGGGGGAUCUGUUGUAAUUUGUCUGCUUUAAUUCAAUCCCUGAGAUUAAUGGGGCCUUGCUUUCAAUUGAUUUUUUAUUCAAAUGAAAAUAAAGCCUUAGAUUUUACCUCUUCCUCUCAUUUAUCUGCAGCAGUAGGAGCAGCUUUGUCCUCAUUUCCAAUGCGGCGUCGUUGUGUUAAAUGGCCUGUGUGUAGCGACAGACUUUGCUGCAGGUUCUUUGCCAUCUGUUGGUCGUGUGGACCAUGUGGGCAGAGUUUUACAUGUCACUGGUUUCAGACUGGGGGAAUUGGAUAUAAAGACGUGGAGGGCACAGAGAAGAUAGAUGACGCUGCAGCUCUUCAGAUUAUCUUCACACAGUGACCUCACAUCCUGUCUCACACUGCUCAGUUAGGGCUGAUCCACAGUCACUGUUUUAGGGUUUUUAGAGCUGACUGUGGCGCCUGAUGUAUAUCUAUUUUGCAGGCAUAGACCACGCUGUAUGGAGUUUAAUUCUGCAUGCAUGCAAACUAUACCAAUACUGAAAUUUACGACAAUAAUCAACGUCAUUUUGCCCAUGUCAAUAUAUUCAGUGUCAAAAAAAAAAUACACAAAAGUUGGUUUUGGAUGUGUGUAGGUAGGCUAUGGUCUCAUGUCCCUCUAAGACGCUGUCCUAUGUUGAAGAUGUGACUCCACCCCAUCCAGUCCAUAACAAAGAAGGAAAGAAAGAUGAGGAGAUGAGGGAUGGUUCAAAAGUUUUUGCGGCCGGAGCAACAGCUGAAGUAGACAAAGUUAAUAUGGGAGGGGGUGAUCAGCUUGUGGAGUAGUUAUUGCCCAUUUAUCGUUAUCAAGGUGAACUGCUCAGUAUAUUGUGAUAUUGAUUUGAGGCCAUAUCGCCCAGCCCUACUUUGAAAGUAAUUUUGUUUCGAGAGAGAAGCUUUGAUUAAACAUAAAAAUAACUCGUAUGUAAAAUCUAAUUGUCAGUAUAUAUAAAUAUUUUGUUUUCAGAUUGGAAAUGGUAGUUUUGCUGGUUUGUACUGUUGUUCAUUUGAACAUUACUCCCACCAUGCUAAUUACAGGAACAUUUCAGUGUCAUUAAAACUGAGUACAAGCUGUCAGACACUCUGAGUGGUUUAUAGGAAACAGGUCAGUGUUAGAGUUUUCUUUAUAUUUCUCAUGAUAUUAAUGAUAAACUUGUUUUGUAUAAAAAAGGUUUAACAAAAGUUUGUCCUCUUUGGUUUCUGCAAGAACAUGCUGAAAUAUUUAUUUGUCUUGGCUGAUAAUCAUCUAACUUCUUAAUACAUGCUGCACUCCCCAUGACUUAAGCAGUUGCUACCCCUUGGAUCCACUCCAGGCCACAAUACAUGCAGUACAGAGACAGAGUCCAGAUGAAAACGACAUGGUUUUAGAUGCAAACUAACCGAACAGAGCACCAUUCACAUAAUGAUUAAAAAACAUAACAGUAGAGACAGGAGUAGGCAUGCAGCUCUUGUGUUCUGCAGGGAUAAAUCCCAGUUUUUACAGAAGGUGACUGUGAAUCAACAGAUGCAUGUUAAAUAAAGAUAUAAUGAAUUAUCUAGCUGAUUAAAAAGUGGUGGACCUGCAGCUCUUGCGUUUUUGUCAAUGCAGUCUUGUGGCUUUCAGCUUGAUUCUGGUUUUUGGCUUGCUGGUAAACUUCUAGUGUAUUUAUACACAGAGAUAUUUCUCUGAUCAUCUCUGUCUCCAGUCUUUUCCGUGUGUUAUUCUCUUGUCAGGAAAUAAAAGUGUACAUUUUUCAAUUGCAUUUCGGGUGAAAAUGGGAUUAAUUGUGCAGCACUAUUUUAGAUAGCAUCUCUCAUUUGUAAAAGAAACACUGUGUUAUUUGUUGAAUAUUGACACUGUGCUGAGUUUCAGCAGUAAUCCUCCAUGAUUGACUCUGAUGUGAUAAAGUCCCUGCAGAGUCUUUAUCAGAUCAGGACAUGAUGAGAUUAUCACAUCAGGUCUUAAUGUUAUCAGCCUGAACAAACUCUAAUUUAAGAGCAAAGUUUUCCACUUUAGCUGAGUGUUUUCUCCCUCACUGACUAGCUGAUCUGAAACCAGUUCCUGCCCCAUGUGUCCGUCUUCCACCGGUGGUUCAGUCCUGUUGUUUGGGCCGAUCAGACGAGCUGUUUUCUCUCGUCUUUCCCCUCAUUCUGCCUGCAGCCUCCAGCAGGGAGUGUGUGCUUUCCUGUUUGACCCCGGCGGCAGGUUCAGCCAGAGGCUAAGGGUUCAGUCACAGAUUUCUCCCCGCAUGCUCUUCAGGCCAGACUGGCCGUGCGCGCUUGUCUGUCAGCGCUCUUUAUUCCUCUAAUGGAGCUUUCUGUGUAUGUUAACAUGCGAGGAAGUCGACUCAAAGUUUAAUCACGCAGAAAAUGGAAAAAGGCUCCCCUGCACCUGAUAGGGCCUAUACAGCAACACACAGGUACUCAAUGACCACCUCCUCCCCCCUCUCUCCUCCUCCUCACACACACACACACACACACGCACACACACACACACACACACACACACACACACACACGCACACACACACACACACACACACACACACACUCUGAGCAGUGUAAUGAAUCCAGGUUUAUAUGUCCCAUCUGUCUGCAGGUGGUCACACAGCCUCUCAGAUGCAGCCAUGAGUUUCAAAUAGGCUGAAUGUUGGCGCUGCGUCUCCUCAGCGUGGGACCACCCAGCCGUCUCAAAUGCUUCCUCAGAAAAUCAGCAGAAAAAGUGUUUUCCCUCUGGAUGUAUGUUAAAUUGUGCCACUCCACCUGCAGAAGGACAAUAUAGAUUGUUUCUGUGCUCCAGUAGUCGAACAUCCUCUUUAACAUCUCUGCUCAAAAUACUCAAAUUACAUGUUUGAUACAUGACGGUCUGUAGUGAGGAGGCUUUUCGUUUAGAGAGAGGGUGAGCAGAUUAAUGGAGCCUUUAGAUAAGAAGAUAAAUAUUUAUUUAAUUUAAAGGACCAAUGCGUGAUUUUUAAUGAGCUCAGACACCUGGGAAUGAAAUAUCCAAAUCCCAUGAAUGAAGUGCCAACGGCACCAAGUGCACAAAGGGGAAUCACGCUGAGUGUGAUAUCUGGGAAUGUGAAUUAAAGGGAUAGUUUGGGUUUUGUGGUGUGAUUGAAGAAGGUACUUGUCAGGGUUGAUGACUACUUUAAUUUACUAGUGGCCCAGUUUGAGGGGGAGGUGGAGAAAGGAGAACAGGGGGAGGCAAACAAAAGUUUCUAUGUGCCUGAAAAGCCAAGGGACAGAAAAGAGAGGCACAAGCAGAAAUGUGCUAAUGGCUGAAUUUUAUCCUGAAUUUUAAUCAUUAUAAAUACAAAUCCAAGUCUUGACAACAAACCUGCAGAGUCAACUCUUCAGCCACUGUCUUGGCAAAAGAGCCGAGCUGACCAGGAUCUCCGAGAGUGAUAUACUUACAGACAAGUUCCUCAUACAACCAAACUCAGAAAAUUCUUGACUAUGUCAUUGAGACAUAGAAAUCCAUGGCAUAGUCCACCUGGAAGCUCGUUCUCCAUUUGGGUCCUUUCUUUUCAAACUUUGCAAAACUUGGGCCCAGGUCUAAAAAUAGAUUUGGUCUUUGGAUUCCUGUCUGGAUUUCCUUUUGAAAUGAGCCUGGAGCUUUGGUCAUUUGGUUAGUUUGGUGUUAUUACCAGCACUUCAACACAAACAGAGCCAAAUGUUUUGUGUGUUAUAUUUGUUCAUAGACACACAAAAUGCAGAAACCUUCACUUUUUGCCGUCCUCCUCCAUCAGACAGCUUGGUGUGUUGGAGCUCUGGCUGUCUCUCACCAUACAUCUGCUUUAUGUGCAAGCUGCUCUGACUGCUCUCUGCCAGCGACAGAGGGAAACCAUUUGGAGCAUUUGAGGCGAUGAGAUGACCCGACUUCAAUGAGAACAAACGUCUGUCUGUCUGUCGUCAUCAGUGGAACCAGGUCGCACUGCAGAACGGAGAAAAUAUCUCGGCUGACUCGCUCUACUGAAGUUGUUUACUCUCAGAUGAAUCCCACUUGAAAUUCAGACCAGAAAACUUUGAUAAAUCCAAACGCAGCACCAUUAUGUCAGCUUUAUGCAAGUCUACUUAAAGAUUCUGCAGAACUUCUCAGCGGUCGAUGCUGUUGCUCCUUCAAAACAAGUCACAGAGACUUCUCAAAGUCAGAUAAGAGUGAGAAUCGAUAGAUUUAUGAAUCAUCUCUUUCUAAUUAACCUUUGUGGUCCGCUCACUUUCUCAUCCCAUAUUACAGAAGUCACAUUUACCCCCACGCUCAGGCCUGCAUGUGCCGCAGACAGGUUAAGUCUUCCCUGGAGCCGCUGGAGCUGACGACUGCAAAGCUGCAAAUUCGACAUGCACAAAAAGUCACACAGGGUGAAUGGGGAGGAAGAUUAGAUUAAAGCGUCAGGGAAUUCCACCGAGGGAUGAGGGUCCAGUAAUUAUUAGAGCUGGUCUCUUACCAUCAGUAAUUGAGUUUGCUGUGACCAAGUACGGAAGAAAGUAAUCGAAUCAGAGGAGAUGCUGCAGAAAUUCCUCUCCAUUUUCUAUGCAGAUACAUGUGUGCAUCAUCAGGGUCGCAGUUUGAAAGUCGGGUACAUUUUCACUUCAAGGUGAUGAGUUUGCAGUGAUCAGCAGCCUGCGUGUUGUUUUGCAGUAAAAUAUGAAACAAGUCAAAUCAUCUUUCUCCUGUUGACACCAUGUGAGGAGUGGAAAUAGACACACAUAUUCAGACACUGGACUAAAAGAUGCGCCACAUCCUCACACAAUAGCCAGUGUGAACUCACUGGCAUUGCUGUAAUACUGAUGUUUUAGCAGGUGAUCUUUCCAACUUUCCAAACUGGCUGUAAUGUCAUGACCUUAAAGAGGUAUUUGGACAUGCACUAAAGAUCUGAUAGAGGAAUUUUAACCUGACAACAAUCAUUUGAAGGAUAAACACUGAAAUCAGCUGGAAUAACCAAAUGUCAAUGGCCUGCUGUUAUUCCCCUUUGACAUUUAGAGCAGCAUUUGUGCAGCAGAGUCUGAGGUUAUAAAAACUGAGAGAACAGUCAUGCAGAGGCAGCUCUGAUUUAUGUUUUUUCCAUGUCUGUAAAUGUGAACGUCUUUGUCUGAGCUCCAGAUGUCUCAAUGAAACAUUCAGUGAUAUGACACCAAGCCUUUCUAUCUUGUUUUGUUUGUAUUCCCGGCAGCCAUUGAAACUCAGAGCACCAGUUCUGAGGAGCUCGUCCCCAGCCCACCAUCCCCGCCACCCCCUCCCAGAGUCUACAAGCCCUGCUUCGUCUGCCAGGACAAGUCCUCCGGAUAUCACUAUGGAGUCAGUGCAUGUGAAGGCUGCAAGGUAGGACUGUAAUACCUCCUCAGAACACAGGAUCUCUUUCUGAACUUUUGACCUGAAACUGAUCUGAUCAUCAAGAUUCACCUCAGACAUCAUCAGAAAUAUGAUACAUGACUUCCCAGUUGUGGAUGGACAAAAACAUGAGUAACCACAGGUUUAUCACUUUAAAAUUUACAUUCAAAAUCAUGUAAUGUAACACAACAUAAUGCAUCACAACAUAAAGCAACAUAACAUAGACUGUUGAAUGUUAAGGCAUGGACCGUCAGAGCCGUGUAGUUAAAUGUCACCUCACCUUGUUUGUCUUAAAAAAAAAAUCUGUUCCUUUAAUUAAUGAUGAAUAAUUUGAGUGAACUGUCCCUUUAAGACAAGACAGUCUCACUCUGCCUCUCUCAGAUGUUCUACUUUUAGAAAGUCUUCCCAACAUCUGCCCUACCAACACUUGUCUGUCUUCUCCCACUUACAGCAGCUGUUGCUAGGCAACAGUGCACACACCCACCAUGCACAUGGAGACAUACAGAAAAAAAAACAUUCAAAAGGCUCAUCAGAAAAUAGGCCAUCCCUUUAAAUGGAGAUGCUAUAGUUCUUUAAAUGUUGAAGAAUUAAAAGCACAAACUCUAGAUGACCUGAUCCGAACAGAAACAGCGAACAGUUAUCCUCUCUGGUCCUCCGCACACGUCUGUUUCCCAGUUAGUUUUGUCUCUUCCCAGUCGGUGUUGUUUCUGCCUAGGCGGUGCAGCAGACUGUCCUCUCCUCCCCGCCCGCCUCUGUAACUGAAGCGCUGGUAUGUCAGGAAUCCUUUGGAGUUUUUGGCUCAGGGGGAGGUGGUGAUCAGCUCACUCACCAGGUUCUGGGUCAAACCAAGUUCUCCUCUAUGUGUGCCAAUAUAAGCCUCAUCAUUAAGGUUCACCCUGGCCUCUGACCUCCGCUCUGACUUUCACUUAAAGGGGACUUUUGGUUAUUUUUAGCAGCUUUGGCCUUUUUUAAAAAACAUAUUUUAGGGAUUUUUCAAGUAAAAAAACUGAAAAACGGGCUGAAUCACCACAGUCUGCAGCAGUUACAAGAACAGACUGAAAUCAAAGGGUUUCUGCUUAAAGCUUUCCAAAAGGCUCAGACUGCAAAUCUAAGUCCUUUAUAACGAGGAUCCCAAUUAAGAUCUUUUUCUCCUUUUCUUUUUAUGCUUUUUUAAAAACAAAAACAACCUUUUCAUAACUGUGUUUAAAGCCACCAGAAUCAUCUUACCCAGAAGAACACAGGAUUCCUGCUCUGCUGCCGCUUUGAUCGGGUAUUUUAUUGAUAUUUUGUGACUUUGAUGUUUAAAUGGUGGGAAUAAUUCUGCCUCACACAAUCAAACACAAAAACUAACCAGUCCACGAAGCUGUAGACAAGCGUUUGUUGUUCUGUGGAGGAUAAGUACUGUUAUUAUUUUCACUCUGUAAUUAAUCAUUUAUUUAAACUUAUGUCAACUUAAAGGGAAACCUGAAAAAUGUGAUAUUUUUAUAUUUGGUUUAAGAUACUAGCAUGAGUAGGUCUGUGCAUUAACAAAAGCAUCAGCAUGUGUCUGUGUGUGCAUAGGAGUGUAAUGGAAGAGAGUCCCGAUAUUAUGCUCUCUACAUUUGCAGAGAGGACACAGUCUAAUCCUUCCUGAUCCAAUACCAUCUCAUCGUGUAUGCGCAUGCUAUUUUUGAUUUGAAAAAAUGAGAAUAAAACACUAUAUGUUUCUGCAGGGAUCUUUUUCUAUCAUGCAGUCACAGCUGUGAACUGAAACAAAAAACUGGAGCGUUCUUAUAACUGUUUAAAGCUGUAAAUCUGAAAUCUUUAAGUGUUUAAAAACACCAGAAUUUCCCCUUUAGGGAAACCCCCUGUGAAGAAUAAAGGUGGACUUUAUCUGUGCGGUUCAUGAGUGUAACAGUGGCCCAGUUUACUCUCAUUCACACUGUCAGAGGAGUGAAAACCAUCAUCACAUCACUGGAUCAAAUAACUGCGGGCCUGAGCACUCUGAGUGUUUCCCUAAUGACAGUUAUAGAGGACGUAUGAAACCACAUCACAGUCAGAGUGAUUCUGAGUAAACAGACAAUUGAACAGAGUUUCAUCCUUCUGUGCAGCGCUGAUGUAAAAAUAGUUCAACUCAUGGCAGAAUGGCCUUGAUUUUUGCAACAUCCUGACUCAAGAGGAUUAUGCAGCGGAUUAUAGCUUUCUCCCCCCGUGUUGUAUUCCUGUCUCCAUGGCGAAGGCAUUGUUGUCUGCGGUGCGAGGGGCAAGCCCCUUCUAUUGGAUGGAUGCAACCAAGCAUGCUGUACAGCUGUAGGCUUUUAGCCAGCGAGGAGAGCCUUUUACUGCCCAGUGAAUGUGCCAAUUAGAGCCACAAAUAGACUCAAAGGCACACAGAUAGACAGAGUGUGUGUGUGUGUGUGUGUGUGUGUGUGUGUGUGUGUGUGUGUGUGUGUGUGUGUGUGUGUGUGUGUGUGUGUGUACGUUUGUACGCAGUGGGCUGUGUUGUGGGUGUGUGAAGCACUUGUUACAGUUAACUGCUGCACAUUCAUAUGCAUGCACAUAUGCAGCGCUGUAAUAAACCAACACUGCACAGAAGGCCGGCGCGGCCUGACAUAAAUAAAACUGUUCCACUAAUAAGUGUCCACACACUUGUGUUUUUUUUCAGUCUGCAGUGAAACAUUGAGACAUGGAUGUUAUUCUGAGCUCUGCUUGGUAAAUACUGAUCUUUAGACGUCUUUGGUGCAGAGAGUUUCAGUAUCCUUUCAGUAUAUUUCUUCAUCCAAGAGCUACGUAAUCCUUGGGCUCAGGUGUCCUGAAAACCAGAUCCCUGCAGAGACAGAGCUUUUGUUCAAGAGUGAGAACUUUUUUUGACAUGAUACAACAGUGACAAACACAGUGACGUAACUUUGCAGAAUGGGACUGAGUGGUCUGCAGCUGCUUUAACUAGUUCAUUUCAUGUGCAACCAAAACCCACAACCUGCAAUGAAAGUGGUGCAGAAAGUGGCUUUAUGGCUCCAGUGUCUUAAUAAACAUCUACAUCAUGUAAGCACGCACAUGAUUCAUCCUUGAAACCCCAAAAGUGCAGUGACAGCUUCCUCAUGUGUGAAGGCUCCAUUAAUGCUGAACAAUAUCUACAGGUUUAGGAGCAACAUCCGCUGCCAUCCGGAUAAAAGACUUUUUCAGGGAAGAUUUUCAUAUGAUCCCAAACCACAUUCUGACAACAGGGAUUACAACAGCAUGGCUCUGUAGGAGAAGAGUCCUGUUGAGAAACUGGUCUACCUUCAGUCCUGAUUUGUCCCCAUUGAAAACAUUUGGAGCAUCAUGACACCAAAACCAGGAUAAAGGAGACCCUGAACUGUUGAGCAGCUGAAAUCCUCUAUCAGGCAAGAGGGAGACAACAUUUGAUGAUAGACAUGACCCUGACCCUUUUUUUUUUUGCCUGCAUCAGAUAUGAAAAGAGCACAUAUUUCUAUGAUAUUGGUGAUAUUGAAGAUAUUCAUCACCAUUCCCCUCAUUGUCAAAGACUAAAAGCUCUAAAAGCAGCAGAAAAAGCCUGAUAACAGUGUGUAACUGUGUCGCUUUGAGCGGUGUGUGUGAUUGUUGCCUGACUGAGUGGGUGUGUUGCUGCUCUCUGCAGACGUUCAGUGUGGACCGAGCUGAUUUGAAUUGUUAAAAGAGGGAGCAGACAUAUGGGCCUCCAGAAGCACAUGCAUAUGCAACAAGAUGACAGUUUCAUCUGUGUCGACCCAAAGUCAAGAAAUCCUUCCAAAGUCAGGGCAGCCUUCACAUCCAGUCACCCCUACACUCCCUGAUCAUAUCACAUCUUUUACCACGUCCUUCUGAAAACUUCAAAUAAAAAACUUUAUGCAAUGUCCCAGAUACCUCCAGACCGUUUAAAUCCCCCUAAAGGAAUCUCUUCAGAGUUCCUGAAACUCAGCCUGGAGAAUGGUCCUCCUGACUCAGUCUGUUUUCAUUCCAGCGAUGACCAAAAUAAAGAAACUGUCAAACAUGAGUAUCAGUCUAGACUUUAUCUUGUGUCUGGCCCUCCAACAAUAAGGACCUGCUGGCUCUGUGAUAUUUCGCCGCCGUUUGAUGCUCGUGCUUUGGCAUCAUUUCCUCUGGUUAGAGUUUCCUCUCUGAUCCAAAAAAUCAGAGUUCUCACCGAAGCAAAAACACAUACUGAAGAACCCUCCAAUGGGCCAGCAAUAUCUCUUUCCAGCAAUCGUACACUGCAGGCGACUGAUACAGACUUUCAGAGAUCAAGGAUAUCUUUAUCAUCCUCUGCAGGUGAUGGGUGCCAUAGUCAGCAGUUCCACACUCCCCAAAUAAACUAAAAAGACACUGAUAAUUAAACCAAUAUCUCAAAUUUCAUAUAAAGCUGUUUAAAGGACUGAUGGCAGCCCAGACUAAAGAGCUUUAUUGUCCUGAAGUUGGCUUGAUAAAUGUUCAUUUUCAGGGGGGAAACUGUACAAAAAUGAAAACCCCAAAGAUCCAGAGUUAAAACCCACGUGUCUGCUGAAUCCCUGCACUCACCUCUGCUGCUGAAAACUGAAUCCACAGUCAACAGUGGUGUGUGAAAUUCUAUUCUCAGAGCCUUUAAUGGGGUAGAACUUUAAAAAAAGAUGCUUGGAGAAUUUUCCGUGCAGGCAACGCCAUUAUUCUUAAUUUUAGAGAGCUUUAGGUUUCCACUGUUAUGCCACUUAUCCUUUUCUUACCUUCCUUUGUAGUGGCUGUUUGAGUUCUCUCUAUGCUCUGUGGUUGCUUUUAUUCACUUCACAAAGAAAGUGCAAAAGGAUUGAUAGAAAUCCUGAGGUAGUGUAGCAGCUCUAGACCUUAAAACGGAUUAUUUUUUUAAAAAAUGGUGACGUUUCUCCUUCUUACAACCUUCGACAUUGUUGGUGAUCAUGAUGACAGCAAAAGUCCUGAACCAUCUUGGUCUUGACUGGUUGAUGAAGAAGAAGUGACUCAUGAAGAUGGCAGUGUUAAAUAAUGUAAUGAUUUUAAGCUGCAAGUGCUUUCAAAUGCAGCAAUGAGGGCUGUUUUAUACAUGAGGACACUAAGCACUGAAAUCUUGGCCUGCUUUGGCUUUAUAAUGAAAUGCUGCUAAUGCAGUGAAUAUAGUGGACACCUUUGGUUAGAUACUCAUUUUCACAGCAAAUAAAACCUGUCCAAAAAGGAUUCGCAGGUUUCUAGACUGAUGAAAGUUAGUGCGAGUUUGUAUUCCAAUAAGACGGCCAUGGCUAUCAUUUGACAUCACUGAGGCUAUGUCUAUGUUUGUGACUAAACCAUUUUACACAGAGCAACGUUUCUGCAGGAGCAACAACAUGAUAAGCUGUAAACUUCACAAAAUGCCUCAGAGUGACUCUUCAGUGCUGAUGCACAUGAUGUUUUUCCUGGUUGCUCAACCACUAAAAACACUGAAAAAAGCAGUUUGACCAAAGGAUGACACAUGAAACUUCAGGACAUGCACUUCAAAUGCCCCCAGCCAGCAUCCUUGGCUGUUCCCAUCAGGGCCCUGUGUCCCCUCAGUCCCACACCGAUGGUUUGACAUUUAGACUCAGCGUCUUUUCAUGCUUUUAGACAGGACACCAAGAGCUGGUAAACAAGCUCCUCCUAAUGUGAUUUGGCUGAACGUGUCUACUUAACAGGUCUACAGGUCUAUGGCCGGCUCGUGGACAAGUGAGAAAGUGCACCUGACGGGUAAAACACAAAACUAAUGUGGACUGACACAGAAGUUUUGUUUUCGGGACAAAUGGUUGAAACUUUGUGUUGAAUAUCUGGAGCUGAUUAAACUGACCAAGCUGAUUCAAUCUAUACGGAGCCAACGAUUAACAUGCAGGAUGUUUAAUUAGGCCACUGUAUACUACCAGACCGCCAACUGCAAAAGCUGUUGAUAUGCUCCUCUACUUCACGAAAUCUGCAGAAAGUCUGCCGGAGUCCUCUUGUGAGCUUGGAGAGUUGUUGUUGGUUGUUUUAGCCUUCAGCAUUUGUGGACUCUCCAAGAGGGAGCCUGUAAAUUGCAAGAUUCUGCAAGACCGAGAAGUCUGAAUAAACAGAGAAAAAAAAAACGUGUUCUUGUCCUGCUGCACCAACCAUCCAAAACAAACAGUAAAUAAAGCCAAACUACACGUCAGUCCUUAUCAAACUACCUUAGAGAUCUCUGGAUCAGAAUGCGUUGUACAUUGAAAAGAAAAGCUGCAGGUUGCUGCUGUUAGGGGAGAAAAUAAAUGGUUUAAACUGUUUUAAAUCUAUUACCUCUGUGGAUUGUAAACAUAGACUGUGUAUAGUAUGGACAACUUGGUUCCGCCUUCUGUCAGUUUACAGAUUUAAAGCCAAAAAGCUCCCGGUAUUUCUGCAUUUUUUUCUCUAUUUCCUGAAACCAACAUUGUGCUGUAGCGUUGUACGCACCCCACCACUUGCGCAGUAGCAUUGUGCGCAUUUGGCGGGAGAGAGGCAGAGAGUCGCUGUGAUGACACUCGACUCAAACAGCGUAUCCCCCGGGUGAGCUACGCAAUCGUCAGGGAUUAUGUUCUGUGUAAUUAAUUUCUAAAGUUUGUCCACAGCCCCAUAAACUUUGCUGGCGGAGUUGGGAUUUAUGACCUAUACUGCAGCCUGUCACCAGAGGGUGCUGUUCUCUGAGUGGCUUCACCCAGCGAGGAGGCAGACUCUGUCCAUUCUAUAUACAGUCUAUGAUUGUGAAAUGGUUAAAAGAAAGCCCUGUUUCAGGGGUGAAACUCAGACUUAGCCAUGGCUACACCCCCUAAGUUUUGUACAGGGGGUCGAAUUGCAUCUUGCUGCUUUUUUCAAAAUAAUGGACUGCUUGUUGACAUUUCACAAGGACACAAAGAGACUCUUUUUCUGGUCCCAGAACAACGGAUAUGUGAACCAAAUCUCAUGUCUUUGGGUGAAACCGUUCUAGGAGCUUAAUUUUUGAAAACUGCAGGAGGUGCUAUAGAGCUGAUUUUCCUCACAAAUAUUCAAAUCUUACAAGUUGUGAAAUAUAAUUACCAGGCUUGAUGCAUUUGCCAAAUUUGAUGAGUUUUGGGGCAUGUUUAGCCUUUAAUCCAGUGCCUUGAUGUCAGGUAAUGCUGUGGUCUGCGGUGUACAGUGAGAUAAUAAAGCGAGAACUCCUUUCGGUGCCGAAAUCUAAAACGUAGACACCUAAACCACGAACUGAUGUGUUUUAGUGGAUAUCACUGCUGGUGGCUUUGAGCAGAGAAAGCUUGCAGUUGACAUCUUAACAUUGUUUUGCAUAAGCUCUGAAAUGCCCAUAAAGGAGAGACAGCUUGAAUGUGAACGCGUGUCGUCAGCGCUGACAGGCCUUUAGGGAUGAAGACAAAACUUUGAGCCGUGAACACUCCUCCCCCUCUCUCUUUCACUUGUUGGGUCCUGAGGCGUUGACACAGCGGGAUUAGUUUGAUGGAACUGGUUUGACAAGCGGGAGACCAUAACCUCUUUGAAUAAAACACAAUUCAGAAAGCUCACACUGAAAAAGAAACACUCCUCCAUCUGAACCCUCAGCCCCCUCUGCUCACAGUUUUUUCCUUAAAACCCACAGAGAGGGGACGCAUGAAUACACUCACCUUCAGAUCUGAUUUCUUAACAAAUCAUUUCUUCUCCAUUUGUGCAAGGAGGGGAUCCCUGACACGAGAGGCCUGACAGAAAACUAAUGAACAUGUACAAAAUGACUACAUGCUUCACCUUUCACUAAAUUUAACAAUGGGAAACUCCUUAAAGUUUAUUCACACCUCUAUGUACUGACAUUUUUGCAUCUAAAAAAGUGUUGAAUUCCUAUCUCAUUGAGUGAAAUAAUAGGUUUUAAAUUAAUUUGGUGUCUUAAGCUUCAUAGGUGAAUCCAGGGGACCAGAUUCUGGACAUGAUAAGGCAGGACUACAGUCAGAUCAGUUGAUCAGCAGGACUCUUCUCCUACAGAGCCAUGCUGUUGUAAUCCCUGUUGCCAGAUAGAUGGAGAAUUAUAUAGAGAAUGUCAGAUUUUGAUUCACCAGUGUAGAAUGGGCGCAGGCCUGCCUGUGUGUUCACAGAUGAUGGUUUUUAGAGGUGAAUUUGAGCUCAUGUGUUGAUUUCCACUACAGGGUUGUCUGGUUUUAUUUCAGUGCUUUCUACAUUUAGCAUCACACUCCUUUUUCCUGUUUUCUUGUCCAUGUUACUGGCAUCAAAUAUAAAAGCACAUAUACAUUACAUUUCAUUUCAUUUGUUUUUGGUUAAAGCCAAGGUUUUAUUUGACAAUAGAAGACAGCAAUUAUUUUUAAAUGAUUGUCUUUUAAGUGGCCCCAUAGAUCAACUUACAGCCCUGCAUGUCUGUUUCAAAACUUUUUGUAACUUUUCAUUGAAUUUCUAUCUGAAGUCGGGGCCCAUGUUUACAAAUCAUGAAAAAUUAUCUCUAAAAGUUUCAGAGUUUUGUUGAGGUUUGGGUGCUGAGAUUUGCAGGCUAUGUUAGUAAAACUUAUAAAAAGUAACACUUAAACAAUUGUUCCGUUUUCUUGCUGAGAUUGAAAAACAAUAACUGUUUGGUGUUAUAUUUGUGGGAUGAUUUGAGUCUAUGAGAGGCGUUUCUCACAGCAUGGACCCCCUCCUGUCAGCCGGGAUCAGGGGGGAUCGUGUUGACUGGUUUUUGAGGUAUCCUGCUGACUAACAGACAAACAUGACUAAGAAUAAAAUCUCUGGUGUAAGGAUGCAUUAUGCAGGAGUUUAUAAAUCUGGUAUCAGGAUUGAAUAUUCAUAUUUGAAUAAUAAUAAUACACUGAUUUUAGGAUCUGCACAAACAUUUGUUUUGAGUUUUAUUCAUGUGUCCCUGGGUAGUUGUAAAAUGCACAUUCAUCAGUCAUUUCCAUAAAGAAAACUUCAUAUUUCAUGUCGUUGACCAUAAUUAUCAUUACUGUUCCCCUGUUUCUGUCCUACACCUCCUCCUCCUCUCGUGUGCUUUUUAUAUCUAUAUUUAUUUCCUGCUGCUGCUGCAGGACAGCGAUGAUGUUGAACCAUCACUUUCUGCAGAGAUAGUGAAAAUAGGACGUGGGUCUGCUGGUUCUCUGCCUGCGUUCAGCCUGUCACCGUAAUCUAUACAGCUCCCCCCCGAGCCGACGCACACUGCAUAACAUGAUUUGUCACCACCCUUGUGUAACAUAAAAGAAGCCGGAGCGCUAAUAGAGAGAGAAAAUCAAACAGAGAGGGUCACGCUGCAGAGAUGUGACAGCAAAAAGAUCUGAUUAUUGUGCCAUGACGUGGCUCUCCUCCCUGCAGAGCGACCUGCUGCUCGGCUGCUGAUACGACUGGUAGAGGGAGACUCGGUUCAUAGUUAGUGUUUCAGAAUCCGAUUUAGCUUUAUUGGGAACAUACAAAGAAUUUGACUCUGGUAAAGUUUACCCUCUAUGUACAAACAUUAGACAUGAAAUGUUAGAAAAAAAUGAAAGAAAAUUACAGAGUAUGUACAAACUAAAAUAGACUUUCAGUCUAGUGUUUGAGGAACAUUGGCUUUCUUCUGUUUGUCAGGAGAAUUAACACUCUGCUGAUAAAACAGGUAACCUGAGGGUGAAAGUGUUCUUUAUGUUCUUUGCUUCUGAGUGUUAGACCAUCACUGAAAGCAUCUGCAGCAAAAGCGCCAUCAUUUCUAGUCCUUUUUAUUUAAAGUAUCUCACUGUUCUAACAAGAACACAAAUUCAAAGUGCAAACUCCUAAAUAUUGUCGUGCCCCCCCCCCCAACUUUCUGUUUUUAUCAAAUCAAAUAUGUAGAUAUAUGCUCUGCUGUGAAUGCAGUGUUUGCAGAACCCUCCCUGGAAGAUCACAGGAUAUCACUAGUCCAGUUUUAUUUACUUCUAGUGGUGCUGGAACCAAAAAUUAAAAGAAGACCGCCAAUUUCCGCUAUACCGUUGAUCUUUCAUAGUGGCCAGAACAAGUGAGUUCGAGGUAGGGAGGCAUAUAUACACACAUGCUGCAGACUCACAGUGUCCAGUUUUCUGCAUGCUUGUUCUUCUUGAGAAAAUGAAAGCAUGUCCUUGUGGUCCAGUGUCAGUCAAGAGUGCAUCAGGUCACAAUCAGUCUGGCAGCAGAACACAGAAGCUUCAAAGGAGGCUGGUGUACAGAUCUGUGCCAGAUCUGCCAGUUUUAGAGAUGUCUCUGUACUGAAAUUUCACCAGUCCAUCCGUUUUGUAUCCAGAGAACCAUGUUCCCCUGUCCUGUCCUGUGUUGCUCCCUAAAAUGAGCUUGUGGAGACCUGGAGCACAGCUGCAGAACCUGGUUAAGUGUCUACACCGUUAAAACACCUUCAGCCGGUUAGUUUGCAUUGGCAGAUACUCUAAACUAAAAGAAGCACCCUAUUGGCUGAAUGCAAAAUAAGACUACUAGAAACUGCAGUUCCUCGAGUGUCCACUCGGGGCGUGAAGCUGGCUUGGAAGUACUGGAAACCACAUACACACUCAUUCAAAAAGGCCGAUCUUAACAUCAAAAUUUACAGCCUGUUGCAAGUGAGUGGCUCAUUUUUCUCUUUGCACACAUGCUGCAGGGGGGAUAGGAGAUAUAGAAGUUACAAGCUUUCAGGCUGCUUUGACUUUUGACUGACAGAAGGACACACCGCAGCACCCCACAAGUUAGGUCAACUGCAAGUGAGAUUUGGUUGGUAGUUCCAUCAUGGCUUCAAAACUCUGCUUCAGAAACCACUGGAGGUCAACGCUGAGGUUUCAUUGUUGUUUAAGUAUGUGCUUUACUAUCACUUACUCAAUACCUGCACCACUGUAAACAUCCUUCACACAUACACACAUGCACACACCAAAAACUGGAUCAGAUUAAUUCUUCUUCUUCUUCUUAAACCUGCGCUAAUUUCAGAUGCAAACAUCAGUCUCAGUGUGUAAAGACCUCUAGUGUGUAAGUGAGCAGAAAGGGGGCCUCCCAUCAGAGAGUGAGGGAGCUUAAAGAUGGCUUCUGAUCACUCCGGGGGCCCCCGCCAGGUCCAGAGGCAGAAAGAUGAGUGCUGAAUGGAGAGCGGCGACCUGAAGAAUAGGGCCUCAGUGGGGCGUCUGUGGAGGAGCGGGUGAUCUGAAACCUCCUCCGUUGUCUUUCUCUGCCUCGGCCUCGGCCCGGGUUCUCUGUCUCUGCAGCUAUUCAGAGUGAGCGCCGAGUCACACAGCUCCUCUGUUCAGGACUCUCACUCACUGUCUCUCCUUUUUCUUCCUCCUCUUUUUCACCCUCUCCUUUCUCCAUUCCCCUUUCACUCUGCACUCUAUCUGCUGCUCCAUCUGUGCACUUCAGGUGCUCGGAUGGACAGAUAAGCUCUGAUUGGGUUACUGAGGUGGGGGUGCAGAGCGCAGGAGGAGCCGAGAGGAGAGCAGUGGGGGUCUAAGAGAGCUGCCUCUUGUUUUCUGUGUUGUGGCUGUUGACUGCUGCUCUGUUGUGCCUUAUCUGUCCAGGUUUCACGUUUGCAGCAGAAACAGAGCAGGUCUUUAUGCCGUUCAGGUUCCUCUCUGUCCUGUUGUUCUGUUUCUCAGUUGAUAUAGCAGUUGGAACAACAGCAUCACUGCUGUGUCCCUCUUCUGUGUUGCUGAAAUGUCAACUUUAGCUUCAACUAAACCCAAAUGGCACAACCUCAGCCCUUGAUGUACUCACUGGAGAAUGUUUUUGUGUCAAACGCUGCCAAAAAAUGUCAAAAUGUUGACUUUAAGGGACAGAGGAAGCUUUAAUAAUCAUGCACACCACUUCUACCACCAGAGGAAGGUUUUCAGAGAUAGAAAGGUUUUGCCUUUAGAUGAAACUAUGAGUGCAGCCCUUGUUGGAGCAAACAUGGCAACUUAUGUUGACAAAAGUUCAUGCAAACAUGUUAUUACCUUUAGCACAUUCAGCUCUGCCAGGCAACCUGUGGUAAACCUUUUUUUUUAACCACAAACUUAAUUUACAGAAACAAAACAACUAAACGGACAUCCAUUAGAGCACUUAUCUGACUACAUACAACUCUAAGUCCAUUUUCUGCAUCAAAAUACUGCAGAACUAAGUGGCCCUGUUGGACACCAUCCAUCAUCUGUGCUUGUUUACAUCCAAGUAGUAGAGCAUUAAAACAGCAGCCUUAACCAGAGCUCCUUUUGUGACCCCUGGUGGUGGCUGCCUUGAAACUUAGACACAACAUAUGAGCUUCAUUUCAGGCCUACAACAACUAAGAUGUGAUGAUGACGUGUAAUUGUUGAUUUUUGAACUGAGCCUUCUUAGGUUUUAGAGUGACUUUUCAGAAGAAGUAGCAUGACCAUGCAGCAGCUUAACCACAAAAAUAGCAUGCAAUCAAAACAAACAAACAAAAAUCAACAACUGCUGACUAUCAAAAUAAGAAUUGAUAUCUAUGAAAACCUGUUUUUAUUUUCAAUUUUGCUCCAACUUUUCUCUGCAAAAUCAAGUCUUUGUUGAACCACCUCUUUAACAUUUCCUUGAAUCACCUGGUGUGAAAUUAAACAUCGUCCAGCGAACCUUUCUGAUGCCUGUUUGGAUCAGUCUGUCUGAAACUGUACUGUAUGAGUGUGGCAUAAAAACACAUACAAAAGUCUUCUUCAUGUGUCCAUGUUCAUUCCCUUAGUGCCAGUGUUUUUUUGUCUAGCUCUAAGUUUGUUGGGGUUUUUUGUUUGUUUCUGUAGAUGAAGUUGUGGAUCAAUAAAUUUAAGCGCCACAAAACUAACUCAGUGUGCCUCAAUGCCACAAGGAUAAAUCUGCUAAGAGAAAUAAAAAAUCCUUCCUCUAGUACUUAAAAGUAAGCACAGUGAUCAAAGCUUCCUCUGUCCCUAAAAUCAACAUUUUGACUUUUUUUUUUGGGCAGCGUUUGACACAAAAAACUUUUUAGUGAGCAUAUCGAGGACUGAGUUGGUGCCAUGUGGGUUUAGCCGAAGCUAAAUGUUGACAUUUUGACAUGGGAAAACAGUAACUGCAGCUUGAUAUAAUGAUAAUAUAAGCCACAUGCAGAUACAGCCAUCAUCAUUCACAUUAUUGACCAGCAUUAUCCUAACAUUUUGAUGAAGCUUUUAUUAAAUUUAUCACAAUUUUUAUUGAACAAACUUUAAAUGAGUUUUGGUAACCACCUGCAGAGCAGAUGUGUUUUUGCCACAUGGCCUACAGACAGUGCAGAGAGUACUAAUUACAGAGGAGUCAGAAACCCCCUGCUGGACAAAUCACAUCACAAUAUCACUUUCAGAACACCCCGUGCAUUGUUUUCUGCACAAUAUGUUCUGCAACAAAACAGUUUUUAUCUCAUAAAGUGAAAAGAAACAUGCAGAUAAAAAUAUUCCUGUGCUUGUCCAAAUCAGAUGAUAUCCACCAACAGCAAUAAGCUGCUAUCUUCUGAAACUACAAUAACGUUUUAGUUUGCCAUGGUUUAGGUCUGUUUUCUCCAAAUGAAGCUUAGUUUCAACCUGGACUGUGUAGAUGCUGCUCCUUCAAUCUGCUUUAUCCUGUCUUUAAAGAAAACAUUUGACAGAUAAGAGUUCAAAAGUUUUAAAGUGACAGCUUUCAGGGAUGUUUUCCGGUUUGAUUUCACAGUAUUGCACCGCUAGAUUUGCCUUUUUUGUCUCAUACUCUCACGGUGUCUGGUCUGGUUCUUCCAGUUGAGUCCCCGUCCUGAACUCUGCUGUGUCUCUCCUGUGAACUGCAGGUGUAAGUAAUAGCCUGGACUGGAUAACUGGAUAAAUAUCACCCCUCCUCCCCUCUCUUCUCUCCUCUGUACCUCUCCUCCUCGUUUUUCUGAAACCCCCCAGGGUCUCCAGUGUCCUCUCCACUUUCCACGGCAGUGAUAAGAUGUCGACACGAUUAAGAGCGAAAGCUAAUCCCCCCUCUCUCUCUCUCUCUCUCUCUCCCUCUCUCGCUCUCUCUCUCUCUCUUUCGGCUGUACUAAAUGUUCAGGUGACACAAAAUGCCACGGCCAAGUCUAAAGAGCCGGACAGCCUGUGGAUGGUAGGAUCAGAGAAAGAGAGAAUGAGAGAGGAGGAGGCCAGGUGGACAAGGGGUUGGAUUGUAACUAAAUAAUUAAUGGGCGGCACUUUCGUUUUUUAAUCUGUAAAUGAGAAGGCCGAAGAUGGCGAGGCCGGCGCUCUGACACCCGAUCCCAGACCCAUUAAGAUAACAAGAUGUUGGAUAAUGAUCUCGGUUAAGGUGCAGUUUAUCAGUCCAGGGGGAAGUGGCCUCGUCUCCCAGGUGGCUGAGCCUGUGUCCCCUGAUGCCCUGAUAGUCCAUGUCUAUGAGGCCUUAUCUGUAAAAAAAACAUGUAGAGUUCUGAUAUGAUGACCAGAGGAGGAGGAAAAAGAGUCACUGCUGACCCUGAUGUGCAGAUUAUCAGCGUGAUUCCAGAUCAACUAGAAUCAUAAAGGUCUCUGUCAGCCCCCUCAAGUCUUUUUCAAGUUAUAAAUCCUCUCAUAGGAUCCAUUUAUUGUGCUUACCUGUGACACUAAUCCAAAAAACAUUGUCUGAUCAGUCCACUCAAGUUCAUGAUUGGUGGGCUGGAGGAGCGAAAUCAGCACCUUGCCGAACAGCACAGGCUGAAAUGUUGCAGAUGCUGCAUCCAUAGUGACUAAUGCAUGCAGAUUAGCUUUCGUUCAUUAUCACCUCUCUGCGUUUCUGCUGCAUUUACUGUCCGAUUGGCUAUUAGCUCGCCGGGUCAGAGAGACAGCUGUGAGGGUGACAGUUGUAGUUUGUAAAUAAUGUAAAAAAUAGCAUUUAUUAGUACAUACAUACAUAAAUUUACUUCCACUUGGAGGUGCAUUGCUUGGAUAGUGAUCCUGUAGAUGCUGCAUCAGGGCUAAUGUGUUUGACUGUAUAUACUACGGACAACUUGGGUCCGCCUUCCGUCAAUACACAAAUCCCUGUAAUUCUAGGAUUUUUUCCAUUUCCUUUUAAAAUGGAGCUGAACAGAAAAAAGAGGACUUGAGCACAAACCAGUCUUACAGUAACUACAUGUGAACAUCACAAUCAGUGGGGAGAAACAUUUAUAUUCUGUGGAAUUCAUUUCUAAAGUUUGUCCACAACUCUGUAGGGAUUGCUGGAGGAGGCGGGGUUUAUGACCUAUACCGCAGCCCGUCACCAGAGGGUGCUGUUCUCACAAGGCUUCACCCAGCGAGGAGGCAGGCGGCGUCCAUUCUAUAUACAGUCUAUGAUCAGCAGCAGCCAUCCCAAACCACAGAGCUCAAACCACAAUCUUUUUUUGUGGCCUCGUCUUGAUAACUCCUUGGUCAUUGGUUAUUGUUGAUAUGUCAAAAAUCCUCCCACACUGCCGCCUUCUCCAGAUUCUACAAUGCAGACAAAACUUUGCUGAUUGGUCCUUCUGUCAUGUAACGCUGCCUUGUCCAUGUCUCUAUGCUUUUAUUCUGUUUCACCAAAUAUAAUGUAUACAAUAUUGAAGAGCUUUCGGACAGUUUGAGAAAUAUUUAAUUCACAUGAGUCUCCACACAGACCCUAUUUUGCAGUUGCAAUCCUCAAAUAAGAACCUUUGAUCGGCUUACUCAAACUUUGGAGAGAGUUGAGCUGCUCUGUCUCCUUCUGCAUCCUUGUGUUGGAAUUGGGAUUCAUCCUCAGCAUGUGCCCACAACUCAAACCUCUGAUCCUAUCAUUUAUUUAGCCCGGCAGCACCAUCCCCUCCCCCUCCUGCUGCACCCCACCCAGGUAAACACCUCUGUACAACACUCCGCUUGAGGGUGUCCUUUGGUUGCACAUUUAUAAGCUUCAAAUGAGUAAACCCUGCAGGACACGCAGCGGCAGAUAUCAGAGCAGUCUGCAGUCUCAGGUCAGCACUCGAGUCCUGUGGUGGAGGAGAGGAAUGAAAAGAGAAGAGAUGGAGGAGAAAAGAUGAGAGUAAGAAAAGAUGGAGUCAAAGAAUGAGUCAAAGAGCAGAUGUGUUGAUAUUGUGAGUGCUGGUGUCAGAACGGUGUUUCCCCAGAGGCGUGUGCAAAUGAAGUGAUCUGAGUCGCAGCAUCUGUUCACUGCUGAAACAGAGAUACACUAAGUUACACAAAUAUCAGCCUCUGCACACAGAUUAUACACAGUUUACUGCUGAGGAGACAAAGCUUGCUGUUGACGUUAGAUUUGAAGGACAUGGAGUGGGUGUCGUGGGUCCUGACAUUCACUAUUAUAGCUUUUGAGAAACUGUGUGUCAAACUUGAGUCUUACAAGCUUGAACUAUGUAUUAGUGAUAUUUAGAACUUUGACCCCUUUAUUAAAAAAUUAAUGUAUCCCAGGGCUUAAAGCUCGCCCCAUGUUCAGAGGCUGCAGUCCAACUCCUGACUACAACUCUCUGCUCCGCCUUGGGAGUGAAAACUUGGAGAAAAUAUCAGGAGUGCAUGUGUGAAAGAGGCGACAUUGUCAACCAUUUGCAUAUCCCACCCUCCAUGUUCUCAUUUUUGGAUUUUUGGAAACAAAUUAAUUAAUUAAACAAACUGCUGACAUAAAAGCAUCAAAACAGUUGAACACAAACCAAACGGUGGUGUCACAGAGGCUACAUUCAUUUUUCAUAUGUGGUUUCUCGUCCAGACAGAGUCUAAUGCCUGCUAUCCUGAUUUAGACCUUUAUUCUGGACUCCUCAGUGCAGGAGAGUUUGAAUGAGGAGCCCUGAACCAUCAACAAACCUUCACCAAACAGCUCCAGCUUGCAAAGCACAAAUCUAUCUUUGGGAAACUGUUUGAGAAAAGGGCACAACACACAAACAGUAGCAGCUUUGCUCCACACACACACACACACACAGAGAUUUCCAAGGCUAAGUGACCUGGAUGCUCUCAGCUUUGAAUGACAUAAGCACCUGAGCAGCCUUGGGUUCUGCACCCAACCUGAACAUACUCGCAGGAAGGCUGAUGGCGGCCCAGGAUGCGCCUCCGUCCAUCCAUCAGAGGCUGCAGGUAAUGUCUGCAAACUCACGCAGCUUACAUCAGCCGGGAUAAAGGCCUCUAUUAAGGAAAUGAAUAAUACCCACUGAGGGGAGGUGACCUCGCACCGGUCAUGUGACAUCAAGGCUGGGACACGAUUGGCUGCUUUUGGCUAGUAUCUAUGGGAGUGGGUGGGUGGGGGGUGAAUCCAGAGGGUGACGGAUGCUCGAGGCCAAGUAGAGAUGGGCUACAGAGUCAGCCGUUUCAGUCCUGUGAUCUAAUCUGUUACCCAUCAUGCAUCUUGCUUCACUAAUGAAAAGGCAAGGUCCCAUUUGUCACAUGCAGCUAUGGUAAAUGGAAAUUUAACCCCCCACCCCAACCCCCUCCUCUUUUUACUGAAUGCAGCUCCUCGGGUACAAACGCCCGCAAACAUGUGCAAACAGGCUCUGAUGAUGGACGAUAAUGGCAGAAAAAGAGCCAGAGGAAGUGCAAAUUAAUAUCAAGAAGAAGAAAGGAGUGCAGCUGCGGCCUUUUCUGUCACUGUGAUCAGAAACAAACAGAGACCAGUUCCUGUCUCUGAGUAUCAGGACUUCAAGGUGAAUCAUCAUUAUCUUUAUUAUUGCUUCCCUUUAAGAAGGCCAGAGGUGUGUGCGUGGGGUACACCCGCUUGAAGAUGAAGAGGGCUCUUUAAGGGUCAUUUCUGACACCACACAGGCGUGCACGUAAAGUGUGUGCAAACACUUUGCUGGCCUUGUGCAGACUUUUGAUGGACGGCGUCACACUGAUUGAGAGCUCCUCGGAACAACCUUCCCUGGUCAGAUAAUGUUGGAUUGGAGGUCCUGAGUGGAGCUGAAACACAGAAAAUAUCAUGAGUGCUGUGUUUUUUUUUUUUUUACUCUGAGAAAGGAUCAACAAUUUUUAUCCCUUAGAGGCUAAAAAACUUGUUCUGCUGCCAGAAGAUCACCGUUAAAAAUGAAACACUAAUAGCCUUAAAGCAUUUAUACGAAAAUACCGUGAAAUCCAGUGAGUAAGACGUGGCCUGUUUUUGGGAUCUCUGAGGGAGUAAGGUUUAAAAGGUGAUUUUGGUGAUGUGCAGCUCUUUCUGGUCCGUCUGCUUACAUUGUCUUGAAUUGAGGAGCCUUUUCAAUCAAACCAGAACUCCUCAAGCUCUGGUUAAAAAAAAAAAAUGCAAUUUUUAUUUAUUUAUUGAUUGAUUUAUUCACUCAGAAAGUUAAAUAUUAGGAGAGGUCACAGGGGAGGAUCAAGAGCAAUAAUUUUACAAAACUAGGGAUAGAGAAAACAUCUUCACAUCUAUGGAAACCAAACAGCAACACACCAAUUGCUCCAGUGGUUGCUCCCCUUUUCCUCCCCAUGCCCUCCCGCUCCCACCAACCCUCUACACCCCCAAAAUAUAAAGGGGGAAUAUACACAUAUAUAGAGGAAGAAAAAGGAAAAAAAUUAUGAUAGUAAUAAACCAGUUAAAUGAUUUUGUCAUUCACAGAAAUAUUUAUGAAAUUUAUCGAUCUGGUUUUAGAAAAUUCCACAGCACAGAGACUGCUUUAGUUAAAAUUGUCAAUGACCUCAGGUCCAACAUGGAUAAGAAGCUACUAUCUGUUUUAGUUUUAUUGGACCUGAGUGCAGCUUUUAAUACAGUCGACCACAAAAUUCUUUUAGAUAGACUCCGUAAUAUAAUUGGCAGCUCUGGUACUGUUUUUAACUGGUUUGAAUCCUAUCUUAGUGAUAGACAAUUUUACGUGAACCUUGGGGAUCGCUCAUCUAAAUGUUUUGAUUAAGUGUGGUGUUCCCCAAGGUUCCAUUUUAGGCCCUACUCUUUUUAAUCUUAUAUGCUACCUUUAGGGAAUGUCAUCAGGAGGCACGUCAUCAAUUACCACAGCUAUGCUGAUGACACACAACUGUAUGUUGCCGUGUCUCCUGAUGACACAGGGCCACUCGAUGCUCUUUUCAACUGCAUUUUCGACAUUAAAUCAUGGAUGGCGGAGAACUUUUUACAGCUCAACCAGGACAAAACUCAGGUUUUAGUCAUUGGCACAGGGGACAAGAGCGAGAAACUGGUCAGCAAACUCAAAGCAUUAUCCUAUAACUCAUGUCAAAAAGCUAAAAAUUUAGGUGUUUUAUUUGAUUCAGAAUUGAGCUUUGAGCCUCACAAACGAGAUAUCACUGAGAAGGCAUUUUAUCACUUAAAAAACAUCACUUAAAAAACAGUGCGACCAUUUCUCUCUCAAGCCAAUGCAUAGACACUAAUUCAUGCUUUUAUCACUUGUAGAAUAGAUUAUUGGAAUGCACUCCUUUCUGGUCUCCCCAAAAAGAACAUUUCACACCUGCAACUACUACAAAAUUCAGCUGCACGGAUGUUAACAAGAACCAGAAAGAGAGAUCACAUUUCACCGAUUUUAAAGUCUCUGCAUUGGUUACCUGUCUCUUUUAGAAUAGAUUUUAAGGUUGCUUUAUUGGUUUUUAAAGCUCUCAAUGGCUUUGGCCCAUCUUAUCGAUCUGAUCUUCUUUUACCUUAAGAGCCAGGUCGAGCCCUCAGGUCUUCAGGAAGUUCUCUGUUAACAUUACUCAAAGGUGAAACCAAGACAUACGGUGAGGCAUCUUUUUAUUACUACGGCCCCCGUCUAUGGAACAGCUUACCUGAAGACCUGAGGACUGCACCUCAUCUUAAUGAUUUUAAAAGCAAACUGAAAACAAAGCAAAAUAGUCUUGCUUUUAACUAAAUUUUAUAUCAUUAACUUCGUUUAAGUGUUUUAGCAUUUAUCUCUUCAAUCAAUCAAUCAAAUUAUUUUUAUAUUAUAUAUAUAUACUGUAUAUAUAUAUAUAUGUAUACAUUUAUCUCUUCUCAUUUUAGUCACAGGAUGUCUUUUAUUGGGCUAUUUUGGUGCUCUUAUUUUAGUAUCUUUUAUUGUUGUUUUCAUUUCAUUAUAUUUAUUAUUUCUUAAAUUUUAUUCUAUGUUUCUUUGUUUUUAGAAUUUAACCUAAACCUCCAGUGUUUCCUUAUCUUGAGUUUUAUCAUAACGUUUCCUCAGUGCGCACAUUCCUGUUUCUAAGAAAUCAAGCCCUUUUUAAGUUAAUGCAUUUUAAUACUGUUUCUGUUGCAAUUAGAUCGUGGGGUGGGAACGGGGGGUUGGACUGGGGUAGAUUUAGGUAUUCUUUCAAUCUUGGGUUGGGGUAAAUUUGGGUAUUCUUUGUUUCUUUUAUUCCUUUUUCUGUGUAAAGCACUUUGUUCUACAUUGUGUCUGAAAAGUGCUAUAUAAAUAAAGAUUGAUUGAUUGAUUGAUAAUCAGAUGAAUUACAACUAAGAAAAAAUAAUAAAAUGAAAUAAAAUAAAAUAAAAGGGUAAAGAUAAAGAUGCACAAACCACUCCCAACCCCCUCCCACUGUCAUCCAGAAAUACCAUAACUCAUAUUCAUCAAACAAACUUUCAAAGAAACUGAACAACUGCACAACUGCUGUCUCCUUUAUCAUAAUGAUAUCCACAGAGACAGCAUUGUAUAGAAUCAUGUAUACAAAUGAGAUGACCAAAAUAUAUGUGCAGGCGCAAUAUGUAGGUACCAUUCAGAACAUUGUACUGAACAAAAAAAAGCAGACAAAUAGAUGAGAUGGAUCAUAAAUAUUUACCACAUAUCAAUAAUUUUCAUUAAUAGCUGACCAGCAGUUAAUAUUUAAUGCUUUAGCCUCAUGCAAAUAUAUGCAUAUCCCGGUAAGCCAUUUCCUCACUGACAGUGCAUGUGGUAGUUUCCAAUGAUAGGCUAUCAUUCUUUUAGUAGCAGUAAGACCAGCCAACAGCAGGCGCUUUUUAUUCACAGUUAAUUUCAAAGACCAGGUAUCUUUAAAGUAAAAGCAAACUCUGUGAGUGAGGGAUGACCUCUCCAAUUAUAUUUGACAUGAUACUCCAGACUUUGUUCCAGAAUCUACUAACCUCCGGACACUGCCAAACCAUAUGAUAGAAAGUAGCAACAGUACAGAAAUCCCAAUAUGGAUCAUCUUUGAGUUUUAUUUGUUGCAAUCUUCGAGAAGAUAAAUUAGACCUAUAAAUAAAUUCAUGGUGUAUCACUUGAUGGUCAAGGUCAAAUGUUUUUAAAGGUUAUCAAGCUAAAUUGAUAGAUGGUAUGAACAGGCUGUGCAAUGAGAGUGAAUGAAGUUAGGGAUAAUGCAUGAUGCACAGGGCAAAAGUAAAGGUGCAGUUUUCAGGGUCCAUGAAAAUGUUUUCAAAUUAACCAAAGCAGUGUUAUCAUCUCAGAGAUGAAUAUAAUCCAACACUGGAAAAUCAGGCGGCACCAAACUCUUGCUGAACUCUCUGAGUUGUUGUUCUGACUUCAGCAGAUGUUCACUUUUUUUUUCUAACACAAAAACUCAUUUUUCCCACACUUCAUGAAUGCAGCAUUUGCGUCAGUCCUGCACAAAGAGGUGUUGUCUUUGGCUUUGUGUUUGGAGUUACAAACAGUACUGAGACAAAAUUUCCAACUUUUAGGUGUUUUUUUGGGGGGUGUUUUUUUUACAGGAACAAAGAUAUGAUCUCAUGGCAUCGUAGUUCCAGUUUACAGUGUCUCAAUUUAGCAAAUUAGGAAGUAAAACUUGACCUCCUCAUACUUUUGUCUUUAUUUUCUUACUUCUCUUGUUUCACAUCCUCCAAAGUGAGUCGCAUCCAUUUAAUUCUUGAAUUGUAAAAUGAAUACAUCUGUAGUCAUCCUCAGAAGCUGGAUGUCACCUUGCAGGAGGACAAAAGUCUUGUCAUUCAUAACCAGCAGCGUCUGUGUUUGAUACUCAGAGCUGCUUCUAUCUCUGCUCCCUCUCCUCGUCUCUUUCUGAGCUUAAAUCCUGCACUUGAAGCUCCUCAGAGCUCCCAGCAUGAACACACAGACCCUCUUCCCUCACACGGCAAAGAAAAGACUAAAUAUGCAGCUCCUUGUUGCAGACUGUCGUGAUGAUAUGAAAUGGAGCAGAAUUUCAAAAGAGCUGUGAGGGUGUUUGGGAAAAUAGGGCGACUGCAGAAAAUUAGAAGCAAAUCGAGGUUAACGUCUUCUUCUUUUCAUAAACCUCUUCUCUCUCUCGCCCUCUGUCUGUGUCUGUCUGUCUGUCUGUCUGUCUCCUCAGGGAUUUUUCCGCAGAAGCAUCCAGAAGAAUAUGGUGUACACAUGUCACCGGGACAAAAACUGCAUCAUCAACAAGGUGACGAGGAACCGCUGUCAGUACUGCCGCCUGCAGAAAUGCUUCGGAGUGGGAAUGUCCAAAGAGUGUGAGUUUGACGCCCAGUUUGACGCAGUGUGAGAUGUUGGAUAUCUCCAGAGAGUUAAAAUGAAGAGUUUAUACUCUCUGGUCGCUGCUGUUUGAGAGGCUUUUCCACUCAGACUAGAUACAGCACAGUAGAGUUUAGUUUGAUCUGGAAUCUGGAACUUCAUUAUCUGACUUUGAUGAAACCAUCAUUUUUUUGCAGUGCACAAGUUUCAAAAAUCAGAAACUGUAUUUAAACUUCAACAUGCACAAAUGUACAUUAAGCAGCAAGACAUUUGGAGCUUUGGCUGAAUUUUGCUUGAAAAAAAAAAAAAUCUGCAUAUCUGCAUAAAAGGUUGGCAGUAGUUCAGUCUUUAUGGGCUUUACUGCUCCAGAACUAAGGGUUACAAGUCUUGAAAUGAACCUGUUUGCCGUAGAGGUGCUAAUUCACUCUCAGGGUGCCUUUAAACAUCCAGCUGCUAACAGCUUGUGUGUGCAGCCCCCUCACUCCAUAACACACAUAACUGGUGAGCUUACACAGCCCUGCAGAGCACCAGUAGAGUAGAAAACUCUAACACUCUGGGAUCUGUCCUAAAGAAAGUCCGAAAAUCAUCCAACAAUUCCAGGACGAAUGUUAAAAUUAGGUUUAAAAUUACUUAGAGGCUUAAAGAUGUGGCUGAAUUGUGUUCAUGUAUGUGGACUGUUCUUCAACUGCUACACCAGCAACACCUCAGUAGAACAUGACCACAGGAUUCUUUGUGUGCAUGUGUGUGCAGCAAAGUACAUCUUUAAAAAAGGUGAGCAGUUGUAAGACACAGUCAUAUAAAUCUACUCCCUUGUACUGUGUUUGGGUUUUCACAUUUAUACUAAAGAAGAUCUUAAACAGUGGAACAGUUUUCAAGCCAAAACUUCUCUGCUGUAGCUGAUUUUCUCUGAUGAAGACAGAAAACAAGAGUCCAAAAAAAAAAAAACGCUUAAAGGUGGGGUAGGCAGGACCUGAGGAAGUGGAGUUUUUGAAAAGAAAUCUUGAAUGUAAACACUACCCCUCCCAACCAGCUCCUCCUCUCCCCUCCCUCUCUGCUUCAGCAAAGCCCCGCCCACAAACAGACGCUGCUGCUCACUCGUAUCGCUUCAAUUAAACUCAGAUAUAAUGCAGAUAAAUACUUCAGAUGAUUAUGGAGCCCAGUCAACGUGAGAGUAAAAAGCAUUGGUGCUACUGUAGAUGCCAACAGACUACCAGCAAACACAAUGUUUGCAGGACUUCUAAAACUAGGAUAAAGUGACAUACUCCAGGACCUGAGGUUAACGGUUUAGCGGUGCUACAACACGCAGCAGGUGUCGUUUGACAAGAAACACUUCUGUUACAGACACUUGGCUUACUUUGUUAACUUUGUUGUUAUUCCACCAGAGUCUCCGGUAUUUACUUGUUUUCUUGCUUGUGUUGGCAGUCGUGGCCAAAGAAGGAUUCAGACAAUUUCCUGUACUUUCUGGUUGGUUUCUAAUGUCUGAUAUUGUAGCACACUAACUUUGUUUGGGCUUGUGAAUGACAUGGGGGAGCAGCGUCUGCCUCACAACCAAUCAGGUUGGGGGAGGAGGAGAAUGGCUUUGUUUACAGUCAGAAAGAGCAAAGCGCUCAAAAAAUGUAAAAUGUUGACUACUCAGACAUAACAAAACACAACAAUAUUGUUAUGAUAUUGAUAGCUUUUUGUAUAUACACCACAAAAAAGAUGCUUCUUAAAUGGAAUCCUGCCUACCCCACCUUUAAUACACCAACUACAAUGACACACAGAUUUUUUUAUCCUUGGAUUGUGAGCUAGGGUACUUCUGUUGCUUGCUUUUAAAAAUCUGUUUGAAGUCCUGAUCAUGAAGAGUCAAAAAGUGCCCCAAAGUCCAAAAAGUGGGCAUGGCUAGAUGAUGAGGUGAAUUCUUCAAUCAUAGUUAACACUGUAUGCAACAGUGGACAAUACUUAGGUGAUGAGACUCUGACACUUUUUCUUGGUGAUGAAGACUUGGACUUGAGCACUGAGGACUUUGGUUAUUGGACAACAGUACUUGUCCAGAUCCGGUGGCCUCUUAAACUGGAUUUUAAAUCUCUUUGGGACUAAAACAAAAAAAGUAAAGGACUCUAAAUGUGUGAAACAUGAAAGUAGGACAUUUCUAAAGUCACAGCUUCCACGCUGAUCUGCUGAAUGUAUCUACAGCUAUGUUUUAACCUCCUGGAGAAGGUGGAACAGAAGCUCCAGAGAUGUCUGCAUCACAUCCUUCAUGUUUCUCAUGAUUAAUUCACUAAGUCUGUUUCCACUGCACUUUGCAGUUUGCUUUUACCCAAACACCACCUCUUUAACCCCAGCUGAGUGUAAACUCUAACAUGUGCAUCUUUUAGCAGCAGACAGUGUUGUAAUGAGGUGGAUCACCAACUGAGAGGGGUAGCCAAAGGUCUGCAGGGCUUUUAAAGGCCUGAUUCGGCUCUCUAUAUUUAAUUCAAUUUCCUGUUUGCUGCUUGAGAACAGUGCUCAGCAUUGUUUACCCUACACUGUAAAAAAAGGGGCUAACAGUAAAAGAUGAGAGUUUAUGAAAUGCAAAUGGUCUGCACAUGCAAAUGAAUGUGAAACAUUGUGCAGCUCAUAUACAGUUAAUAAUAAUAGGUGUAUUUUCUUAGAUUUUGUUAUUUUGCACUUUUUAUACAUUUAUACAUAUAUAUAUAUAUAUUUACUUAUAUAUAUUUUAUAUUUUUUUACCAGAACACUUUCUCCUUUGCUUCUAAGACUCAGGGUUAUGAAGUGAUGAUAACAAAAAUCAAAAACAUCCUGCACUUGUCACACGAUGGAAUAAUUUCAGCCUUUUACCAGAUGCCUGCACUAAGAGGAAAGCGGUCACUUGCUGCUCUCAGUGCCCUCAUGUCCCCUCUGCUCCAUUGUCAUCUAUAGGAACAGUUUGCAUUUCACAGGUUAUUGGCAUCCUUUGAUUGCAUCAGCAUUUAUAGCUCAGGUCCACUUCAUGCUCCAUUAGCCUCAGCAGAGGACUCGUGGAAAAGAUGAGCUCUUGAUGUCCUACGGCUAAACCCCCCACCAAGCCCCUGAUGAGAAAGGAGCUAUUCCUUUUUCUAUAUUCAUGGGAUGGAGGUGAUGGGGUGGCAUCUUCAGCUUUCUGCUCUGAACACCUGAAAGUCCAUGUCGGGUGAAUUUGACCUCCACUGUCGAGUCUCUGCAACUCUGGUUUACUGGCGGCUUCUUAAAACCAUCCACAGCUUUUCUUUUCUGCAGCUGUGUGGAGUCAUAGAGAGUAUAUUAGACGUAGAUGUAGUCUCUGUGAUGGCACUUACUUGUUUCACUGCAGAGGACUGAGGAGUCAUUCACAAUUAGCAGUAUCACUGUGACAAUCAGAGCGAGCUCCAAUUUUGACUAGGAUGACAAAAAUCGGUCGUUUGUACAAAGUAAAAAUUUGGCUCUAACUUUUUUGUGCUGCUCUCAUCCAAUACCAACUUAUUCUAUUCUUUUCUGUUCAGUCCAGUCAAAUACUCUGAUAUCAGCCUUUCUGAGCUACUUACUGUUAUUUUAUUGUAUACUGUUAUAUUUGGGUUAACAAUGUAAGUCAGUUUUUCAUCAAAGAUGCAUCAUCCGUUUGAUUACCUCAGAUAAACACAUAAUCAGACAAAUUAUCCUCAUCAAAGUCUGUUUUUAUUCUGAGGGAAUAAAAAGAGAAUAAAAACUGCUCUAGGCUGUGAAUCUCCUGAGCGCUUGUGUUUGUGGUCAUAGUUAUUUCAUAAUGAGGGUGUUGAGAGCUCAGUCUGCAGCCUGAGUCAGAAAUGAACAUCUGCUCCUGGACACCACACUCGUGCUCUCAUGUGCCUCUGGAGAUAAGUGAACGGCUCAGACUGAACUCAAAGACACCGUUGUUAAGUCUGUGUGUGUGUGUGUGUGUGUGUGUGUGUGUGUGUGUGUGUGUGUGUGUGUGUGUGUGUGUGUGUGUGUGUGUGUGUGUGUGUGUGUGUGUGUGCGUGCGUGCGUACGUGUGUGCAACAGCUCCAGCAGGUAUGGGACUGUAUGCAUCAUUACUUCCACACAUUACACAAGUCCUGCCUUUGUGUACUUUCUGAAGUGAGCAAUCAUGAGUCUCUUACAGCCAUACUUGUGUGAUGAGUUCUUAAUCAUGUGGAGAGGAAGACUGUCAGACUUCUGUGUCCAUGAUUGUGUCUAUGUGUGUGUGUCUAUGUGUGUCUUUGUUUGGUUGCAUGAGCCUCAAACAGUAAUUAAAGUCAUGUAAUGAUAGAGAGAGACAGUUUGUCUUGUCAAAAUUAGCUCUGAAAGCCUAAAAUAGUUGCUUCAAUGAGGCCAUAUAAUUCAAUAACUUUAAGUGAGUUGAACUGUAUUUGUAAGAAUUUCCCAAAGUCUCAUCUUGUUCAAUAAAAGGUCAAAGGGCAUAGCUCAGUGGCACUCCGCACAUGCAUGAGUGAUUGCCCUUGAAGUAGGUGCCCUAAAAUUUAGCCUUUUAGAAAUUUAGCUCAAUGAAUUCUCCUUCAGGGAUUCAAUAAAGUUCUUCUUAUUAUUAUUCUUAUUCUUAUUCAAACAUAUAUUUUUAGUUUUUAAACUGCACUCACAAAAACCUCAUAGGCUACGUUCACACUGCAGGGCUUAAUUCUCAAUUCCGAUUUUUUGCUCAGAUCCAUUUUUUUUUUGGUGUUGUUUGUUUGGCUGUUCACACAACCAUCUAUUAUGUGACCUGUAUCAGAUUCCAGUGUGAACUGUUUGUGAUCAUUGUGCAAAAUGUGUUGAAAUAAGGUAAAACGUGUUAGUAUUUUGCAAGAGUAGUGUAUGAGGUCUGCAAUGUGCGUCUAAAGUCAAAAGUCUUCACGUUUUUUUUUCUUAAAGUCCUGAAUAGAAGUCCCAAAGUUUAGAGCUGUGGUUGCAUUUGUAACUUAUAAUAACUUCAGUAAUUUUGGGCUGUUUUUGAAAGCUUCAGGCUGUUUGGAGUACUUUUUAAUUCUUGAUUUACAAGCUGAUAAAUGCUUUAUUCAAAGCUGCAAGGCUGCAUCUAUAGAAAAAAAUCACUAUAUCUUACGAAACAUGAGUUGCUUAUCUGCCUUGAGUGCAUCUUGAGUAUGUUUCUGUCAAAGCAAAGACUUGGCUCUGAGCUUAACUUUCAACAUCCUAAUUGAACACGGAUUGGUCGAGGUAACCAAAAGCAAUGUUUUAACUCAGCUGAUAGAGAAAAAUGGCUGGAGUACAGAAGUCCUCACUGGUCUGCGAGAAGAAAUGAAUAAAGCUGACUGAGACAAUCAAGGUCAAACUCUGUUGAUGGUCCAGAAAUGAGUUGAGGUUUAGGUUCAAAAAGUAUUGUCUGAAUAAAGUCAACAUCUCAACAGAAACUAAAUUACUUGUUUCCACAUUGAGCGAGACAACAUCGUUCAGAAAUCUUCACACGUAUGAAGUGAGACCAUGUUGGUCUCUCCUGUUGAUCUUCAUAUGUCUGAGUCUGUGUUUAUUGCUGAAGGCUCUUUGUGCUCCACACUGUUAUUCCGUUCCGUUUUCCAUCUUAUCGGUGUGGGAAAGCUUCUGAAUCAGCAGUGAGACCGUCACGAGACAAUCUAAUUUUAUCACCUCCAUGUUGUGCCCCAAGGUCAUAUUUUUACAAUGCAGGUUUUCCAUCUGACAGCCCCCCUCCCCAUCAGGACCAUUAGCUUAAACUCAACAUUUAGGUGGCAGCAGUAAAUGAUUACGGUUGUUCGACACCCACCUGGUUAGUGUUAAGUGCUGUGGCAGGCGGCCCGGCUGCACCACGUGGGCUGCAGAUAGAUCGUGUUUAUUCAGCGCUGCAUCUGUUUGCUCAAAGAGACACUGUGCAGAGCUUGGCAGCCUGCAGAUGGCUCGCCGAUGGCUUCUUCAAACUGUCUACGGCCGCUAACUUUGAGCCACACGAUAUAAACAAGGGCUGGAGGAGAGGAGAAAUGAGUUAGAGGAGGACAAAGAUGGCACAGUGUCUCGGAAAUCAGAGGGAUGGUGGCGGCGCCGUGUGGAUAGUAUUUACCGGCGUGUUGGAGCUCCGCUCAAUGACCCUCCAUCUCCUGCUCUUACUCUCAGGAGAGCUCUUCAGAAACACUCAACACACUCGUUCACAGCAGCUCACUCAAAGCCUGACAGAGAAGCUGUUUGCACACUCAACAGCUAACACACAUACAAACACACACAUUCACACAGUUUUCAGAUUUUUGUGUUGGAUUUAGGUGGUCUGUGCUGCCUGCAGUACAUCUAUUUGCAUUGGUAUAUGUUUUAGUUGAGGUGCUAUAUGAUCGGUGCAUGAUAAAAAAACAAGUCCAAACUCACUCAAAGAUCAGCAACUGCAGAAACUAUGAAGUCAAGAGCAGCUAUCACGGCGAGGACAUCGCUCGGCUCCCUCUGCCUGCUCAGCGGGUAUUAAAAAGCUGUGUAUUUUCACGGCUUCUUGUUCCAUGCAUCAUUCGGAUGUAUCUGCUCAUGCUUGCAGUAAUUUGCUCAGAGUGCAGCUGUAAUUGAUUGCCCAGGGUGGGUGGGGGAGAGGGUGCACUCGCCACGUUGCUGUCUUCCUAAAUCACAUCUCGUGGCUCUCCGGCCUCUGUGCGGACCACAACCCCCUCGCCAGACACUAUUUGUCACCUCACUUUGACAAAUGACUCACAGGACAGAUUGUUUACCCCCCCCUCUUUUUUUUCUAUACCAUUAUCUUACACCUCCCCCCAAUGCACGGGGAAGAGUGUUUGGGUGUAUGUCCUGUGCAUACAGAGAGGGUUAUUGACCUCUUGAUUUUAACUUGACACUUUCAUAGUUCAAGUUAUGUUUUAUGCAGAUUAUCCAGUGUCUUUGCAGAGCAGCCUUCUCUUCGAGCCCAUGUUUUUGUUGUGGUCCAGAUUUUCAGUGAUCUACUGUUAUUUUUGGGGUUAGCUGAUGAUGUUAAACUCUAAAGCUUCUCAAAACCAUAACUGUACAAUUUAACAUGGCACCAUAUUAAAGAACAAGAGGAAAUCAUACUCUUUCUCUGCUCUGCUCAUUGUACGGAGUAGGAGGCUGAAACUUUGGGCAGAGAAUUCACACAUAAACAGGUUUGAACAAAGACUAGAAUUAGACAGAAAGUGACAGCCCUGGUCUAAACAUAUGUCAAACAAUGACAACACAAAAAAAACUGAAAAGAGUAAGCUCUAAUAUACUGUUUUAUGACCAUUUAAUCACUGUUUUAUUACCAUUCUAUUACUGUUUUGUUAUUAUUUUUGCUUUAACUAUAAGUGAGAAAAGUUGUCUUUACUAUUUUGUUGUUUUUGUUUUAAAAUCAUUUUUCCAAAAAUCCAAAAGUGGGAUCAGCUCUUUCAAAGUUUACUCUCAGAAUAUUCAUUAAAACAUAAGAUCGAGUCCUUGGUCAUCUACCUCUGAUUUAAGCGGAUUCCUCUGACCCCACACUGACACCAUAAUCCUCAGUGAUCAAUGGGGUGAUGCAGAUCUUUCCACUGGUUUUCAUUUUAAAUAUUAUUUUUACUGCAUAUAAAACAUUCAAUUCUCUAAACUCAGACACUGACUUCUUCUGUCUUUCUGUUAUUUGUGUUCAUCUCAUUUUUGUGCACUCCACUCUAGUCAACAUCUCCACUGGCUUAAUAUGUUUUGCUGACUGUCUAAUCACAGUAGAUGCAGCUGACAGUAAACAUAUAUAAAUAUACAUUAAAUGGACAUAUAGGUCAGAGAUGUAGGUCAGUAUGUUUGGAGUGAUUAACAUCAGCGCGUUGCUGCUUCCUCUCAGCGCUGACAGAAAUCCAAACAAGGCUGCUGCUGACCAAAACACUCAAUCUACAUCUCUCAAACAGGAAAUGAUAUUGACUCCUCUUUCAUUUUGAUGCAUUAAGAUGAUCCACUGAUGUGGAGAGGGAACAUGAGAUGUGAGAUGUGGGUGUAGUAUGUCCUACAUAAAUCAAAAUGAAACAUAAACUCAGCAUAUGUACCGUCUGGAUGUGUCUGAGAUGAAUUGUGGUCUUGGCAUUUUUUUUUACAAAGCGCUGGCUCUAUGCAUUAUACUGUCAUUUUUGGAUACAUUUUCUUCAUCAAUUCAGCCUAAGGGAUUGUUUGGAUGCAGUUUUUUUGAUGUAUUUUUUGAACAGUCUACCUUUAGUUUGAGAUAUUGCAUUACAUACACAGGUGAGAAGCUUCAAAUGCUUCGCAGUAAGGUGAAGAAAAGGAGAAGAGGAAAAAAACUGCAUGCAACAUCUAAAACAAACUGAAAUAAUACCAAAAAAUCACUUAGAUGAUGAAACAAGAGCAACAGUGCAAAAGUGCCCUCUUGAGUGCUCUUAAGGACAAUAAAAAUGCCUUCUCAGAUGCCCUUUCUAAGAAAAUGCAUGAAAAGCAGCUUUAGUAGCUUCCUCUCCAAAGGACAAAACAUGACAAAAAGCUUCUCUGGAUGCCCUUUCACAGGGUAAAAUAUAAAGAAUAAUCAAAGAAAAAAAGUCCUUUUAAUAUGUUAAAAAACUGCAGUGUAGAUUUCAUUUCAGUAUGUAAAACAAAAAGUGUCCAUGAAAACCUCUUUAAAUACAUACAUGCAGAAUAAAUCCCCCCUGGAUCCUCUUUAGUGAAUGAAAUGUUAAAAGAGCCCCUCUGAAUGUACUCUUUGCAUCAUUUAUGACAUUUAAAAUAAAGGCCUGUAAUUACUGCCAAAAUCCAAGAAAAUCAAAGUGCAAGCGGGGACUGUUUGAGUGCAUUCACUGGUGGGUUGUUGCACAGCAAAGAAGAGCAAAGUAGAUGUGUUUAGCGCACAAUAAAAGCUACAGGGCAGAUCAGGAGAUCGGCUGAAGCUCGAGUUCAGAUAUACUGUAUGAGAACAAGCAGAGUUGGGGUGUGUGCAGGUGCAGGUGCAGGGUUCAAAGCAAACUACUUCAAAAUUUAAAAUUAAAGCUAAAAAUCUGUGCGUUGGACAGUAAUCCCUGUAUUCGAGGACAUAAAUCAACCCAGAUUAGAUAUUUGAGUUUCAACUCCAUCUGGGGCUAAUACCUGAUUAUGGGUUAAACUAAAUAAUCUGUCAACAUUAUAACCUCUGUGACCACCAACACUCUGAGCUGAUGGUGUUGUUGUUGUUGUUGGUGUGAGGCACAGGAGCUGCCAGAUGUUGACAUUAGUAAACAUCUGGAGGUCUUUUACACAAAGUUGUUCCAACAUGUGGAGAUUAAUCCUACAUCAUACAUCAAUUUAUGAUGCACAAAGAUUACAGUUACUAGAUUGCAUUGGUUCAAAAAUUACUAAGAGUUGGUUUAUACUUUUGGUUUAUUAAUGACGCAUUAUACACACUUAAGAAGCUGCCAUCUAAAGAAGCUACCAUGAAUCUUUAUGAACAAUCCAGAUGAGCCACAUCAGUACAUAACAGUCUCACAGAGCAGCUCUGGUACAUGAUAAAGGUUUCUCUGUAAACUCAGACCCAGGUUGUGACUGUAGUUCAGUCAGGCAGAGACUCAGGUCCCUCAGGUGUCUGAGUUUGGAUGAAGAGUCCAGCUCCUCCCUGUGUUAUUUUAAAGCUGUGUGUGCAGCUGAUCACAGACGUGUAAUGUUGAGAUGAUCAUGCUGUGUGUUGAGUAAUGAAACAGGUCUGUUUGUUUUGGCCUCCUGCUGAGCAAACUUCAAAGACAUGCACCUAAUGAAGCACAGGACGAUGUGGACUCAGUCUCUGAGGGAGUUCGUUACACACAACCUGAACAACAACCUGAGCUUUGUAGCUGCAUGUUUAUACCUUUAGAUGGUCUCCUGGGGGUUUUAUGCACAUGUUUGCUCUGGAUUAUCAAGGAAUAUACAACAGGGAGAGUGUUCAUCUGGGCAAACACCUUCUCACUGUCCUUUUGCAAAAAAAAAAAAGAUUUCAGCUUCACAGAGCUUAAAACACAAAAGCAAAUAGUGAAAAGUAUGCAGUCAAUUUGACUGCCCUGGUCAUUCGAGGUAGUAAUACUCAGACCUCUUUUGUGUUUUUAAAUUGUAAUGAUAAAACAAUGUUAGAUUAAAGUAUACACACAUUUAGGAAAAGUCAGGGUGUAUAGGUUUUAUUUUUAAAAAGUUAUGGCGAUGGAAAUUUUAAAAGCAGUCAAAAUGACUACCUUGGUAGUUUGAGUGUGAAAGUGGCUGCUGCAAACAUGGCCUUUAAAAAUGAUAAAGGUACAAACUGGAGGGUUUUUUUUAAGUUUAAUUACUCUUUUUUGGAAUCACUGUUACUCACUUAAAGAUGUAUUUCUCCUCUUAUAACAUCAGCGGAGCCUCAACUUUGAUGACAGUCUGAUUCUGUCUCAUUUGGAGUGAAUCCCUGCAGUUUUAUUCCUCUGCUGCACUCACAGAGGAAGGAGGCCGGUGGCAUUUUGUUUUACUGUUUUUGAUCAAUGAUUCCCUUUCUGUUAAAAGUGAUAUCUUAGAAAAGCCAGGGGGAAUGUCUUCAAAUUUAGCUCAAUCUCUCUUUAGGACUCAAAAAUAAACUGGCCAAAGUUUUAAAGUACAAAUGUCAUGAAGAAAUUAAAAAAUGGCUGUAACUUUUGAGGGUGUACACAUCACAACCGGCUACAUCUAUAAAAACGGUACUAAAAACUCUUCCUCUGGUUGUCUUUAUGUCCUUUCAGUCCAUCAACAUCCGCAAUCCAGUCAUCAGUUUUUGAGUCUUUGCUGAGGCUAAUCCUAAUCCUGUGUUCUCCUUUAGCUGUUCGAAAUGACCGGAAUAAGAAGAAGAAGGAGAACCCAAAGCCAGAGUUGACUGAGAGCUACGAGCUGACGGCAGAGCUGGAGUCCAUCAUCGAAAAGAUUCGGAAAGCCCAUCAAGAAACCUUCCCCUCCCUCUGCCAGCUUGGCAAAUACACCACGGUGAGUUCACUGUCCUGCUGUGAGGAGAGGGUUUGCUUGAAAUUUGGUCUCUUUGACUCUGCCCCAGAGCUGUAGAUGUUUAAUGUUGGAAAAAACAAAAAGACAUUUCUUGGCUUUGUCUUUGGCAUCUUUUAUUAAGUUUUUGAGAUCAUUAAACUCCACUGAAAUACUGUGAGCCUUGUAGUUUGUAAUCUGAUGCCAUAUAUGAAUAAAUUAAAAUCACAUCAGACCUGAUCUGGUUUGAUUCAACUCAGUUUGAUUUGGUUGGAUACAAUUUGUUUUGAUAUCAAUCAAAUGUAAAACAGUGAGAUUCCAUUCAGUCACAGUUGGACUUGAGACAGUUUUUCUUAAAUUGAUCCAUUCUGAUUGGAUUGGAUUUAAUUGGUUUGCCAAGAUGUGACCAGAGCCAUGUUUAAUAAUGAAGGCUGCUUGUGCUGCUUGCUAACACUGGGGUUUUAAAUCCAUCAUACAGUCGAUGUCCAGAUGGGCAGGAUUUUUAGAAAGUUCUUUGUCCUUCAUAUUAAGUCCACAGGGCGUGAUUUAAGAGGUAGGGACUGUAAACUGUGGAUGUUGUUGUUUUCUCGUUACCUGAGCAGCCACCAUUACUCUUGUGAAAGUUAAAAGGUCAGUGUAUGAGUCUCAUGAGAUUAAGGAUGCUGAUCACAGUAUGCUGAAUAACACAGUAAGACCUUGGUGGACCGGAUAACAGCUUUAAAACCACACCAUCAGCUGGUUUGUGUGACACUUUGACUUGCUAUUACUAUUAAGACUUCAUCGUAAACAUCAUCAUCUUAACGAGAGCCACGGUGUGUCUGAAACUCCAUAACCCUGCUCUGCACGUGGCUCUGUACACUCCUUUGAUUCAUUCUUGCAGGAGUUCAGAGCUCAUAAUGAUAAUCAAUCUGUUGUACUGUACUCUAAAUCCCUCUCUAAUGCAGCUGACUGUCCAGGCAAAUCCUCGCAGACACUUCUUCUUCUGCUGCUCACAAUAGCUAUUGAUCGGACAUUAAGCGUGAUAGGAAGACAAUAAAAAUCAUGCAUUAUGUUUGCACCGUGCAGCCGACACAUCAUGACUCCCAACUGCCUCUGCUGAGACAGAUUGCAGGCAGUCGCGGUGUUUGUUUACCCCAGUUUUCAUAUGCUGCUACAGUGAGAGGAGAAGUUAAAAGAGAGCUGUCAGGACUGAGAGACGAUGCAGCUGCAAACAUCAAACCGUCAUCAGGGGAAUGUUUGCAGGCAGGCAGCUGCCCAUCAGUCUGCUGGAGGCAGACACCAGCUCCAGCCUCUGGGUUUUUGACACGUCUGGAAAGUGGAAUAAAUUCAGCUAAUCCAACUUAUGUCAUUAUCUGCCUCCCUGAAUCAAACCCGCAUGUGGAAGCAGCGGAUCUGUCCCCUGGCGUGCAGCAGCACUAAGCCAGGCGGCGUGAGUGCUUGUCAGGGUUGGAGAAAGCUUUAUUCCCCCUGUCAUCUCCCAACAGACGUCAAGGUCUGCAACGUCCCUGAACCUCCCCCAAACCCUCAAACCCUGUGCUAAACUAACAACCCAUGAAAGGCUGAUAUCGAGGGGAAUCUAAUCCUCGCAGGUCCUUGAAGAACAGCCUCAUCAGUUGGACACAUCAAGCCUUCGCUUGUCCGGUCUCAAAGCUGCCGACCCUGCAAAAGGACACUGUCUGAGUGACAGCAAGCUCUUCCUCUCCUGAGGGACGCUGCUGCACUCAUCAUGACUCGGUGCAAAAGUUGUAGGUCAAACAAGUGUCGAGAAAACCUCCAGAGCAAGUCCAUGACUCUGUUACAGCGUUGUUAGGCUGAUAUUGGUGAUGCUUUGACAGGCGAGCGGAUAAAGCUGCAGGACGACCGCGGGUUUGAUAGCAAGCAGAGAUAGCGGCGCCUUGAUUGACAUGUAGGCAUGGCAGCAUUGUGCAGGGAGCUGACAGCGUGGACUGUGUUUGUUUUUAGAGAUGGCUUACAUAUAGAUUACAGUGAGUGAUGAUUGACACCCAGGGAGAGUUUGGGAGCAGAGGGGGGAGGUGCAUUUUGAAAGAUUUGGCGGUGCUCGUUUCGGAAAUCUCAUGACACCUGUCAGUCACAUAAAACAGUGUUUGUAGAGAGAUAAACAAACCUGCUGAGCAGCCAUAAUGUGCAGUAAUGUCUCUCUUGUUGCUGUGAUGAAAAUCAUUCAGUCACUGACAAUAAACCCUCAGAGUGAAGAUGUGUAUGAGAUGCUAAAAUGGAGCAAAUUGUCAGGCCGUGUACGGCGCCUCGCUCUCCUCUGAGUGCAGCUGCUGCUGUCGCUUCAGUGUACAGUACAGUAAGCCUCCGUCUCCAGAACACUUUAUUUUUCCCUUUUCAGUCCCAACACAAAGCUCCUAAUCACUGGAGCCCCUCCCUGCUCCACCCUCAUCCCUCAAGACUUCCUGAUUUUCACUAAAUAAACAGUCUGCAUUGAAGCGGCUGAAAAUAGGAGGACAUAAUAGCAGAAAUCUUGCUCCCUGGUUGUGAUAUAAGCCAGUGUUUGCUGUUUGUUGGAGUGGCAGUCGGGCCUCAGAUAAAGCCUUAAUCUGGAUCAGCGGUAAUUAUGCUUGCUCACAGACUGUGAGAAGUUCCUCAUUAUUACAAGCGAUUGGAUCCUGAUGCGCCUUUUGAGUCCUCCUCGUCGGAAACAGAAGAGGAGCUCCCGCGCCCCUAGAUUAGGUUAAAGCUCCAAUUAUGUGGUGAAAUAUUCAAAUCCUAGUCUGCAGUGAUUUAGGAGUUCAUUGCCGGGUUAGCAGAGAUAGCUGAGCGAGUGAGAGGGCUUAGCUCUACAAUGAAUAAGGCUUCAUUGACAGUGAUGGUGAUGAAAAACGAGCCCGGCACUUUCAAAGACAAAAUAAAACAUUAGCGCUCUGCGGCUGCAGGCAGCUGCUGUACAGUAACGCUGCCAUGCCUGGAGAUAUUAGCCACAUUACAGUUUGUCCUCCCUCGCUAUCCGUCACAGCUGAUGCCUGCUUCGACUGUCUUUCUGCAUCUGUACACACGGGCCUGCAGAGCGCUCGCUUCAGCUCUGCCGGCUUCUCUCCUAAUGGUGCAACUUGUCUAAUUUGUUUGGAUAAAUGUUCUCAAAUGAAAUUAGAAAUCUCGUGCAACCUCCUUGUUUUGCUGAAUUGAAUUAUGGGACUUGUGUAAUUGACUGAGAUUGCAGGAGGGUUGAAACUGCGAGUUAUCCUCUUUAGCUCCCUCCUCCCCUUCUCCACCCAGAGGGAAGAAGAGCAAGAUAAGUUGCUUUAAUAUCGGUCACCUCCUCCCCCCAACAUAUGUGCAUUGUGCAAACUCUCCCUCUGUCUCCCUCUUAUGUGUUUUCACCUCCUCCUUCCCCAUCAAACCGGACGUCAAUCAGGAGAAUGUGCGUCCGUAGUGCUGUUGUGUCGACUGCGGCUCGUUGUCUGUGAUUUAAGCACGGUCCUAAUGUGCCUUUCACUUAACCCCAGAUCAUAUUUAAUGAUCUCCCUCUCUCUCUGCCUCUGCUGUCUCCCUUUAUCUCCCUCCCUCCCUCCCUCUCUUUCUCUGGGGUGGCCACACAAUAGAUUUUAUUUGCUGGUGACAGUGUCCGGCAGCAGCUGCGGUGCUAACUGCCUCUCAGUAACGACCUCAGAGGGAUUGAUGUGCUGAAGAGCAGAGGGACGCUCCAGCUGUCUGUGCUGCUUGUGGGCUGCAGGCAGCUGCUGUGUUGAAGCCGUCUCACACUGAAGGAGCUCCCCAGGCUGGGCUUAGACUGAUGCUGAAGUGAGAGGACCAACAUAUUGAGUACAUAUUGGAUUUUCAGUAAAAGAUGUCAUAUAAGUUGGUCAGUUUUUCUCCACCUGCUUAUUUUUCUUCAACAGCUUCAGGGCUGUAAAACCUGUCCAACCGUCCUGGACAUCAUCGGCUGUCUGAGCUGUGUUGUCCAGAGAUUAUCCUCUUUGUAGUCCAUCUUUUAAAAGUGCUGGAAGAAAACAUGGACCCAUAAAUUCACUGUUUCUAAGAUCCUGGGCUGCAGAGCUGCUGAAGUUGUUUAGUAAAUAUCAACUUUUGCUCAGAGUAGGUGUAUGAAAAGAAAACAGGAAAAACUUUUACCAAGCAUGACAAUAUCGGACUGUGUAUGAAGUGUGCAGCCAAAGGACAAGUCGUUUUUUUUUUUCCUCACAUGAAAUCCCCUCAUUCUUUCACAUUUGACACUUAGGAACAUUAUUCUAAAACUGUUGAACUAUAGUAUGAGCUCAUACAGAUUCCCGCUGUCCGAAAUUUGCCAUAGAUUUUCCUCACAAACACAUCCAGUAGAAUUUGUUGGACAGGGAAAAUCGCAGCGGUUCCGCAGCGAUGCAGUUCCGUAUGUGGUGGAAACUUGGGGUCAGCCUCUCAGAAUGCACUUCUUAUACCCAGUCAUGUUACGAACCUGGUGGAAAUUAACUUGAUUAUUAGUUUAUUAUUUGCAUUUUUUUGCAUUACACAACUUUUUACCAGUCUGGUUCUCCUCUAUGACAACUAUUUUUCAACCUGCUGCUGGAAUCAAAUUUAAAUUAGCAGAAAUUUCCCACAGAACAGCUGAACUUUUCCCUUUCAGUAUUUCAAAAGUUGUUUUUUAAUACUGCUAUAAAUUAAAUACAAAGGUUUGAUAAUUUGCAAACCUUCCGCAUCUGUUCGAUCAUCAUCAUUUUACACUGUGAUUUUUCAAUUAGGGUUAUAACAGGGUUAUUGUCUGUCUUUGUGAUCUUGUGAUAUAAAUAAUCUUCGGGCGUCAUGCUGAAGACCAUGGAAGUAAAUGUCUUUACUCUGGACUCUAUUUCAGGACAGACAAAUACAGAUGCAUGAAUUUGAACAUAUUUGGGAAGAGUUCAUAGAUUAUAUAACACUCCUGUGACCAGCUGAAACAAAUCUCUUACAGUCUGUUAUUGCUCUGAAGACUGCAGGGGGGACAUGCAGACAGUUCGGUCCCACUUAUAAAUGUUUAAAAGUCUAAACGAGAAUCUCAGAUAGACUUAUCAGACUGAUUUUCUUCUUUCUGUACAGCUUUAAUAUUCUCUUUGUCUGGGUUUUGAUGUGCUUAACUUAUUUAAAGCUCCGUUUUCCUGGAGUUCAUGGCUUCCUCAGUUUCAUUUAUAAUUAAUAUGUUUAUACAAUACUCGGUUUAAAACUGCAAAGACUGAAAACUGGGUUAGUUUUCCAAGGAACUAAAUAAAACAAAUUAAGACUUGUGAAUACAUUUUCGGCUGUAACUUUCUGCCAUUAAAACCUUUAUGGUCUGAAAACAUUCCUCCCUGUCUGCUCAGACUUUCUCUUUGUCUGUAAAGUCAGUUUGAAGAAGUGAUUUUCUUUCAUGCUGCAGUUAUUACAGUAUUUUACACUGAAUAAGCACUGUAAAUAUCCUCAGAGUCUGUUUGGAGACGUAAUUCACUCUCAGUCAGUGUCUCUUAGCUGUUUGUAUUUAUGAUGUGGAAAAAUGAAAGGCUGUGCAGCAGUCAUUUACAGCUGAACAAAAGCUCCUCUCAUCCCUCCUGAGGCCUGUGAAUCAUCCUGUGUACGCUCAGAUCAGAGCUCCGUGUUUCUGCAGGCCGAGCAGUGGCAUAAAUCUUACUGAUGCUGUCUAAAGCACUUUUUAUUUCCUUGUUUAUUGUUUGUUUGUGCGCUCGAGCUCCUGCCCUGUUGCAUACCUGUUACAUAAUGAAAGAAAAACUCUGCAGAAGGAAGAAAUGGACUCUGCAAAGAAGACAGGCUCCUCAAGGAGUGAACCACCAGAGAUAGUCAGUCGUAUUGAGACAGUACUGUGUGAAGCAGGGAUGCACAAAGCUCCUGACUGCAAUAAGAUCUUGAGUUUGCACAUACUCAUCCUGCACACACGCACACUGAAGCUGUGGCUUUAUUUCAGUCAGACCUUUGCAACACAAAGCUGAGACAGUCCUUUCAGUGGGAUGAGUUCACUUCCUCCUGUUGUUUCCCUUAGUCCACAUUAUUAAUGUUAUUUGUCAGAUAUUAUUGACCACAUCUCUCUACUCGCAGGCACGUGACACUCACCGUGCUCUGUGCUAACGUUAGCUGUGGCUGCUGCUGCUUCAUGUUUCUUUAAUUUUCUUUCAUAUGGAGUUAAAUUCCUGCCAAAGCUCUACAAAUGAAGAGAAUGUGUUUUACAAAAACGAUUGAAUUCACGUGCUAAGAAUGCAUGCUUUGCGUAAAAAAUCAUGUCUUUCCUUUGACUACAAAUCUUAAUCCUUUACAACAACACAAAAAUAAUCUUUACAUGACAAAAACCUUUGUGUAACUCUUUAUCUACAAGUAUAUCAAAAUAUUUCCUGUGAGAACAUGUUUUUUCCUCCUACGAGUACAAAAAAAUCCCACAAGAGUUAAGGCCUAAAUUCUCUGGCUGUGGGGUGAAGCUGAAGAUUUUCGCAAAGAUUUGGUGGGUUUUCCCAACCAGCAGGUGGCACUGUGGCUCAGUCUACCCGUGUUGUGCCGAGAAACCCAUGCCUGCCGAGAAUUGCAUGCACCUCACGGAAACGUGCACCGCUUGUAGAGGUCCACAAAAAUGUUUGUGGGGCUAAACAGUGGUGAGUAAUGAGCCGAGAGUUAAGUUUAUAUCUUUUGUGUUAUUUACUUUGAAUGCACCUUGAGAUUAGACGUUUUAUCUGCCUAAACAUUUCAAUGCUGGAAACACAAACCUAUGAUGAUCGACUGAUUUUAAGUUUUAUUGUGAAGUUGGAGUGUAGUCGGCAGACGCUAAAUUUGUAUGUCAUUGUUGAAAUGAAAUGAAAUGAAACAAUUUUGCUGCCUCUUGGCCAGAAAUCCCUUGAAAAAGAGUUUUUUAAUCUCAAUGGGACAUUCCUGGUUAAAUAAAGGUUAAAUAAAUAAAUUAAAAGUAACCUUAUAUCAGCUGUUUUUCUGUCUGCCCAAAUAUGCAUCCACCUGUUAUUCAGCUGUAGAGACAAUAACAAGUCAUAUUUUUGUAAAAAUGACACUAGGGAAGUCCACAAAAUAAACUGACAACAGUUUGUGACUACAAAGAAUUAAAAUAAUGAUAUUAUGGGUGGAUGCAUUUUUCUGCAACAGCUGUUUUUUCUGUCUGCCAAUAUAUACAUAAAGCUACAGAAACAAUAACAAGUCAUAUUUUUGUGAAGAUAUAAUCUAUACAGUCCAAAAUAUAAUCUGUCAGUAGUUUGUGACUCUACAAGGGAUCAGAAACUAACUACAUAGGAAUUGCCGAAAUAUGCAUCCACCUAUAAAUUUAACUCCAUACUUUCAAUUCAGGUGAGACCUCUGGAGUUAAAACAUGAGUGUGCAGAGAGGAGAAAACAUUUUUCUUUUCUGCACACUUGCAGCAUAUUGAAAUGAAACGACCUUCCUCUAAGACAGUGAAAAGCAUGCACAGCCAUUUCUAUUUCUUUUCAGCUUGUUGCAGGUGCUUUUUAAUAAAAGCCCUGACAAAGUUGGAUGAUGCAAAAUUUACCCUUAAGUAUAAUAAUGCAGCCAUUACAGCCUAUUUUGCAGGCUUGAUAAAUCCAGAUUCUUUUGCACCAAUGAGUCAUUAUGACCAAAAAUAUGCCGCAAAAAGCACACAUUUAGAAAAUACUAAAAAUGAUUUUAGUGGUUUCACUCCAAAUCAUGUCCUUCUUCAUGUCAAACAGCAUCUUGAUUAGAGUUCAUGUAACCAGAAAUAGCAAAUAACAUGACUCUGUUUUUACAGUGCUGACCAUUAGCUUAUAUCCAAUAUCAUCUUCAUACUCACACUGUUCGUUGGCUCUGUAAACACAGCAAUAUGGAUAAAAAGGAGUCCAAUUAGAGUAGAAACGAGUCCUGAACCCUGCCUGCACUCACUCAGACCUCACUGUAGACCUGAGGCUGAGCUCUUUAAAGCUGCAGAGGUGUUGAUGCAUUAGAUCAACUUUUCACAAAAUUUGAAGAUCUCAUCAGUGAUUUCAAAGAGAAACCUGGCAGGUAGACUGAAAUAGUCUGAUAGUUAGCACAGAGAGAGCAUGCAGAUGCUCUCACAUGAUUCUGAAUUAAAGGAGUUUAAUCAGCAAACUGAUGAUUCAUUCACUCACCUGAGCUCACAUAUCACCACCAGGAGAACAAUCCUCCCAUAAUCCUCCUCUCCUCUCGUCUUUCUCAGACCUCACUUCCCUUUCCUCUAUCUGUCUCCUCCUCCUCCUCCUCCCUUCCUCUCCUCUCUCUGGAGUCUCACUGCUUUCUUACCCUCACUUUUCGCUCAUUCCUCUCCCUAUAUCUGUUUCCUUCCUCGUUGCCUCCCACCCUCACCCCCCUGUGUAGGUUCUGGACCGUAUAUCUGUAUUAAUGGCACCUCUGGCUUCAAACCGCUCUGUGCUACCUGUCACCGCUCUGUUUUUGCAUCCCAUCAUUGCCAAAGCAUCCCACUGACACUGUUAGGCUCAUUAUCUCAGGGCCCGGCUCGGCUCGGCUAGGCUCAGCGUAUUCACAACAACAAUCCUGCUGGUGUUUCUGAGAGCUCCGGUCUUAUGGAGCCUAUUUACUGUGUAAGUGUGACACAUAUAGAGCAGAGCGGGGAGAUCAUUAGCAGCCGUCUGUGCAAAGUAGCUGCCUCGUCUUUCCCUGACGCCUCACUCUUCAUAUCUCUGUGUGUGUGUGUGUGUGUGUGUGUGUGUGUGUGUGUGUGUGUGUGUGUGUGUGUGUGUGUGUGUGUGUGUGUGUGUGUGUUGCAGAACUCGAGUGCAGACCACCGUGUGAGGCUGGACCUGGGCCUGUGGGACAAGUUCAGCGAGCUGGCCACUAAGUGCAUUAUCAAGAUCGUGGAAUUUGCCAAACGAGUGCCUGGCUUCACGGGGCUGACCAUCGCGGACCAGAUCACGCUCCUGAAAGCUGCCUGCCUGGACAUUCUGGUGGGUGCUGGUGCUUUUAUUUUAAAAGGAACUCAUUUCUGCAUUUUGGUGCCUCAUCCUAUUAUUUUGCAAAGUGGAUAGCUCAGCAUAAAAGUUUCUGGCAUGCAAGUUGAACAUUCAUAAAGUACCUCUUCUACCUAAAGAAAAACUAACUAUUCAUGCAGAUAUUUCAAAAGUUUAAUUUCUAAAACUUCUGGUGGCUUAAAACUUUCUCAAAUUAAACAGAGAGAACAGAGUUUUGGAUUUUAUCAGCUUAAGUGCAGAAUAUCAUUAAAAGACUGGAUAGUUGUGAUUUGCACUGUCCAAAAAGAAGCUUCUCUCUCAGUAGGGGUUCCCACAAAACUCUAUCUGUUUGCCAUUAUGAUUAUAACCUAACCUAACACUGAGUGAAAUGAGUGAAGAAUCUUCAAAAAUUUCUGUGAGCUACAUUGUUUAACACCCCUAAACUAGGGCUGGGCAAUCAAACAAUUACGAUGUAUCAAAAAUUAAUUUUCCUCAUUAUGGAUAUAAAACAUGGUCAAUAUCCUUUUUGAAAGUCAACAUUCUGCCAUGUUUUGGUAGUCGAUACAAAUAGCCAAUGAAAAGGGGAGCUCCUCCAGGUCCGCUUCAACUGAACCAAUCAUGUGCUGAAUUAGAACCAAGUAGCUAACAACUGCGUAGUAGCAGGCUGCAGCUACACGCAACCAUAGCACUUUAACACAUGAAGCCAACAGCACUGUUUGUGAGAAAAAAAAGAAAAUGAAUGAUACCCCCGGCAGAAAUGCAGAUGAAGGCUCAACAGAUGAUUGACAACACUGGCACGAAAAUGUCGGUGGUGUGGAGGGUUUUUUUUUUUUUGAGGUUGGACAUGAAGCAGAGUAAUGUGCACUGCAAAUCAUGUUGAGUUCAUGUUCUCGCAAAGUCAGGGAAUACCUCUUUUUCACCACCUGAAGCAGUGCCAGGUGGCAGAGCACGUGCAAUGCAGAAGGUGACAAACCCUGAGUGGAGCAAGGAGCCCAUGGCACCUGUGCAGCCGAAACAGCUGACCAUUCAGUCUGCUUUCUCUAGCAUAACACCUUACAACAAAAUGUCGAACACACACAAAGAGCUCACAAAUGCAGUAGCUUAUUGUAUUAAAAAAGACAUGUGACCAAUAAUUACUGUUAAAUUUCAUUUAUGAGUAACAGGGAACAUUUAAUAUUGACAAGUGAAUUUUUUUAAAUAUCCUGAUAUUGUUAUCGACUGAUGUGAAAAAAAUAUACUGUGAUGAACUUUUUCCCAUAUCGCCCAGCCCUACCCCAAACAUAUAAAUCAGGGACUACCUACCCAAAACACUUGAACAACAGUUAAAGACAUGGAGAUAAGACUGGAUGGUCCUGAUCUUCAGGCCGUGAUGUCACAGUGGCUACAUCUUUGUACAGUUAAUGUGUAGAGCUAAUGUCCCACAUUUAAAAUGUUGCAACACUUGAGAGUUCAGACCUCGGUCAAAUAAACCUCCAAAAAAUACAAACUUUUGGGUCUUGUGAUACUUCUAUUUCAAGUUUGCAUCAGACAGAGUCCUGGUCUCUUUCCUGCUCUUUUAUGUACAUUCAUCAUCAGACUGUGAACUAGUUUACCAGAGUAACUCUAAGAUACACAGUUAAGAUGCUUCUUCAGUGGAGUCUGAACUCUAAAAUAUUCAGUGAUGAGCUAAAAACCUUCCAUGAACCGUUCACAGCAGUGUCAGUUAUAUAAACACACCUCUUUAACAAAUGUUAUCAAAUUUAUUCAAAUGUUGCUCCUUUCUGUGUAAAACUCAAAGGUUAGCGGUGAGUCGAUACCCUCAGAUCCACAGGGACUAACCUCAAGCUCUGCUCCCAUUAGACAAAUCCUCGAACGUGAUUGGUUGGCCCACUCAGCUGGCCAAUAAGAGUCAGAAUCCGAUUAAUUGAUCUUUCCAGUCAGUUAGAUUCUUCAUGAAGAGUAGCUGUCUGUAGUGGGGAUUAGAUUACACACACACACACACACACACACACACACACACACACACACACACACACACACAUUUUUCAGCCUGUAAUCUCUCUGAUACUCUCGUCUGUUUGUUUUCAGCGUGGGUCACUCCCUCGCUCUGUCUGUAAAUGAUGCUGCACGUCUCUUUAUGGAGUUCAGACGUGGAAACAUCUGCAGGGCCGGCUGGUCGGCUGGAUGUUUGUUUGUUAUGUAGGAGUAGUUAAGUGGAGCGAUGUCCUGUAUUAAUGCAGCCACUGUAAUGAGAUGGAAAAAAGGCAAACGGCUGUGUCUCUUCCUCCUCUGUCUCGCUGUUGUCGGCUGAUUGAAUUAUAAUGCUUCACUAAGAGGGAGAGGAAGGAAGAGAAAGUGGGCAGACAGUGGUGACAGACUUGUUGUGUCUCAUGUAGACAUUCAUUUUGACCUGUUUUACUGGAGACGGUUUGGCUAAUCAUGUUGAUAGUUAUAUGAGAUUCAUUUUAAAAGUUAAAAACUGGAGAUGUCAGGAGGGGCUGCGAGCUGAGCUGCUGCUGUCGUCAAAGGCCCAGCCGAUAACUUAUAAACUAGAAAUCUGGUUUCUUAAAUGUUUUAUAUAAUGAUAACAAGAUGAAGCUGAGAGGAAAAAGUGCAGUCUGAGAAUCUGCAAACAGAAGAAAGUUAUAAUUAUCAUUUAAAGUGUGUGGCCAUCUGGCUGAUAGUGUGCAAAACUCUGAAAAUACAAGAGAUUAGAGAUAUUUCCCAUGUAUUCAGAAGUUUACUAUCAGGGCAUCACCUCAAGUUACUAAGCUAAUUAAGGACUUCUAAAGGGAGCCACAAGUGGUUAUCAAACCUGCCUGGACUGAAUCCAAGUUGGCGCCUAACUUUUGGAUGAAGCAAAGUUCAAACUCAAACUCACUGUAGGUUCAGGCGGCAGUUUUUUCCAUGUGAUGGAGGAGCUGGAGGCGGCCUCCUAUAGAAGCAGGCACUUUGCAAACAGCUGUCCCACAUUGAGGGAUAAUCCCACAGACUGCUGAAGUUUCCUCCUGCUCCACUUCUCGUCGCCUCUUCAUGAGGAGCAGAAACUCUUUUGAGGAAAAGUCAAAGACAGUCUCACAUGAACGCAGCGCUCCUCCGGUGUCUGGCCUGACGUCAGCCUCACGUUGUCAGCCUUGAACGUCGUGCAGACGCAUCGUGAGACCUCUUUGAUUCUGCUCCAUUUUUGCAGCUCAGACAUUCAGCUGCAUCAACCCAAAUCUACCAUUAUGUAACCGACCAAAAUAGAAUCAUGGCUUAUUUUCGCUGUGAUGAUUAUGCAAGUCUCGAGUCUCCAUGAGACAGUUUUCAUACUUGAGGAAAAGGAGAUGAAAUGAUGUCUGCUGAGAAGUUUGGAGACACACUGAGAAAAGUGAGAGAGGAAAGUUGACUUUCUCACACUGUGGGCUGUUAUUUUACUUACGGGGAAGUGCGCUGUGAGGAUUAAUGGCUUAGGUGUGUGCUAAUACACCUGUUGUUCAAACUGCAGUUUAAUAUGUAUUUAAGUAUUAUACAAAGGGCCAUUUAGACAGAGAUUAUGAGGAUGUGCAGGGAUAAAUUCAUACUGUAUGAACUUUUUUAGACACUACUCAGAAGUCCUGACAAAAUUAGGAGGUCUUCUUGAAAUCUGAAUAAAGGGUUAUUUUAGUCUUUAAGAGCAUUAGCUUGAUUUUGUUUAUUUGAGGGAGAAAAUAAUUUGUUAUUUUGAAAAAAAAAAUCAAAUAACACUCAUUGCUUGAGACUUGAAACAUGCUGAAAAGUCUGUUGUGUCAAACUGCAUUAUAGCUGUUGGCAAAUCUAUUUCUCAUCUACAAUAUUGUCAAGAUUGGGUAAAAUUGAAAAAUUUUACAAUAUUUUUGUACUUCUUAUUUUUUUUAAAUGAAUCAAACUGACUUGUUUUUGUUCUUGCUGAUGCUCCACCUGCACGCCACAGCAAUAACAGCCAGUUUCCUGGUUACUGUAGAAGAAAGUUACUGCAGUCACUUCUAAUUUUCUGCAGCUUGCAUCAUGAUUUAGAUGUCAAAGUAUAUCGAACAGGGUAGAUGUCUCUAAAUCGAAGUUAUUUUUUAUUUCUCUGGGUUGACUCGUCUGGAACUUUUUUUGUGCUGCUCUCUAACUGAUUCACUGUCAUCUGUUGUAUCUCAUGUGCUUUCUGUAUUUCCUCACCGAGAAGAUCGAUAGAAAAAGCUGUAUCGUAUUUUAAUUCUCCUCUGACAACCCAGGCGUAAGACUUUAUCAACUCCUUUAACUGUGCUGUAAAACAGCCGUGCAACCCUUGAAAUACUGAUAUAUGCGUGAAGGAAACUGGACUGUUUAUGAAUCCUUAAUAAAACCAGGAGUUUUAACUUUAUUCCAGGUGUCUUUUUAAAGAAUUAGACACUGAGUGGGUCGUUUGAUCCCCUCUUAAAGGACAAAUGAGAGAAGAAUGAAAAAUGAGAGAGCAAUUGGCACAGGAUAUGAGGUGAUCUGCAUAUUGGUGAGGGAAUACAAAUUAAUGAUUAAUGCAUGAAGAUGCAUAUUUAUGUGAGAUGUAAAUGCAAAAUAGCUUUAUCAUAUCAAUCUGUGGAAAUGACUGUGGAUGGAAAUGAGGUUGGGUGCACCAUAGUGGUGCAAUAGCAGUGUGUGUGUGUUUGUGUGUGUUAAUGUAUGGCUCUGGAGUUUGUGUUGACUCAGUCAUACUUGUCAGAUGUGACAGAGCAGUGAAGUGAACUCCCAGAGACUCAGAGGUGAGGAGUUGAAGGCCGGCUGUGAUGACUUUCUGGCUCUGGCUCAGCCAUCAGCAUCCGCUCACCAGCACAUUUCUGUGGUGAAGGGCGUACAUAUUGUGCACCAGGGCUGGGUGAGAGAGCAUCAGAGUGAAAGAUCAAACACUGUGUGUGUAUAAAUGUGUCUGUGUGUGUUUGUGUGUGUGCGUGAGCACAGGCCUGGCCAGCCGGUGCGAGUCACCGCCAGUAGCCAUGUUUUAUUCUGUUUCAUGUUGCAGACACGCCUGCCACUCACUGUCAGAGCCAGCCCACUCAAAUAGCUUCAAAGAGCUUCACAUCACCAUCAGUGGCUUCAUUAGGUGUACACACACACACAGGAACACACACAUCUACACAUGCAGUGCAGCAGGAGGCGCAGAGGUUGUUAUCUCUGAGUGAGUGGAAGGUCAUUGUUUUUCUUCUGUCUUUAUUUCUGUUCAUUAAAAAGUUGAAAAGCUGAUUCAGACCUCAAACACAGAGUUUCAUUGAUAAGUGUAUCUGCACUUAUUAACAUGUCAUUAAUGGACAAUUAUUGAAGUAAGGAGAUUACUCUCUGAAGGUACAACAGCUGUGUCAGUUAAAGGUUCCUUUGACAGAUGGUGAAGAAGACAUUUUUCAUUCAAGUGUUGAAAAUAAGGUUAAUUUAUUUUAUUUAGGGGAGAGGAGGAAAAUGACAAACCACAUUCUGACAACAGGGAUUACAACAUCAUGGCUCUGUAGGAGAAGAGUCCUGCUGAGAAGCUGACCUACCUGCAGGCCUGACAAGAGCAACAAGACAUGCAAUAAAAAAUAAUAGCAAUAAAAAUAAGUUUAGUGCUUCUGCUCCUUCUUGCAUAUCUGUGAGUUUUGUGCUGACUCAUACCUUCAUUGCAGAUUCUGCGCAUCUGUACGAGGUACACCCCCGACCAGGACACCAUGACUUUCUCCGAUGGGCUGACCCUCAACCGGACGCAGAUGCACAACGCUGGCUUCGGCCCGCUCACCGACUUGGUGUUCACGUUUGCCAACCAGCUGCUGCCCAUCGAGAUGGACGACACAGAGACAGGCCUCCUCAGCGCCAUCUGUCUCAUCUCUGGAGGUGGGCGAGCCGGGGCGGAGCGCUGGGCACUCAUUGAGGGGAGAGGGGGGGUGCCGAAGGACAUGAUAAGAGCUUAGAAAGAAAGGGACAGAGACGUUAGUGAGCACAACUUUUUCAGCAGCCACAAUUAACGGGGAUAAUCUACCCCUACCUUCAAAGUUAGCACCACCUGCAGCAGACACAUUAGCUCUUAUGUUCUCUCAGCUUACGCAGUUAUGUCUUUUUCUCUUUUUGUCUACCUUUUAGUUCAUUUAGAAUGAAUUGUGGUCUUGCAGAAAAAUGCUAUCCUGAAGGUCAAAUCUCAUUUUCCUCGGUGUCGUCUAUAUGUUGGAAACUUUGGCGGUGCAUCCUUAGCUGCAAAAUCCUCACCAGCUGCACCAAAGUCUGCAACCCUCAUUCAGCUUCAGACUGAGAAUAAAAAGUCAAAGGCUGAUAGCGCCCUCUGCUGUUUAAAAGGUUUUAAACGAUAUUUUUCAUCUCACGGAUUUAACUGAGUGAUCCCUCUGCAUCCCUGCUUUAGAUAAAAUCUGAUCGUCUGUGUUUCUAAUCAACUUGUUACACAAGUGUAGAAACAGGUGAUGUUUAUAUGUGGAAAUUUUGCAGAAUUUUAACCACAUUUUUACCUCUCACAGUUGAUUAUGAAUCAUAAAAACACCUGAAGCUGCUGCAGGUGUCCUCUACACAAAAUUGAUGCGCAUGAUUCAUCAUCAUCACCACCACUUUAGGAAGUUGGAUUCAGAUUUCAAGUCUCAUAAAAACAUUAAGGCUGCUUCCUGUCACCAGAAAACAGAGUAAAGAGAAUGUGUGAAUGCAUGUUUGUUUGGAGAAAUAAAGGCACACUCACAGUGCUGCUGCAAAGACUAGAAAAGAGGACACAAAAUGCAAAGUUUUGGAUCCUUAAUCAAAGUCUUGAUACUUAAUGUGUAAAGAAUCAUCUGUCGACAUGUUUGAGUCAAGGAAAGUCUUAUUUUCCUCCUUGGACACGUUAAUUUCAAAUCAUUUUGCAGCCUGGUUGCAUCAUGAAUGCAGCAUAAACUCUGAUUUAGAGAUAUCAAACAGAUGUGAGAGAUUACCAGUUAAUCCUCUCCUCAUUCAAACCGUGCCUGACUGCAUCUCUGCUCCACGUCUUCAGUCAGUAUCGAUUCCUCCGGUUAAAUAUUGAGUAGAGCUGCAGCUCAGUUUGGGAGGAAAGUAAGCCAGCCUCCACAGGAGUCUGAAACCAGGUCAAACACGGGUUGGCAUCAGUGAGGCAGCACAAUCCUGACUGACAAACACAGAGGAGGAGGAGGAGGGGAGGAGAGGUGAGCGAUGACAUGCAGGUGUGUCACUGCGGCGUCAGUCAGCUGAGCGCUCGACCUCCCAGAGGAAAUAAUCCCACUCUGCUUGUUUUCCACCAGGAGACAUGUCUAAAUCUCUAAUGUCAGGAUACACUCACAUCACACACUUGGGUUUUACAAUCCAUCCACUGAGAGUCACACAGGUUCAGCUCCCCCAACCAUCCACCCACCCACCCUUCUCCACCUGUCGUCAUCGUCAUCGCUGCAGGAUUUUCAUCCAGGACUUUGUAUUUCUGCUCUGAAUUCUGGAGCCUGCCACAGCAGACUCUGUUACAGACUCUUGCAUAAUCCAGGGACAGUGUGAGACGCCACACUGACUGUAUCUGUGCUCAUACACUUCCACCUGCUGAUUCCAGAGCACAUACUGCCACCCUAUGGCAGGGUGAGGAAGUGCAAGUGUGUGGUCCAAUUCAGACACCUGUGAAACGACUGUGAAAUAAACUAUAUGACCUAUGCUUCCCUAUACCAUCAGGAAUGCUGUUCAAUAACAAACCGGGUGGUGCAAUGAGGCGUCCAUGAUUUUCAAAAUAAAUGUCAGAUUUUUCAGACCAAAAGAAAGUUUUUUCACUGUGUCUCAGUCGGCAGAGAAAGGCAGCCAAGUUCUCCAAUUGCUUAUAAAUGAAAAAGUGACUUAAAUGAUUAAUACAAAUUUUUGGAUCUCACCUUACCUCCUCGGUUUGUUAACUUACAGUCAUAUUUUUAUUGAAGUCUUGAAAAUCAUCGAGGCGUCACUUACAUGUAUAACAAGGUGGAAAUACAAAAGGAGCAUGAAAACAAACUAACUGACAAGGUAAUGCUGUUAAAAAAAUUAUUGUCUCAGUCCUGAUUUACCUCAAAAUUUAGGGAAAGUUGGGAUCUCAAGUUGAAGUAUAUAAGAAGUCACAUGUUGCAUUUACCAUCAGUUUUCACCAGGUAGUGAAAUUUCCCCAUUUGAUUGUCUGCAUCAUUUGUGAAUGAGACAUUUUUUGCUAUGAGGCUCAAAUACAUCAUAAGUGGUCAAUUUUGGGCCAAUGAAAUGUAUUGUGUCUCAUUUAAACAUGCACAAACAGCACCAGCACACAGAGACACCAGUUUGUGUUAAAAUUCCCUCUUUGAGUUUGCUCUCUGAAUUAGAUGGUGUCUUUUUUGACUCAUUUCUGCAGGUUGAGUAAAUCAUUAAAUCCGUCCCUGUCAGUGUGCAGAAACCUGGUCUCUGUACAUCUCCAGAUCUCUGAAUAAAACCCCUGCUGAACAGUUUGGUGGGUUUAGUUAUGCUUCCUGCUGUUCCAGACUUAAAAACCUCACUUAUCAGAGCUUAGCACUCCAAAGAAAGGAUUCAAAUGAGUUUUCUCCUCAUCUUAUCUAAUUGUCAGGAUCUCUGCAGAAUCUCCUCUGCAGCAAAUGAGUCGACAUAAUGAGAUAAACUCUGCUUCUUAAUCAAACCGGCUUCAUGCUGAGAUACACGCAUUAGCCUGCAGCUCGUCUCAAUCAGAUAAAAACCAGACACAAAUUUGUCAUUGUUGAGUCACAGGUCUGAUGGAUUUGUGUGUGUCUGUGUGUGUGCAUGUGUGUGCAGACCGUCAGGACCUAGAGGAGCCCUCGAAGGUGGAUCAGCUCCAGGAGCCGCUCCUGGAGGCUCUGAAGAUCUACGUGAGGAAGCGUCGGCCCAGCAAACCCCACAUGUUCCCCAAAACCCUGAUGAAGAUCACAGACCUGCGCAGCAUCAGCGCUAAAGGUAGGAGGGCCAUAAGCUCAGUGUUUAUUUAAAAUUUUCAGUCCUGUGUAAUGUGAAGAGAUCUGUCCUCAUGUUGAUGUGUGGUGAUGUGGAGUAUGAAUAUGCUCCUCUGCUCUGGUAAUCUGGUGCACACAUCACUGCAGGAACCUACGUUUGUCAAUACAGCUGUCAAUAACUGGUUGAACCCUGGAACUCCUGGAUCUGAAUCAGCAUGAUAGGAACCCACCAUAAUAACAGAAGUCUUUCAAAGUUCUCGUUUUUUUUUUGGUUUAAACUCUCUGUGGUUCACUUUUGAUGCACAUUGAGGACCAGCUUAUAGUGCUGAGCCCCUGAGUCUACCUCAGAUCCCCAUACCCCUCUGCAGACCCCGGCCCCCUGACUUUGGGAUGACCUGCCUGAAGACGUUGCUGUACACAACCCUGUUUUUAUCCCCUCUGUGUCUGUCUUAAAAUCCUGUCUUUUAAACUUUACUCUUUAUCAGCUUGCAUAGGUUUAUCCUGCUGCUUGAACAGCUUAUGUUCUUACAGAGACUCAUACUGUUUGUGCUGCUCUUAUUUGUCUCCUAAGCCUUUGUUUUUUUAAGUAUCACUUAUUCUGGGUUUCACUUUCAGUUCGAUUUCCCCCUCUUUCUGUUUGAUGUCCUCUAAAGCAGCUUAGCAUUACUUUGAGAGUUCUCUGACUUAAAUGACUGAUGACACUUUCAUGUGGAGGUUCCUGCUACUCGAAGUAUGUUUGAUCAUUAGUUUAUACAAUUUAAUAGGCUAUAUAAAUUGUAUGUACUGAGCAAAUUAAACUGCCUUUCAUACAAACAGCAAGUAAGCUCAAUGUGAAAGAACCACAGACUUUAUAUGGAAUGGGUGCCGUCUGCCUCCUCGCUGGGUGAAGCCACCCUGAAAACAGCACCCUCUGGUGACGAGCUGCAGUACAGGUCAUAAAUCCCGCCUCCUCCAGCCAUCCUUACAGAGCUGUGGACAAACUUUAGAAAUUUAAAACACUGAAUAUAAAUUUUUCUCCCCACUUCUUGCAAUGUUGACAUGUAUUUAUUGUAAGACUGGUUUGUGCUCAAGUCCUCUUUUGUCUGUGCAGCUCCAUUUUCAAAAGUUAUUAGGGGGUUCAUGUUUUCUAUGAUUGACACUUGAUACAGCUUAUGGGGGUAUGAAGAUUGCGUAGCUCACCCUGUUUGAGCUGAGCAUCAUCACAGCGACCCUCAGCGACUCUCCCGCCAAAUGUGUACAAUGCUGCUGCGCAAUGUUGGUUUCAAGAAGUAGAGAGAAAACACAGAAUUACUGAGAGCUUUUUGGCUUUAAAUCCAUAUACGGGCCGGAGGCAGGACCGAGUUGUCCAUAGUAUAUUCAGUCUAUGGAAAGAACUCAUUUGUAAAAACCACAAAUUACUGCUGAAGUGUAGCAGCCAGCCAUUUUUACAAUGACACUGCAAUUUGCAACUUCCAAAUUCCUCUUUCAAAAGAAAAAAAAAACUGCAAAUUUCAACUUCAGUGUGUGACAGUUAAAAAGCACCUUUUACAAAAGGAGCAAUUAUAGGUAACACCAUCCCAUCACUGCAUACCACCAAAUAUAAGUCAGUGCAUGCAAAUAAUAAUCAUCUUUGACUGAAGUGGACCUGACUUAAAUGUACUUGUGCCCUGAUCUCUGUCUUGCAGGAGCAGAACGUGUCAUAUCUUUGAAGAUGGAGAUCCCCGGCUCAAUGCCACCACUCAUUCAGGAGAUGUUGGAGAACUCUGAGGGACAGGAUGGUCAGAGCAGCAGCAGCAGCAGCAGCAGUGGCGGAAGCAGCAGCAGCAGCAGUGGUGGGAGCAGCAGUAGCAGCGGUGGUGGGAGCAGCAGCAGCAGCAGUGGCGGAAGCAGCAGCAGCAAGAGUGGAAGCAGCAGCAGCAGCAGCAGUAGCAGCAGCACUUCAGCAGAGGCGGGGGCCAGUCCCAGCAGUAAGGACAGCACCACCGAGGACGCCCCCACUGCAGAGUCACCUGAGUCCUUGGACACAGAGGAGGCUACAGCCACACCACCCAGCGACGAGCCCUAG